AUGAGGCUGACAGCACAACAUGGAGAGGGUCAGCCCAAACCAGAGGAGGACCAAAGGGAAGACUCUCCCACUUCCAAUGAGAGGAUACUGGAAGACUGUUUGCAGAGAAACAGAGAGCUGGAAUUUUCCAACUGGUUAGUUUCAUGAUUUGCUUUUCUCUUUCUUGAUUUUCUAAUGAUUACCCACCUACCCACCCCAAAGCAAAUCACUCUACAGGGGGACAAAGCAAAAAAGGCAGUGGAGGCUAGUCCAUUGGGGCAAAUGGGAUACUGUCUCCCACAACCUCAGUGUGUCACCAGCCAGCCCUCGCCUGCCUGCCUGCCUGUUCCAACCAGCAGGGCCAAAGUGAGCUGUCCAUGGUUCUGACUUCCUUGACCCCUGCUGAAAAAGACAUCAUUAUUAUUAUUAUUUAUUUAAGGCAUUUGUAUACUGCUUAAUUAUGUGCAUUUCUAAUUAGUGCACAUAAAAACAAUCUGCAGAAAAUGGGACAAUAAAAUAACAGCAAAGUUAUCACUUACUUAAAAUGUUUGCUGGAACGAGAGUGUCUUAGUCAUACACCUGGUGCUCAGCAAGAAGGGUUUCUGUCUUAUUUCGGUUGGGAGGGAGUUCCACAGGCUUAGGCCCAGAACACUGAAUGCACAGCUUCUAGCUGUUAUGAGUCAUGCAUCUGAGACAUAGGAGGCCACUAACAGAGACUCUCUGCAAGGCCUCAAGAGAGCAGGCAACAAAACUCUCAACGAGAAGCAUUCUCAUCUGCAACCAGAAGGUUGCGUGGCGAGUUCCCGCCUCCCCCCUCAGAAAUGAGGACACAAGACACCAGAAUUUAAGGUUAAUGGAUCAAAUUAGGCCACAACUUUAUUGAUUACAGGAAUUGAGAGGUAUUGACUUAGGCAUUGGUCCUAUCAGCUAACCGGCUUCAGCCCGCUUGGUUGAAGACCGGCAAGGGUUAACCACCAGUAGGGGGAGUCCCGCUGAUGCACAUCAACUAGGAGCUCCCCUGGGGUCACCGAUCAGGGGCGUGCCGUAGGCCCACACCUCCAUAGGCUUAGGACAAGGCAAUGCCCCUUGGAAUCCUUUACCAGACUACUCUUCGAUUUUGGGGGAAGGUGAUGGCGCUUCCUCCCCCCACCCAAUUCAUCUGCAUAACAAUACCCCUACCAAUGCCUAAUCAGCUGGAGCGCGGAGAGGAAAGAGGGAGGUCCUCGGCCGCGCCAGUCCUAAAUAAGGUGGGCCACGCCCCCCCGGACCAGCCUAUUGGCUGGCCAGGGGGAUGACGUGUCCGAGGAUUCCCCCAGUACGUGCGUGAGGAGGGGCGUGAAGCCCACAACCCCACCUCCUCUCCAGUUUGGAAGUGGCUUUCCCUGUACAUUCUUUUCCAUAGAGCUAAGUGGGAGAGAGCAUUUAGGUGAGUGCAAAGGAGCAGGGAUGGGCAAUGACUAAUUAUUGAUGCACUGCACAAGACCUUGGCAGAAAAAAAACCCACACCACACUAUUAUGAAUGAAUGAAAUAAAUAAUUCACUAAAACAAAAUCCACACAGGAAGAAAACCCCAACAGAUAUAAGAUAAGCUAUUCAGCAGCUCAGAAUGAUCAUGUGAUACUCACUCAAAACAAGUCCAACCUUGAAACCAAAUAUGCAAUCUAUGAGGCAUCUUUCCUUAGAAGGAUCCAUUGUGAUUUCCAUACGGCAUCUGAAGCUAAGACAACUGAUGGCAUGUCUUAUUGCAGCUUCCAUUCCAUUUGUUGAAAACCAGAACUUGGCAAUAUAUUCUUUGGAAGAAAGCAAAGCCUUAAACCGAUGAUUUGGUGUGGUUUGCUUUCUCAUUUGUUUAUUUCCUAUCUAAUAUCACAGCUUUGGUUGAAAUAAGCUUGUGAAAUGCUCUUCAGGAUUUCACCCUGCAUUCUGGAGAUUCAGAUGAGCUGGUCUUGUUACCAAAGCAAAUGUGUUCCAUUUGGAAUUCCCAGUUUUGCAUAACUUUUAAAUUUCUUAAUUUGUUAGCAUCUUAGUUUUCAGAUCUUUCCUUCCUGACCCAUAAGAGGCUCCAGUGUAGUUCACAACUGUUACAGUGUUGUGAAAAUAAAAAAGGAGAAUAUGAAACUCAACAAAAUUAAAACAGACCACAGAGUCAAACAUACUAUCAAAAGAUUUAUGAUUUUUUAAAAAUGUUUGGAUUGCCCAUAAAAGCCAUCAAUGAAGUCCAAACUAUCCUUAGGAGAGUUUCACAGCUAAGGUGCUGCCACCAAGAAGUCCCCAUCUUCUGUUAUCACUUGUCAAGACUUCUUCAGUGUCAGAACACUGAGCAGAAUCUUGAGUGAUAAAUAUACAGUAUGUUUAGCUUGGAUAAGAAACUGAGAGAUGAUAGCCAUCAUCUAAUAUCUAGAGGGCUGUCAUGCAUGGACGACGGAACAAGCUUGUUUUUCAGUAGUCUUUAGAAUGAGAGGGACUGGAAACUGGUGUCAACAUACUGAUAUACAGAGGAUAUAUAUUGGUGCACAGAGGUGACUGUUUUCCUGUACUGCUUCCUACAUAAUGGUGUAAAACAUGGAGUGUGCAACAUAUUAGGAUGACUCUUGAGUUGGAGGGCAAGGAGGGCAUUCAGAAGAACCACGCAUUCUUGACAGGUAAAGUGGCAUCUGUAGAAGGCAACAUAAAUUGAUUUCUGAAGUGCUUUGUGGUUCCUCGGUGAUCCAGGUUUCAAAAAAAAACAAUGCUACAAACAAGCAUAGAGAAAAGAGAGAAAGAGAAAGUAAUGCCUUUAAGCUUACCAUAAUGUCGUGGCUCCAGGGUAGGUUGAUGGGGGGAAAGAGCAAACCGUGAGCCAAGUGGGGGAGAGGGUAUAGGGAGGGCUCCAUUGUGACUGACAGGUCAAACCUGCAAUCAGAGAGAAUAAUUUUACCUGGAAAGUUAAAAAAACAAAACAAAACCUUUUAAUUCAACCCCCCCCCCAAAAAACACACACACACCAACUUGGCAAAAUCAGAACUUAUGUCUCUAGUUCUGGGAUGAGGAGAGCAGGAGGCAGAGCUGCUUCACAACUGACAGGUCUGGCUUGUAAUCAGAGGGAAUGAUUUACCAAGAAUCAACCAAUCCUAGAGCUCUGGGGACAAAGCAGCUUUGCAAAAGCAGAACAUAUGUCUUCAAGCUUAAGGACAGGGAGGGGAGAAUGCAGAAGCAGAGCUUCAUUGUGAGUAACAGGUCAAGCUCGAAAUCAGUGGCAGUGAUUGUAUCCUAUUUUGAUGUUACAUUUGCUGAUGUUUUAGGCUGUUUUGGAUUCUAUGUGAGAAAUAACAGAGGGGGGGGGAAAUGAUGGUGAUGAUAGGAUUUGCUUUCUGUGUAGUAUUAAUUGUUCUUCCCACUCAAGAAUCAACUUUAAUGGUGCCCAGCACAAAAGACCCUGCGUCUAUCUGCCAGUAAUUUGCCAGGGUUUGUUCCUUGAGAGGCUAGUGUGACUGCAAAUUUAAUACAGUGGUACCUUGGGUUACAGACGCUUCAGGUUACAGACUCCACUAACCCAGAAAUAGUUCUUCAGGUUAAGAACUUUGCUUCAGGAUAAGAACAAAAAUCGUGCUCCGGCGGCGUGACGGCAGCAGGAGACCCCAUUAGCUAAAGUGGUGCUCCAGGUUAAAAACAUUUGGGUUAAGAACGGACCUCCAGAACGAAUUAAGUUCUUAACCUGAGGUACCACUGUAUUCUAUCAAAAAGGGGGAAAUGUUAUGCAGGGAAAAGCAUCGUAACUGUGAAGAGCUGGGAGAGAGACAAAGCAGGCACACAUGGAACGCCAGGCCAAAUUGGGCAGUCUAUGAAAUGCCACAAAUCAAGGUGGACUGGUUUCUGAAGCUUUGAAUCAGAGUGUAGACCAAAUCUUGCAGCCGAUGCAGACCUCUCCCAUGCUUAUCAAAAUCAAACUGUUUCAAAAAGAUAUGCUGGUUGAUCCCACAUCUCAAACAAUGAUUCGGUUUCCAGUAGGCUGCCAGAAAGACAUUAUGUUCUGUGUGCGUUUUCAAAGAGAAACCAGCUUGACAUGUGCCCAAAUGGUGUCCUGGAAUGUAGCUGUUUUCCUGUGUCUAAUCUAGCAUUAGACACAGAAAAACAGAAGGAGGGGAGAAUAAAAUUUUAUUUAUCACACUCCCAAUUUACAUGCAUUAAUCACCUUGUUUUGAUUUCAGCCAGGUGAUCACUCCCCAUUUACUCAGGGCAGAUCCUGGGGAUUUUAAAAAAAAUACUUUAAUCAUUAUGUGUGUGGUCCUUACACUACCAAAUUUAGCAAUCUCCUGGUGGUAAAAUUCUAAUAUUUGACUGGAUUAGAAGGAACAAAUUUUACUUAGCAGUGUAACAGUUGGGUAGCAGUUGCUGCUACCCAGCUGUAUACAAAACUGAAACUAGACAGAUCUUCUUAGCUUCUUUUCUCUGCUGAUCUUGCCCAGAACUGAUCCUGCCCUCCAUCCAGCAAGGGAGCAGCUCUGCCAUGUACAGAACCAUUUCAGACCCUCCAAGUGUCCUGAUUUCUCAGGGAUAGUCCCAGAAAUAUAGAAGCCAUCCCAGUUUCUGUUUUGAUCCAGGAAUGUCCCAUUUUUCCUUUUUCAUCCCCUCCACAUCUUGGAGAACAAUUAUAAGGUGUGUGUGUGUGUGUAGGUGCAAAAACGGAGUCCUGUUUAUACUGAAAAUGAAAUUCCUGCACCAAAUGAAGGAAAUGGUGAUGGUGGCAUACAAAGCCCUUCCAAUAACUUUGAAGGAAAAGGUCACCAAUCCACCUUAAAUUCUUUAAUUGAAAUGCUUCGGCAGCCAGCCAUUUCUUAGGAAACGCUUGCAGUGUUGACUCCUUUAUUGUAAACGGGGCCUUAUUUGGAAGUAAGCCCCACUGUAUUCAAUGGAGCUUACUCCCAGGUUAUUGAGUAAAGAUUGUGCAGACUUACACUGCAGUCUGAAGCAUUUUUACUCAGAACUAAGUCCCACUGAGUUCAAUAGGAUUUACUUCCUGGCAUGUUCCUGAACAUUCUCACAGUUUCCAUUAGUAUUAGUACCGUAGUACCUCAGGUUACAGAUGCUUCAGUUUACAGACGCUUCAGGUUACAGACUCCACUAACCCAGAAAUAGUACCUCAGGUUAAGAACUUUGCUUCAGGAUGAGAACAGAAAUCGUGCGGCGGCACCGUGGCAGCAGUGGGAGGCCCCAUUAGCUAAAGUGGUACCUCAGGUUAAGAACAGUUUCAGGUUAAGACCUCCAUAACCAAUUAAGUUCUUAACCUGAGGUACCACUGUAUUAGUAUUAGUAUUUUAGUAUUAGUAUUGUUGUUGUUUAGUCGUUUAGUCGUGUCCGACUCUUCGUGACCCCAUGGACCAGAGCACGCCAGGCACUCCUGUCUUCCACUGCCUCCCGCAGUUUGGUCAGGCUCAUGUUUGUAGCUUCGAGAACACUGUCCAACCAUCUCAUCCUCUGUCCUCCCCUUCUCCUUGUGCCCUCCAUCUUUCCCAACAUCAGGGUCUUUUCCAGGGAGUCUUCUCUUCUCAUGAGGUGGCCAAAGUAUUGGAGCCUCAACUUCACGAUCUGUCCUUCCAAUGAGCACUCAGGGCUGAUUUCCUUAAGAAUGGAUACGUUUGAUCUUCUUGCAGUCCAUGGGACUCUCAAGAGUCUCCUCCAGCACUUAGUAUUAUAUACCACCUUUUUCCCUGAGAAGUCUCCUCCAGUAUUAGUAUUAUAUACCACCUUUUUCCCUGAGAGGUACGCAAGGCAACUUACAGCUACAAUUUUAUUUCAUUCCCUUUAUCUGCUGAAGAUGUUGUACAUGAUCCCUUCCCUCACACAUUUUUGCUUUACAAUAAUCCCAUCAGGUAGUUUUCAUGGAGAAGCUUUAAUUGGCUCAAGGUGACAGAUGUAGAUAUGUAUAUGACAUCUAUGUGUGUGCAGAGAUCAGAUGCAGGAGAAGCUUCCUGCUGUAGAAUAGAAUGCCCCUAUUUUCAUCUGAGAAAUGUUGGACAGCAUGCCAUUUCUAAAUCACUUUAGUUCCUAGUCACAUUGCAGGAAUAAGUUAUUGAGCCAAAAGUGUUGUCUGAAAGCAAAUUAUGCAGCAAGCUUGAUGAAAAUAAGUGGGUCUGGGCCUAAUCACAAGCUGUAGUGGAGCAGCAUUUUCAGGAAUAUUCCUGGCUGGGUGGAACAGUCAUUUGCAGUGUAGGGAUGGGAAGCUUACUGUGACAAGUAGCGGCAGUGGUAGCUGUUAUAUUUUGUAAAUUAUUAUUUAACUACUAGCUGCAUUGUUCAAUGAAGUGAGAGUGACCCAGAGGGUGCCAUUCUUCUGAAUGCCAAAUGAGUUUCUACUUCCCCUCUCUCACACCUGGUGCUAACCUGGUGCCAGACAUGGAGUCCUCUAAGGAUGAACCAGACACCCCACAGAUCGAAGAUCCUCAGGAGCAGGUAGGGUCUCUGACAGACAGUGCUGAGAAUCCCCUUCAGGGCCCCUCUGGUGGUAGACCUGCUGGAGAACCUGUGGAGCUGUCAAAGGACGAGAUGGAGCCAUCUCUCAGCAUUGGAGAACAUGGGCACCAAAAAGUCUGGACCUAGACCAAAGAGCAAUGAGGUACAGACUUUUUGGUGCCCAUGUUCUCCAAUGCUAAGAGAUCAAUAACCCCAGAGUUAGCUCAUGAGUAAAGGGUCGACAUCUGCACUCAGUGGUUAGGAAAGUUUCCUUGCCUGAAACCUUGGAAAGCCAUAGCCAAUCAGUGUGGACAAUGCUGAGUUAGAUGAACCAAUGGUCUCCCUCAGUGUAAGUCAGCUUUCUGUGUUUCUAAGCAUGUGAUGCAAACUAUUUUAGUUGUGAGACUCUGUCCAAUGAGCCUGGACAGUUGCAGUUGUAUCUCCAGUCUUGAUUACAACAGUCUGUGAAGUCAAUGAAGUCAUUGUAGACAUUCAUAGGUUUGCACUGUAUGCUAUUUGUUUAAUUGUUUGUUCUGCAUUGGUUUCAAGAAUAGAAAUGAGCUUGGCUGGAAUAUUCCCCAAAAGGAGCGGUACAAAUAAGAACAAAAAUAAUAAUACCAUGGUUCAACAGGGAAGAUGUUGGAUCUUGGAAUACAGGUUUACUGAGAAUGGUCCUGAUUUGUUUGUGGGGAGGUUAGAUACAUCAAGCAAGAAGUAUCACACACUUUCCCCCAUCACUUUCCAUAUUGCAAAAAGUAGGACUGGUUUUUGGAAGGUGGAAGAGCAACCUGCUUUAACUGCAUGACUUGGGUUUCCCAAGAGGUGAUUGAACCACACCACAACAUAGCAAUGGUCUGGAAGCACCCAGUGACUGAUAGAAAUUAGAUUGCAACUACUAAUCUCCUUCUUGGUGUAUGUGUGUGUUUUCAAAUCCUUUGGAAUGCGGGCAGCUGCCUUGGAGAGAGUCAGACCAUCUGUUUAUCUAGAUCAGUAUCACUUACACUGACAGGCUGUCCAGGGUUUCAGGAAGAGAGUCUCUCCCAACCCCACCUGGAGACACCAGGGGUCAAACAUGAGACCUUCUGCAUGCAAAGUAGAUACUCUACUCAUUGAGCUGCAGCCUUUCCCUAGAAGGAUUUGUGGUCUGACUUGUCAGUACAGAGGCAGCUGACAAUUGUUUUCAACUGAGCGUUUGCCCCAUAUAGAGGGUCUCAAUAUACCUCAAUAGCAACGCCUCUGGGUAUCAUAUUGUUAGGUCUUUGAAUCAUAACAUACAAAGCACAGAGGACAUUCUCAGCCUUACCUGGAGAUGCGGGGAGGGGAGGGGUCGGAUCUGGCACCUUCUGCAUGCAAAGCAGAUGCCCUACCACUGAGCUACGACCCUCCCCUCUUUUUUCGCAUUUCCGCAGAGGUUAUUGGGGGGGGGUCUACAGACAAGGUUGGUGAUUGAUGCCUGGUAAGGAACGGGUUACUGUGAGACCCCGGCGUCCAGGCACCACGAGGACCAGCCGUCUGCUUUUUUUCCUCUUCUCGUGCUGGAGUUUUAGCGUGGGCGAGACGAGGCAGGAGGAGCUGGAAAGCGCGCACGCCGGGGGGUGGGUGGGCUGUUUAGAACAGGAUUUCUUUCCCCCUUUCCAGGCUUCUACGGAAAGGAGCUUGUGCUGGGUGGCUGAGCUGCCGUUGGGCAAAGGUGCGUCGCCGCUCCCCCCCCCCCAUCCCCACGGAAGCGGGUGGGGCCGGCGUCUGCCAUGGCCACCUGCUGGGUAGAUUUGUCCCGGAGCGCAGCGCGUUGGGGACCGGCCGGGCACCUGUGGGGACUAGCUGGGCGCACCUGAGCUGGAGCGAGCUGUGCGCCCCCUCCCUCCCCUGCUGCUGUCCCUCGGAAAAGGGAGGUUUUAUGCGGAGGUUGCUGGAGACCCCCUGGGGGGCCGGCGCGGGUUCUCUUUCUUUCUCUCCCUCGGGUGAGAGAUCUGGGGCGGCGGAGAAAAGAAGGCAAGGAGAGACGCGGAGAAAGAGGGGGAAGCACGGCGGAAGGGAGGACUGAGGAGGCGGCGGGAUCCAGACCUGUAGGAGCAGCAGAGCCGCCUGCCUGGAAGGUAAGACCCAACCGCCCCCGCCCUGCUUUUCCUCCUCGGCGCACCGCCGCCGCCUGUGCGCGCAAAGGCUCCUUCUCCAAACGUGCCCAAGAGAGCGCAGCGCACGGCGAUGCUUUUCGCUCGGGCACGCGAGGACCGCGGUGGAGGUGAGCGAGCAGGUUGGCUUCGGGGGCUCGCGACGGCUCUAGGCAGCAGCAGCUGCUGCUGCUGCUGCUGUAGCUGCUUCUGAAGGACAGGCGAGGGUGGGAGAGAUCCUGACGAGGAAAGACCUGUUAGCGAGCAAAAGGCGCUGGAGAGGGUGGCGGAGGAGCGAUGGAGUUGAUCCGGCGUGGGUCUGCUGUGUCGGUGGCCGCUGACAUUCUUCCCCUCCAGGGCUGGGUGUGAGCGGCGUCCUCGGAAGCAGAGUGAGAGCCGUUCUGUGGGUUUUGGUGACCGUGUGUGGUGUGGAAGAUGCUUACAUAAAAUCAGCAUGAGCAAGGAAGCCACAGCAAGCUGUUGGUUCUUCUGAAGGGGCCACAAGAUUAUCAUAAUAAUAAAAAAAUCUGGAAUGUGAUUCCUUUUCAGUGCCCCCGGGUUGCUUCCCAUGUUGGUCCUAUUCAGAGUAGACCAUCUUGAAAUGAAUGGACCUAAGUUUGCCAUGCCUGUUGGGUUCAAUGGGUCUCCUCUGAGUAGGGAGAGAGCCCCCUUCUCUUUAGUGUGGCAUGAGCUUUGGGUUUAAGAGAAGGCUCUCUUCCAGAAUUGGCAUUCAUCUUCUGGUGUUGGGAGGUUUUGCUCUUCAGGGAAAGGCUUAGGUGUCACAUGAAAAAUGUACCCCUCGGAUUUCUACCUUGGAAAGAGAUUAUUGUUCUUAAAACUGUGUCCUGGGUAUAAGAUGCUAGCAGAGGAAUGAGGGGCAGUAGUCACUGGAAGGGUUCAUUUCUUAUUUGGGAAGGGUGAGAGUGGUUGUAUGGGAAAAGUGGUCUCCUCUAUCCUCAUGUACUCCUGCCUUUGUAGUCCUCUGUCUCUCUCUUCAAUGUUUAGUUAAUAAAACAUAAUUGCUUAGGGCCUUGACUCUGUGGUAGAUCACCUGUUUUGCUUGCCACUGCCAGUCAGACUAAACAGAUGGACCCACAACAAGCUAGAUGGACCCAACUCAGUAGAAAGCAGGUUCUUAUAUUCCUAACACACCAGCAUGUUUUCCCUGGGCAGCCAGCUGUGGAGAUCAUUGGGUGGACCAUAAGGAAAACAACAACAACAACAUCUCAGUGUUGUCCUUUCUCUCACUCACUACCGCCCCUUCCAUCCCUCUCAAAUUUCCCUCCUUGUCCAAGAUGCACAGAUUCUGCAGGACUGCAGGAGAGCUGAGGCUUCUCUCAUAAUGGAAACCUCGCUUGACUAGGGCUGAGCGCCCUGGGAAAGAUGGUUGGGUUCCAAAAAUAACUACGAAGUUGCUAAGCAUCAGGUAGGUCCAUUCAGGGAAAAACUGGGGGGGGGGUAAAGUGUGUAGUGUGAGAAUAGGCAGGAAAGGUGGAAUAUUAAGUAAUCAACAGGAUGUCAGGCUGCAUGUCAAUUUAUGUAUGUGUUUAAAGCUGGACGGGCCUUAAUUUGUGUAUAAUACAAAAACCCAAGGCAACAUUACACAGAGACUUUGUUAUUAGGUAUUCCAAGGCUCUUGGAUAGGGCAGACUCAAUUUAAAAUGAGCAUUGGAAGGUCAGCUGCAUUUAUACAGGCAAGUCAGUCUACUAAUCCUUCUAGAUUAGGGAAGGGUCGUAGCUCACUGGUAGAGCAUCUUCCUUCUACGUGGGGGAAAAACAGGUGCUCUAUCUUUGAGCAAUGGUUCAAGACCUGUUGCAGGUUUGCUUCUUGGUUUCAUUUCUCUUCCUUAUGGCAAAUAGGUUUAAUUCAUGGCUGGUCUCUGUACACAGCAGAAAUACAGUUCAGGAAGCAAGCUGUUUUGGCAGGCAGGCAAACCACAGGGCUGUCUCAAAGGUCCCAGGCUUCCUACCUGUCAGAGACAGCAAUGUGUCUGAAUAUGAGUUGCUGGAAGCCACAGGACGGAGAGAAGAUUGUUAUGCUGAUGUCCUGCUUGUGGGCUUCCCAAAGGCAUCUGGUUGGCCACUGUGAGAACAGGGUGCUGACUCUAUGGGUCUUUGGCCUGAUCCAGCAAGACUCUUCUUGUGCUCUCAAGUCAAAUCCUGGGAUUGUAGAUUCUUGUACCCAUAGACAGUGAGGGCAUGCAGAGCAUGCUCUCUAUUCAGAGAGUUCAUGCUUUCCACACAGACAUGCCUGCAGCUGUUUGCACAAAUGGCAUUUCUGCCCAAGAUGCAGGAAUACCAAAUAGUACCUACUCAUUUUAUUGGAAGUUUAGGAGCUAUGGUACAUAUGCAAAGGGGUGGGAAGGCAAUGCAAAUAGCUUUUCCGCUUGGGAGCUAGAAGUAAAAUAUUCAAAGUUGCCCGUUAAAUUAGAGAAAUGGACAAAUUAGAGAAGUUUUAAUAAUGCUUUAGUCUCAAUCUAGCACCUUUUUUUGGUGUAGGCACUCAAAGUGUUAUCUUUGCAACCUUGUUAUCCUGAAAUGCUGAAUAUAAGUUUGAUUGGACAGUCACACUUUUCCGUCUCAACAGAUGUGUUUACUUGGGAGUUAAUCCCACUGAGUUGAGUGGGGAUUAAUUUAGGUGAGCUUGAACAUCACUGGUCUUCAGCAGGUUGGUUGGGAGCCACUAGUGGGCUGAGGCUUAAUCCAAGGUUGGUCGCCAUAGGAACACAACCACCAUGCAAAAAUAUGGUGAAAGGUUAAGAAAUGGGUCCGGUCUGCAAAUACCUGUUUGGGUUAAAAGUUGAUCCUGGGUCCGAAAAGGUUGAAGAUACCUGGUGUAUAGAAUUGCAGCCCUAAAGGUUGAUUCAAAAGGUUUUGCUUCAAAAUAAAUGCCUAAAAAAAUACACAAGUUGCAAAUUCACCACUGCCAAUUAUGUCUGGGCUGUUAGUUUACUUAGUAGUAAGUUCAGGGGGUGAUUUUUAUUUUAUUGAGAUGGCAGUGUAUGAGGAGGGGCAGUUGUAACCAUUUCUUUGUAUAUGUACUCCGCAAAAAUGGUCCACUUCUAUAGAAAAAGAAAAAGCUCUACUGGCGUCUAUUCACAAUCCUAAUAAUUCACUGCAGUUUGUGUAUGAUUUUCAUGGAGAUUGCUGUCAGAAAGAAGAGUGCUCUCUCUCUCUCUCUCUCUCGCACACACACACACACACACACACACACACACAUUUAUUUACUUACUAGAUAUUAAAUACACAUAACACCCUAAUGUGAUUGGCAGCAAUGCACUUAACAUCACUAGGCACCCAAGUGCUUACAAGACCACCUCCCCCAAGAUCAGCUACCUGAGACCCUAUGAUUGACAGGUGAGUCCUUGAUAUUGCCACCUCUAGGGGCUACCCGCUUGGUGCUGGCCUGUGACAGGACCUUUCUGGUGGUGGUUCCCCAUUUGUUCAGUGUCAUCUUUGGUGGUGGGAUGUGUCUCCCUCAUUGUUGACUUUUGAGAGGAAUUUGAUGGAUAAAAUGUAUUGUUCCUAGCAACCCUGAAAUCACUGGUUGAGAGAAUGCUUUUUAACUGGUUUUAGAAUGCGUUUAAAAAUGCUUUUUUUUAUUGUUGAUGGGUCUACUGCCUUUGGGAUGAAGUGUGGGAGAUAGAUAGAUAGAUGAUAGAUAGAUAGAUAGAUAGAUAGAUAGAUGAUAGAUAGAUGAUAGAAUUCUAGUUAGAGGCCCUUAGUUGAGAGGAACACUCUGAAGUUUUUCUUUUCCGUCCACUCCCAGAGUUGACCGGUGUAAUCCCACAAGAAUUUAACCUAUUACCCCAAAACUGCAUGCUCUGCCACUGAAUCCAGAAUCAAUUCACAUUUUUGCAUCUUGGGUGUUCAUGAUGACCCACUUAAACUUGGGGAGCUGGCGUGAUGCUGGGUGGGUGAGCUCUGAAUAGGGAAAUUCAGGUCAAAUUGCUCUACCUCCAUAAACUUCACUUGGAGGCCACAGAUAAGCCUUGGCUACCUUGAGGAGACAGUGACUCUGACCUAACUUGCUGGGUUGUUUUAAGGAUUGCAGCAAGAUAAUGUGUAUGCUUCAAGCAUUCUGAGAAACUACCUGAAUGUCAAGUAUGAAUGUCAAGUCCUAAUUAUUAUUGCACCAUCUCCAGCCUCUGCCUUGUGCUCCCAUUUUGCUUUUGCUUCUCUACCUUAGGUAAUGGAUACUAGGGAUCAUUGUAGUCUUUGUUGAAUUAACAAUGCAAAUCCUGAGCUAUUUCAUGGUUUAAUAGUUUUCCUAAAGAAUAUAUGUUUGCUAGGCUGUAUGUUUGUCUUGAGAACAUUGCUCUUCUCUGGAGCAGCCUUCUUUGCAUCACAGUGUUCCAAUGAACAGAUGCUAUUAACACCUCCCAGUUCUUCCAGGAACCAGCUCCAGUCAUGUACCCAGCCACAUAUCAACGUACUGUCACUGUGUCUUCCCACAGCACUUUGGAAUUUUCAAAAUGUUUUACCAUCUAGAUGUUUCCAAAACCCACAGCAGGGCAACAUCUUUGUUAAAGGUAAAGGUAAAGGGACCCCUGACCAUUAGGUCCAGUCGUGACCGACUCUGGGGUUGCGGCGCUCAUCUCACUUUAUUGGCCGAGGGAACCGGCGUACAGCUUCCGGGUCAUGUGGCCAGCAUGACUAAGCCACUUCUGACGAACCAGAGCAGCGCACAGAAAUGCCGUUUACCUUCCCACCGGAGCAGUACCUAUUUAUCUACUUGCACUUUUGAUGUGCUUUCGAACUGCUAGGUUGGCAGGAGCAGGGACCGAGCAACGGGAGCUCACCCCGGAAAGGGGAUUCGAACUGCCAACCUUCUGAUCGGCAGGUCCUAGGCUCUGUGGUUUAACCCACAGCACCACCAGCGUCCCAACAUCUUUGUUAGGACCAACCAAAAAAGUCACAAGCUUUCAAGUUCUCCAACACUCUUCAUUGUCAAGCCUUUUUCCAUUUCUGGAUAAAAGCCUGUUCACUCUGGGUUGUGACUCUUGAGUUGUCUUUGGGGUUUUAUUCUUCUUCUAGGCCAAGGUUUCCUGACCUUGGAUCUCUGGUUCCUUUUUUUGGACCACAACUCCCAUCAUCCCUAGCUCGCAGAUUCAGUGGUUAGGGAUGGUGGGAGCUGUAGUCCCAAAACAGCCAAAGAUCAAAGUUUUGGAAACCUUGUUCCAGGCCAACACCUGUCAUUUAUGUCAGGGGCAGGAACCUGUAGUCCACUAUAUGUUGCUGGGCUCCUUCAACCACAGACAGCACGACUGACUCUUGGGGAUGGUGGCAUUGUAGGCCAACAGUACCUGGAGGACCAUAGGUUUCCCAUCUCUGAUCUAUGUGAUGAUUGCAGAGAAGACAAUCUUUUGAGGCAAUUCAAUUGUUCCACUGUACAGAUCUGAGACCAGAAAAGACUGGUGUUCCCAAAGGGUUGUAGUUCUGCUUUACAUGCAGAAGGUCUUAGCUUCAAUCCCAAAAACCCGCAAGUAGGGCUCUUAGAGAAUCCUGCCUGAAAUCCUGGAGAUAUACUGCCAGUUAAUGUUGGCAUUACUGAGCUAGACAGAGUGUUGGUUUCACUAAUUAUAAGACAUCUUCCUAUGUUCCUGAGCCUUAUAGUAAGUCCACAACAGAGGUGGGGCUUGAACUCAGAGCUCCCUGACCCAUUUAUUGUGUUGUCUGCUGCAAUUUGCUUGCCCUGUAGGGUUCCUUAUGAAACUAUUUUUAUCUAAACUCAUAGGCCAUAUUUUUAUUUUAGUCUUCCUCCAGGGAACUCAUGACAACGUACAUGAUUCUUCCACCCACCCAGUCUCAUUUUUUAAAUUUAUUAAAAAUAUUUGUAUAUUGCAAUUUGGUUAAGAAAAAAAGAAUAGCAAUUAUAGUGCAAUAAAAGUCCUACGGAUCACCAGUUAACUAUUAUGGACAAUGUUUCUUUUCUUAAUUAUUUGCAUAGCCUGAAAAGUUUUCAGCAAAUGUUUGAAGGUUAUCAUGGAAGGCAUUUGCUGAAUCUCUACUGGAAGAGCACUUCACAGGACCAGGCCACUAGCACUGAAGACUUGAUUUUGAUGAAAAGUAAGCCUCACCAACUCCAGCGACAACCAGCAGUGCCCUUGCUGAUGCUCUCAGUGAUCAAGCUGGGGUAUAAGGGUUCAGGGAGUCCCUGAGGGACCCUGGACCUAAGUUGCUUAGAGCUUUGUAAAUUAAUUCAAGAACCUGGUUCAGUAGUAGAUGGGCUACUAGUGCAGUUGUUUUAUCCAUGGUGUCGCAUGUUGGCAGCUCUCCAGGUAGAUAUCUCAGUUGGUUAGAGCAUGGUGCUGAUAACACCAAGGUCACAGGUUUGAUCCCCGUAUGCAUAUUCCUGCAUAACAGGUGUUUGGACUUGAUGAUCCUCAGAGUUCCUUCCAAUGCUAUGAUUCUAUGUGCCCCCAUCUGUUAUCUCAUCACUGCAUUAUGCACCAGCUAGAGCUUUGGACCAGACCCAAGGGCAGCCCCACAUGGUGCAAUCCUUGCAACAGUCCUGGGAGGUAGUUAAUUCUGAAAGACAGUGACCAGUCCAAAGUCUGACCUGGUAUAAGAAAGGAUUCCUCUUUGUCCGUGUAGCUCAGUAUGGGACUCAGGCAGAGGUUUCACCUUCACUGAUGAUCUUAUCAUUUUAACUGGAAAGAUGCCAGAUGGUUGAACCUCAGAACUUCAGCCUGUAAAUUCUGGGAUCUAUUUAUUGUUUUAUUUGUAUAAGAUUAUUUACCACCACCCCUUCACCACAUAGAACUAUAGUCCCAUAUGGAAUCAUAUAAUUGUAGACUUGGAAGGCACCCAGAGGGUCAUUGAGUCUGUUCCCCUGCAAUGAAGGAAACUCAGAGCCAGUGUGGUAUAGUGGUUAAGAGCGGUGGACUUGUAAUCUGGUGAACCGGGUUUGCGUCUCCGCUCCUCCACGUGCAGGUGCUGGGUGACCUUGGGCUAGUCACACUUCUCUGAAGUCUCUUAGCCCCACUCACCUCACAGAGUGUUUGUUGUGGGGGAGGAAGGGAAAGGAGAAUGUUAGCCACUUUGAGACUCUUUUGGGUAGUGAUAAAGCGAGAUAUCAAAUCCAAACUCUCUUCUUCUUCUUCUCAAUUAAAUCAUGCAUGACAGUUGGCAAUCCAACCUCUGCUUAAAAUCAUCCAAGUAAGGAGAGUCCACCACUUUCUGACGGAGUCUGUUCCACUUACCAUCUGAAAGUACUUCCUAAUAUUGGGGUCCUACCCUCCAGAGCAACAGAUAUAGUUACCAUAUGUAUGCUGUUGACAUAUGUCAAUCUCCCCCCCCCCAGCCAAAAAAGUGCCUAAUCCUGAGGUCAUCAGCAUGGCACCCAUGGGUGCAAUGAAAGCCUUGAUCAGUGUCUCCAUCAAGAGAUGGUCAGAGCAGUGACUUUCCUUAUCCUUUAAAUCCUACAUAGAGCUGAAGGAGGAAGUUGGAAGAGCUUUUGUUUCUAAGUACUUUCCAAUGUUCAGAUCAGCAGCUGAACAGAAAGGGGAGAGAUCUGGGUGGCAGAGAGACAAAAAGAGUGUCUGAUGGAGGGGAGGCAGGGGGAGAAAGUGGGGUGCUAGGGAACGUAGGGGAAGAGAGAAUGCCAUGCCAGGGAGAAGUCUGGCGUGUACAUGCAGGCACAAGUCUGAUCCAGUAAAACAGAUCCUCUUGAAAUUGCGUAGUAUUAUACCCCGGUCAGAUGACUUUGAUCAUCUCAAGCAGCCCUCCUGACUGUCCCACAGCUUUUUAGCGUAGUGGCACCAGCACUUUGGAGCUGGCGCAGUCCCCAGUGAAAUUGGGCAGGCACCCACAAGUCUGAUAUUUUGCUGCCUGCACACAAUGAGUUUCGCCACUCAUUUCCAGAGAUUUAAUUUGAUUCGUUGUUAGUCAUUUGUUCUGUACUUUAUGUUUUUAUAAUUUUAUGAUGUCUUAAUGGUUUUAAUGAUCUAUAUAUUGAAUGAGCUGGAAGUUUAUAAAAUGAUGAUGAUAAUGAUGAUUAUACUGGGUUAGAGGGAUGAAUGGUUUAGCCCAGAGGUUUUCAACCUUUUUGAGUCCACAGCUCCCUUAACCAACUACUGUACAUUCUUUCUGUGGCACCCCUGUAGGGCUCAGGAGCCCAGUUAUGUCAGCCCUUGCCUGCAAAGCUGGCAGCCUCUCACCCUUUUCCAAACACCCUCCCUUGUGGAGUAUUCCCUCAGCCUCCUCUCCUCUCCCCUCUCCUUGGGAGUCCUCUGGGCAGCUGCUGCCGCCACCCCUGAUCUCUGAACUGUGCCCCCUUGCUCCAAAGAGAGGUACCUCCCAGAGGCACCAUUCGCCUGUGGAGCUUAUAGCCAGGAUCGUUGCAGUAAACAGCUGUGCAAGCCUUUCGGAGGCAGAGACGUGAGAGGGCAUCAGAGGAGGUAGAGAAAGAAAGAGGGACGGAGGCCAGUGCUGUCCGCGGCACCCCUGACCAUCAUUUAAGGCACCCCAGGGUGGCACGGCACACUGGUUGGAAACCACUGGUUUAGCCUAAUACAGGCUUCCUGAGACUCAGCCCUCCAGAUGUUUUGAGGCCACAAUUCCCAUCAUCCCUGGCCACUGGUCCUGCUAGCUAGGGAUCAUGGGAGUUGUAGGCCAGAAACAUCUGGAGGGCCGAGUUUGAGGAAGACUGGCCUAAUUGUUAAGAUGAGCAUUCUCUGUUAAAAAGAUCAGUGCUGCUGGAACACAUGGAAUCCAUUUAGCCCAGUAUCCUGUGCCUGGCAGUGGACAGCCAGAGAGGCCUAUAAGAAUGGCAUGAACACAAACUGCCCCCUCCAUCAAUAGCAUUUAGGAUGAGUCCACACCUGUGUGCAUGUGUUUGAAUUUAUAUUUUUACCUUACCUUUCCUCCAAAGACCUCCGUUAUUCCCACAGCAGCUUUGAGAGAAACUGAGCUUAGAUAUGACCAGUCCUAAGGUCCUAUGACCCACUUCUCUCACAUCCUAGUCAGACAAUGUGAUGAGACCCAGGCAGCAGCGUUGGGUGAUGCUGGGCCUGAGUGGUUCAUCAGGGGUAGGCUUGGGAAAACUGGGACUGUUCCUGAUAUUGAGGGAGCUAACUAGAGCACACGAGUCUAUGAGCUGCCAGCCUGACAAAGGGCAAUGUGAAUUUUAGCAAGAGAUUGGCAAAUCAAUUUCGGUUUUCCCAUUUUGUUCCAAGUCCUAAGUUCACUUCUCCACAUUUCCACAUGAGGCUGUGAUUAAAAAAUGUAUAUCAAGCCCGCAUGAAAAUUCACCAGCACCUUUCGGGAACUUUCUCCUAACAUACACACCUUUGCACACAUUUCUUUUUUUUGCAGUGUACUUUCUCCUGAUUCUCAUAAUGCAUUUCUGUAAGCUGGAUUCAUUAAUAUAUGCACUUGUAUGCACGCUUAACCCCAUGCAUAUUCGAUUUCAUAUAUAUCACUUGGCAAAAUGUGCAGAAGUGUAGAUUUUGAAGGAUGGUUGUUUUUCUGUUUCAAAUUAGCUGGGUUCCACCUUUCAAUAUGAACCGGAUCCAAUUUCUCCCCUGCCUCUAUUUGUGGCUCGGUGGUACAGUGUAUGCUCUGCAUUUAAGGAUGCUGGGGUCUACCAGAAGCAUCAUUAGACUCUCCUGUCUGAAACCCUGGAGAGCUGCUGUCAGAUACUCAGUGUAUCCAUUACUGAGCAUGAUAGACGGAGGGUUUGACCGGGGAUAAGGCUUCUUCUUGUGUUCCAGUGAAAAUUCACUGUCGCACGAACACACUGCAGUAGUUCUUCAACAGCUAAAGCUACACUGAUCACAUGUACUUCUGUAGAUCCCAUAUUCCUUGUUUUGGUUUACUUUCUUCCAAUCUAGUCAGGUGCUGUGAUUUGAUUUGAUUUGAUUUGAUUUCUUUUUGCAGGAGUAUUAUUAUUAUUAAUAAUAAUGUCAGUUCUAUACCACUUUAUAUUUUUAAGGAAAAAACCCUCAAAGCAGUUCACAGCACAUUAAAACAUCAAAUGAAACAGUCCAGAAUAAAACAUUACCGAAGAAAGUCAGCCAUGGCAUACGUACGCAUUCAAAGCAACGCAAUUAACAGGAAACUAAAAUAUUGUCUUAAGGAUUUCAAAAUAAAGCAUUACAAAGGAGGUUAAGUACAGAAUGCACAUUUAGCACAGCAGAAAGAAAGAAAGAAAGAAAGAAAGAAAGAAAGAAAGAAAGAAAGAAAAGAUAUUAAACAUUUCGAAAGAAAGCAUUACUAAAGGAAGUCAAAUAGAAAAUAUUAAUUGGAUAGAGCAUCUGUAAACACCACUGCCUUUUAAAUUCUACGCACAGUGUUAUGGGCACAGCCCGUGUUUGGUUUAAACAACUGUGCAAUGGUUUGAAUACAUCUGGGUCCUGCUUUGAAAAACUGACUCAUGACGGCACAUUAAUUUUUACUCAACCAUUAGGAAAAUUUGCUCAGAAAGCUUAUGUCCUCAGCUGAUUCCGAAGGAUUCUAUGCUGAAUUGUGUAUGACGCGAGGGAUGCGGGGAGCAGAGGUUAUGUUAGGUGAAGUGUUCAGUUGGCUUGCAAUGAUAAGUUAUUGAGAUUCUUGUGGAUGGUCAUAUUGAAUAAUCCAUGUGAAGGAAAACGCUGAUCGUAAGCCUUCGCUGCCUUGUGGGAUAUCUUCAGCAGAAUAAAAGGCUAAGGGGUAAAUCCUGCACAAAUCAAAUAAUGAAGGGAGGUGAAAAAACAUACAGCAUCCUCAGGUAGACCCUGAGUCAAAUUGGGCCACCUCAGGUCAUUGUGGGCUGCUAUUCUGAAGCGCCAAAUUGGUAUCCGAACAAAAUCUUAUAGUCUAUCUAGUCUGUACACUCCUGUUUGGGAAAAGCAAAGUAUCUGCUUUUUAUACCCGUCUUUACAGAGAACAAUUUUGGAGGGAUGGUGGCACCUGAUUUUUCUUUUAAAGUUCAAGUAGUACAGCAGGGGAACUGUGAUUCAAAUGGAAGUGUCAAAGGAUGAAGUUUUAGGACUUGGUUGGCUUUAAAAAAUAUUUGUUUGUUUGUUACUUUGCCUGUGUGCCAUUCAUUUGAUAUUGCAGUAUUUCAGAGAGAACGCUGCUCAUCACUAAAGUCAAGCUUUGGACCAAAGAGCUAGAAGAUUGACAAUUGGUAUUAUGUUGGCUAAAAUAAAAUUUUAAAAGGAUCCACGGAAAAUGUGGGGAAUGACAGGUCUGCCAGCUUAACUUACUUCCCCUGUAGAUUGGUAGAAAGUAUUUUCUCCAUUCUGAAGGCAAGUAGCAGGUACUCUAAGGAAACAGCAGCUGUAGAAACACAAUGUUAGCCUCUCACAUAAUUGGGCCUUCUUCAGCAAAACCUCCAAGUAUCCCUAUUUUCCAGGGACAGUCCCAGAUUUACAGAAGCCAUCCUGGUUUCUGAUUUGAUCCUGGAAUGCCCCACUUUCCUUUAGGACGUCCCUAUUUUCAUCAGAGCAAUGUUAGAGGGUAUGGAGUUAUCUGACCCCAAAGCCAUCUGAAGGCAGCCCUAUAUGGGGAAGUUUUUAAAUGUCUAAUGUCUAAUGUUUUACUAUGUAUUUAUAUAUGUUGGAAGCUGCCCAGAGGAGGAGCAGAGACGUGAACGCGGUUCACCAGAUUACGAGUCUACUGCUCUUAACCACUACACCACACUGGCUUCCUUUGCAGGCUUAUGAAUAGCAUUUGGUUGUCACUGUGCAAAGCAGGAUACAUUCAAAACCUAUAAGAGAAAAGAGCCAGAGUAUUGUAGCGGUUAGAGCGUCAGACUAGGACCUGGGAGAUCUCAGUUCAAAUCCCCACUCAGCCAUGAAGUUCACUGAGUGACACUGGGCCAGCCAUUACCUCUCAGCCACAGGUUUGUGAUGGGAGGAAGGGGCAAUGUACAUCAGCUUGAGCUUUUUUGGAGGAAAUAUUGGGCUAUAAAUGCCAUAAAAUAAACAAGUCAUUUCAUUACAUCGCAUAGCAUGUUUCUGUCCAGUAUUCCAUUUCUGCUGACGCUUUUCGUCCAUGGCAAAAGAUGGUUUAAUUGAAGAGAGGCAAUGAAAUGUACUUGCAAUGUCCUUAAAGAUCUCACCAUGUUCUUAGUACCAAAAAGGGAAAUGAACUUGUUUUUAAGUUGACAACUUAAGUGCUUCUCAUUCAGGCUGAAGACUUACGUCCAUUGCCCUUUCUUCUUUCCCCUCCUCCUUCUUUUAAAGGCUGAUGAAAAUACAGUGGUUAGCCACCGACAUGGAAUUAAAUGCCUUAAUAACAUUUGUGUUUCUUCUCAUUUGCAAGUAACCAGAAAACAACAUGGGAUGCGGGUGGCGCUGUGGAUUAAACCACAGAGCCUAGCACUUGCCGAUCAGAAGGUCGGCGGUUCGAAUCCCUGCGACGGGGUGAGCUCCCAUUGCUCGGUCCCUGCUCCUGCCAACCUAGCAGUUUGAAAGCACGUCAAAGUGCAAGUAGAUAAACAGGUACCACUCCAGCGGGAAGGUAAACGGCUUUUCCGUGUGCUGUUCUGGUUCACCAGAAGCGGCUUAGUCAUGCUGGCCACAUGACCCAGAAGCUGUACGCCGGCUCCCUCAGCCAAUAAAGCGAGAUGAGCGCCACAACCCCAGAGUUGGUCACGACUGGACCUAAUAGUCAGUGGCCCCUUUACCUUUACCUAGAAAACAACAACUGCCCAGUGUCCAGUUUGUGUGUGUACAUAGGAAUAGUCCACGAACAGUGUUUUAAGUCAAGCAAACGAUUUGCAUUCUGAAAGAAGGAAAAAUAAAAUCUGUUCACCAGGCUAACAACCUAUGGAUGGGUUUUGCUUUCUAUUUAGUUUGAAACGCGAUGUAUCUUUUGAUCUUCCUGCAUUGCAGGGCAUUGGACCAGAUGACCCUCGGGUCCCUUCCAACUCUACAAUUCUAUAAUCUCUUCACCCCCACUUUCACAUACUUUCCUUUGCCAAAUAGUUUUGGAUCACAGUGAAAGUCAACUUAUGAGUGCAUUAGUCACAAUAUAAAUGAUCUUGCAUUUUGACAGGGGAUAGAGGCAGUUGCACCAUUGCCAGGGGAAAUGGGUAUUUUGCUGAUAGCUGACUUCUGAUGAGAAUUGGUGUCACUCACAACUUUUGACUUUCGUUAGCGUCUUGCGAAGAAAGCACAGAAAUCUUACGUAAUGAGAUUAUUAGUGUAUAUAAAAAAGGGGGGUAUGCUGGAAAACGCGCCGUUUGACAUGAUUGCUUUUCAUUAAGUGCAUCCUGCUUUUGAAAAAAGAGAUUAAAGGAUUGAAAUGCUACUGCAAGAAAGGAGAAAAGAUGUUAGUUGAAUAUUAGUGCUUUUGGUGCUCAGAACGGAUUCAGAACGGAUUCACAAUAUUAGUGCUUUUGGUGCUCAGAACGGAUUCAUUGAAUAUUAGUGCUUUUGGUGCUCAGAACGGAUUCAUUCAGAGAGCCAGUGUGGUGUAGUGGUUAAGAGCGGUAGUCUCGUAAUCUGGGGAACCGGGUUCGCGUCUCCGCUCCUCCACAUGCAGCUGCUGGGUGACCUUGGGCCAGUCACACUUCUUUGAAGUCUCUCAGCCCCACUCACCUCACAGAGUGUUUGUUGUGGGGAGGAAGGGAAAGGAGAAUGUUAGCCGCUUUGAGACUCCUGAAGGGGAGUGAAAGGCGGGAUAUCAAAUCCAAACUCUUCUUCUUCUUCUUCUUCUUCUUCUUCUUCUUCUUCUUCUUCUUCUUCUUCAUUUUGGGUGGGAUGGAGAUUCUUGUGCUGUCGAAGGUUCAGCAUCCAACAGGGGAGCUGAAUGGGGAAGAAUUGUAGCUCAGAGACAGAACACCUGCCUUGUAGGCAGAAGGUUCAACCCCUGGUUUCUCCAGGCGGGGCUGGGAAGAUCUUGGAGAGCCACUGUCUUUUGGGUUGACAAUCCUGAGCUAGAUGGAUCUAAUGAUUCGACUCAGUAUACAACAGAUCCUUGUGUUCCUUUGAUCACAAAGCUGGAGACAGGCCCUUGAAUGUAAUUUAUUUAUACCCAUAAAUGUCUGAGGCCUAGUUCUCACUGAGGUGGACAACCAAUGCCUGCAUGACUAACUUCAAAUUGCAUGUUGGGGCUCCAGUGACAGCAUGCCCCUCCAUACACAAAAAGCUUGCUGAACAUUCUAGCAGGGAGAAAAUGUUUAGCCUAGUCUUCUUUCCAGUGUGCAAGUAUUCUGUGUGUAGGUUUUGUGCUUUUGCUGAGGCUGGGGGUGGGUAGGAGUCUUUAUGCUGUUGAUUCCCUCCCAGCCAUGGAUCCUUCCAUUCCUAUUCUGACUGUCAGGGAGAAAUGUUUUGCUGCCCUCACUCUGUUGUCGCUUUUGCCCUCACUCUGAUUUGGCUUUUAAGAUAGCGCUGUGAGAGUGUGAGCAGGAUAAGGAAGCAAAGUUUCUUCUCGGCAAAAUAAAUAAAAGAGGCAUUGAAGGGUCUUGGAAAGGAAGGAAGGGAAAAUGAGAGAGAGAGAGAGAGAGAGAGAGAGAGAGAGGGAGAGAGGAGCAACAGGGGGAACUAUUAGUGGGAGCAGGAAAAGAGUCCAAUGGAGACUGUGCGGUUUUGUGAAAUCUUUUGCUCCCUCCCAAGCCUUCCCCACCCCCACCCUGGCCCCAUCACUCAAGCUUUGACUUCCUUACUUUGGGAAUUUUCAACAAUGCUCACAUUGAUUUUCUGAGUUUGUUUGUUCUGUGCGUUUAGACGCAUGCUUGCGGUGAAUUCACCCAUUCAGAAUUUCAGAGAUUGCUGCAAAAUAAAUUGUGUCUCCCUGCCUCUUCCCCUGUACCUGCCCUUGAGCAGAGCCACCCUAAAUUCACUUCACUUUGGAGUAAUGGAGUAGCAGCUAAUUGUCUUCAGUGAAGGCACUGCGGUCAGAAAGUGGUGACUCAAAAGCCAUGCUUUGUCCUUUUUAUCAGAUUUGCAGAGCAAGCUAUCCAACUUCCAUUCUGGGUUUAAACAAUAGAAGUACAUGUAAGGGUGAACGCAGAAGCAACUUUAUAAGUGUAAUAAUUAGACAAACUCAGCACAUUACAAAACUUUUUUCCUCUCUAGGGCAUGGAAUGUGUGUAAGAAGUUUGUCAUACUUAAAAUGUUCUUUCUAAUAUGAUUUGGGUCAGAAUUAUGAAUGUUUUGCUGAAAAAAUGGAUUUUUCUGUAACAAGGGACAGACUUUUCUGUAACAAGGGACAAUAGAAUUUAAGGUUUUCUUUUUACUAUGUCAAAUGUAACAAAUCUUAUAAACAGUCUCUCCCCCCUUGCUUUUUCUGUUUUUCUGCUUUGUUCUGUUCCAGAAGAUGAAAAACAACUCCUAAAACAGACAUUUAACAUGAAUUUUACUAUCUAACGAGACCAUUGAUCCAUAAAAUGAAAGCAAUAAACAAUGUACUGUACUGUAAAAUCAAUACAACAGUAUUGAUGAUUUUUUUAAAAAUGAAAAUGUGUUUUUUUUUUCUUACCUGCACUGAUGAUAGCCAUUAUUUGGAUGGGGGGUCGGGGUCCUCUUCCAGAUUCAAAAUUGGUGACUCCUCUCCUGCCAUUCCUUCCCUUGCUUUUUUUUACACCACUGCCACCUACAGAGCGUGGGCUUACCUGCCUUCCAGCUGGUGGGUGGGCUUACCUGGCUACCUUGCCAGGUAAUGGGGCUAGGGGAUGGGUCAAGGGCUGGUAAAGGGCUGGUGCUCUUCGGCCCAGGCUCACUUUGUUUUCCUAGCAGGUUCAUCGCUGGACUUCACUCUUGGUUAGGCAAGUGUUCCUCGUCAGGGUUUGGGACCGUGGUGUGGCCUGCUGGGCCUCCUGCAGCCUCCUGCAGCCUCUUCCACAACUUUGGGGGUGGGAUGGGGGCCAUGGCAUGGCCUGCUAGGCCUCCCGUGGCUGGCUCCUUCUUCCCCUGGCAGUGGAGGCUGAAUCGCGGCCACACAGGCGGCGUUGCCUAGGAGUACGCUCAGCUUCCAAGGCAAAGUCCGAAAACCGGAACACUCAUUUCCGGGUUUCAAGUGUUCGGGUUCCAAGUUGUUUGUGAACUAAGCUGUUCAAAAACCGAGUUACCACUGUAUUAUGCCAGUCUGUAGUGUGGGGGGCUGUAUGUCAGACAAGGCAAGAAGUUGGUGGCCAUGGUAGAUAUUGGUGCCAAUGACAAGGGAAAAUGUCGAGGUGUGGUGCCAAAAGCCAAAAUUCAGUGUGAAUACUUUCAAGGUGGAUUUCUCUGAAAUGCUACAUGUUUCAUGUGCAGGGCCAGCUAGAUAGAUGGCUGAGGAGUCUCAAUGUGGGGAUGAGAUAUUGCUGCUCAGAAGAGGAUUUGCUACAUACUGGUUCUGGAUUUGCUACAUACUGGGGAAUUUUUUUUUAGAAACCUUCCGACACCUGGGAGCAGUUUUGGACAAACUUCUGGUGUCAGGUGAUAUAUUUCAGCAAGCAUUUUAAGCAAGUUUUGUAAUGUUAUGGUUAGUUCUCACAGAAUUGAUCUUGUCUGUAUCUUAUAACCUUGCUGUACAUGGCUUAGAGACCAUGGUGAUAAUGGGAAUAUAAAUGGUUGGAAUAAAUAAAAUUAAUCAAUUAAUUGACACAAAGUAGGCAAAAAAGAUGAAUUUAACUAUUUCCUCCUGUGUUGCUGCCCCGCCUGACAGAAUUCCUUCUCUAAAACUGAUAUUUGCAUUGGGAAGAAAUGAAUGGCAAUGGAGAUUUUCCUUAGGAUUUUAGCUAGGGAGGAAAGUGUUAAACUAUCUUUCCAUGCCUAUUCUAAUCCUGUUGAUUCUCUCUCUCUCUCUGGCACACAAAUACAUCAUUUGCAAAACUUUUCACUUGCACUCUGACUAACCCAGAAAGGUGUUGGUUGAACUGAAGAGUGUUAGGCCCUGGCCUCAGAGCCUUUUGAAAAGGUCACAUGGGGCUCAGAGGAGGUGAAGCCCAAGAGAGCCUCUCAAGUCCUCUUCAUUGCCCAGCUGCAACACAGCAGCCCUGCAAUGCUGCGAGCGGGUCCCCAGACAGAAGGGAACCUGGGAUGCACUCACACAAUUACUUUUAAUUCCCCCAGAAUGCCUCUAUUCACCUUUGUAGCAGCAGCCAGCACUCUCUCUGAGCCUCCCCCAGAACCUCAGAAGAGUGCACUGGUCACUUACAACUCCAAUCCUAAACUCCCAGCAUAGGCACCAGCUCCUAGCGGCCCAGCUCUUUUGGCCCCCCAUAUGACCCCCCAAUGUUCAGAAUGGUCAGAGGAUGGAGGAAGCUGAGUAUAGCAUGGUUUCAGUGGCUGGCUCCUCCUCCUGCUACCAUGGAGGGAAAGGAGGUGGAAGCAGCCCCUAGCGAGUGGUCACAGUGGGAGGAGGCCAAUUGUGGAGUUGAGCGAGGCACAGUGUGGGUUCAGUGGCUUCUCCUUCUCCUCCUGCCAUGUAAGGGGAAGCAGUCCCCAGCCAAUGGCAGAAGGAGGAGGAGGAGGAGGCUGGGUGUGAAAGAGGAGGAGCCUACUGGUGCGUUCAGCUCUGCCCUCUGGCUCCUUCUGAUGUCCUGACUUCACACAUCAUGCGCCAUCACACCAUUGUGCCUGUGUCAUCAUCCCCCUAAUGUUCUCCACAAUUUGUCACCUCUCCCUCCCAGUAACCUGAACACCAAGAGUCUAAGCGCAUGGGGAUUCCAAAACCUGAGGUUGGCAACAUGCACUCUUCAGCAGUCACUAAGAUGCAAGGACACAGUUGUCCUCUGGUCUAGUUUAGCCCUUGAAAGUAACAGCUUUAGGAGGACAAUCUCAUCAGGGUCCUGAUGCUUCUGGAGGAGUGUUUUGUUCUUUUCUGCUUUGUGGCAUUUCCUUCGUUGAAUGUUCCUGCCAACCUUACACCAGUACAGUGGUACCUCAGGCUAAGUACUUAAUUCAUUCCGGAGGUCCGUACUUAACCUGAAACUGUUCUUAACCUGAAGCACCACUUUAGCUAAUGGGGCCUCCUGUUGCUGCCGCACCGCCAGAGCACGAUUUCUGUUCUCAUCCUGAAGCAAAGUUCUUAACCUGAGGUACUAUUUCUGGGUUAGCGGAGUCUGUAACCUGAAGUGUAUGUAACCUGAAGCGUAUGUAACCCGAGGUACCACUGUAUUUGUGUCUCCCGCUUCCAACACCUGCUCAUCCACUUUGGAUAGAAUCAGACCAAAGGUGAAUUCAGGAUCACUGUUCACUUUAUUUCUUGAUGCUGUCACAUUCACCUCACACCCUGAUGGAGGGUUGUGUGCCCCCUGAGGUCCAGCUUCUGGCAUGUCACCAAUCGCGUUGGAGUUCAACCACCGUUUUUCUGGCAGCUAGCAAAUUGGGAAGCUGGCAUCAUGCUGCAGUGGUGUGUGUGCUUGGCAAAGUGUUAGUUUGCAAGAGCAUUGAAGUGACUUUGAGGGUCCGCAUUUGCUGAUGGAGUUUUCUGGGGACGAGAGAGAUGACCUUGGGUUAGCAAGGAACUUCUCUGCGUGCAAAUCGGGCCCUUGCUCGAACCAGGGUCACCCCCAACAUUCCCACGACAGCAACAGAAGCUUGAUAAGGUGUGCAUUAACUCGAUUAGAAGGUCUUCAAAUGUCACUUUCAAAAGGGAUCUGGGAAGACCAGCCCAGGCAGGUUGCAAGAUUCAGAACCACUUUCCACGCAUGUGUUUCAAACAAGGAAUUAGUCUUGUGAGGAUGGUGCUCCUCCAAAUGGAGGAAGGUUGCCCUCACUGUUUUGGGAUGCAAUGGGGUAUGUGGAUUCAAAAUACGCUGUGUCCUGGUGUAGGACGGUGGGGUGAGGCCACACCUUUAUAAAGCUGACUUGUGGGGGCCAUGACCUCCUUUCCUCGGUAUCCUCCAUGAGGUCUAGGACCAUGUUGCUCUCCAUGGGGGCUGAACAGGAUGUGGUGAUAGUGGUGGGGGAAGUGUGGGUGGGGGUAGGUUACAGAAAAUAUAUGCCUUUCUUCAAGCAUUGAAGGCUGGGUGGCAUAUGCAGCACAGUCCAAUUAAACCAAGGUCAAGGAUGAAGAAUCAGUCUAGAUCCAAAAGUGUUCCAGAGACAAAGUCGGCCAACACUCUGCUGUUGAUAUCAUAGGGAGUUCAGGCAAAGCACAGCAAGGCAAAGCACUGAGGAGAGAGAUACCCUUGUUGUCUCUAGCAACUAGAAGGCUUAAGAAGGAGGCCUCUUAUACUAUGGGUCUGCAACAACUGGCAGUGCAGGAGUUAUUGGGGAUGUCUUACUCUUGAGUAGGCUAAUGCACCAUAUCAUUUCUCUUUAGCCUGGACCCAAAACCUUUGAUACUGGUGAUCUUGAGGCUUUGGGUUGUGGUUCUUAAUCACAGCUAGUAACCCAAGGGGUCCUAGAUACUAAAAAGGAAGGCAAUGGAUUUUGGGAGGUUGAUUUUAGUUGUUCCUUUGAAUCAGGUCUCCAAUGCAAUAUACGUGAGCGUCUUGAAUUUUAAGCGUUUGGUUUCAAGCCAUAUCUUAACUUAAUAAAUUGGCAUUAAUAAAACCCUUCACUGUAAUGUUUUUUUGCAGCAAGUUCAGGGGGGAAAGAUACUGAUGUAAUUUACAUCCACAUGCUCGGUAUGGGACAAUUGCUGAUAAGAUGGGACAGUUUUGGAACACUCUGUCCAGUAGGAAAACAAGCAAGCCAGAAGCUAUCCGGUAUUUCAGACUUGGCAAAAGGUGCAUCGAUUUUUCUUUUCUAUAGGACAUUUGAUGAGUAAGUUGGUGCUUUGGAAGUGCAGUUUUGAUAGAUUAGGAUGCAAAGUGGCCUUUAACUCUCUGCGGCAGGAAACGGGAGUAGGAUCUGAUAGCAAAGAAAACUGCCGCAAUUUUCAUAAUGUGUAAAUGAAAAUAAAUGGGCACUUCUACUGGAAUCAAAUGUUUUAUGCAUAUAUAUGUGUGUGUGUGUGUGUGUGUGUAGUUUAUGUGUGUGUACACACACAUACAAACAAAGAAACAAAGAAAGAAACCACUAAUAAGAAAAUAUCAGAAUGGUUCACAACAACUGUCCACAAAACCAUCUAUUCAAAACCAUAUUUAAAAAGUUAAAAUCAGAAAUUGGCUAACUACUGUAUUCUUAAUUGCCUGCAUAGUUGUGAACAGAAAAGUCCUCAGCAGUCAUUUAAAAGUUAAAACAGAAGGCACUUACUGAAUCUCUAUUAGCAGAGUGUUCCAAAAAUAUUGGGCUCAUAAUGCUAAAGCCUUGCCAGCUCAAAGGAUGACCAACAGCACUCCUGCAGAUGAUCUCAGUGAUGAAGCUGGAAUAUAAAGGUUCUGGUAGUCCUUGAGGUACUAUGGACCUCACUUGUUUAGGGCUUUAUAAAAUUAAUGCAAGGACCUUGAACCUGGCUUGGUAAUAGAUGGGCAGGCAGUGCAGCUGCGUUAAGAGUGGUGUCACUACUACUUCUCCAGAUGCCUUCAUCAGCAGUCUACGUUCUGCACCAGAUGGAGCUUCCAGACCAGAUCCAAGGGCGGCCCUUCAUAGAGCACAUUGCAGUAAUCCAGCCUUCAGGUUAAAGCUUAAGAUUUAUUUAAAUAGGUUCCCAUCUGCAAUAUAUAUUAAGUGCAGUAAUAUACCUUGUGAGACAUCUUUGAGAGAAGAAAAGUCUAAGAAGUAAACCCUGAACAAAUUCAGAGUGGAGUGUCUAAGACGGUUGGAUGGCAUCUUGUACUCCUCUUUCCAGCAACUGUGGCAGCCAAGCUGGUGCCAAAUGUAUUGCUAUGCUUUUGUUUGGAGCACAUCAGUGAGACUGAGAGGGGGUCUUGUUGUCUGGACAACCCAAGACCUCUAUACAAACUGCCCAGGCUUGCACCCCAGAGAGGUCACUUUGGUGGUGCUGAUGACAUGGGAGUUCCUGGUCUCUGCAGCACCAACAGGUACUGUGAUUCUCUAGCUGUUUGACAAAAUCAUGGAGAAGAAGGCUGUGGAUGACUGCUAGCCACAAUGGCUAUAUUCCACCUCCAAUGUUAGGGUCUGUAUGCCUCUGAAUACCAGUUGCUGGGAGCGACAGGCAGGCAGAGUGCUCUUCUGCUCAGGUUCCCAAGGACAUCUCAUUGGCUCCUGUGAGAACAGGAUGCUGGCCAAGUUGGGCCAUUGGCCUGAUUCAGUGGGCUGUUCUUAUGUUCUCGCAUUUUGUGAGUCACUGGUGAGGUGGGCGGGCACAAAAGCCAGUGCCAUUUUGGCUAUGUCACCACAGUUAUGGAACACCCUCCCAAGAAAAGCUGUUAGGAUGCUAUCAGUGGCUCCCGGCUGGUUGCCCAGGAAAGUACAAAGACAAGGACAAGUUUCUUAUAGUCCUUUUGUAUUUCAAUCUUUACAGAGAGAGGCUAUAGGACCCAGCCUCUUGGAUAAUGGCGUUGCCCCAAGUGAAUGUGCAUCCCCCCAUCUCUCCCACUUCCUUAUUCAUCAUUUUCAUCACCUCCUCUACAGGUGCUUCUACGUGCCCUCUGUCUUUGAGCUCUUUGCUCUCCUAUUUUUAAGGCUCGCCAGGUUCUGGGAGAUGGAGGGCUGGAAUGCUUUUGAAGGACAGCGUGUCAGCAAGGUGUUGCUUUGGCUCUCCCAUGAUUUCCCAACUUUCCCCCUCAUCUGUCUCUGAGCUGCGACCUCCCUCAAACCCCUGUUGCAAAUCUAUACAGUCUUCCUCCUCCUCCUCCCCACUGGAAGGGUCAGGAUGGGGAGGCUGUCUCCACCAUUCCUCCUCUGCCCAGUCCCUUACAAAAGCCCACUUGCAUCAAAUGCUGCUCACGAUUUGACAAGCAAUACAUAUUUGGUUCUAUAGGAAAGAUUUGGGGGAUAAGUUAAGCCUGGGAUGUGGAAGGAUAUGGCUUGAAGUUAUCCAUAUGUAAAGCAGUAUUUCUGAUGCGGAUGCAGUGUAGAUCUUUGAUGCUGUGUGUUACAUAUUUAAUAUUUGGUGUUCACAUUUCCGUAAGCUGUCUUAGAGGUCCCCUUGGGAAAGAGAGGACACAAUAUUUCAGAACAUAAAUAAAAAGCAUUGCAGUGGUGUUCAACCACCUUAACUCUUCAAGAUCUCUAUUAUUCAGUCAAAUAAAUUCACCCUUUGUUUUAUUACUCAUUCCAGAAUUAGUUGUUGCUUUGUUUUCAGAAGAACCCUGGACCGCUAUUCAAAGGAGAUCUCACAUAGUUUCUUCUCUCUCCCAUUAGGGAGAAGAUGCCAUUCCACCAUGUCACGGCUGGGCUGUUGUACAAGGGGAACUAUCUGAACCGGUCACUCUCAGCUGGCAGUGACAGUGAGCAGUUGGCCAACAUCUCAGUGGAAGAGUUGGACGGUAAGGAUGAUUCACCAACAAGUUGAAGAAUCAUGGCACUCCAUUUUUAAAAAUUAAAUUAUUAUGACCUUGCAAGUUGUGAAUUGAAAGAUAUGCAUGGGAUGGGCCAGAAAAUGGUUACUUUGGUAGUGUGUCUGAAAAUUUAAAAUAUUCACUUUAAAAAAAAAUAAUAAUUGUGAGAUCGCUGGUCACAGGAACUUGAUUCCAUCUUCCCAUGCAUCUGUUGAAGUCCAAUUGAAGAUGGCAUAAGGUAACUCCUCCCACGGGCCUUUCUCAGAUAAACAAUCUGGGAAGCUGCAAGAGAAUGCAUGUUAGAACAAAAAACCCCAACUCUCUUAAUUUCAUAUAUGCACUCAUGGGGUCUGAACUUGAGGUGAGAGACCAGAAGCAAAUCCUUGGGGUCACAGUAGACAUCUCAAAGAAGAUGUCAAUCCAGUGUGCCAUAGCAGUGAAAAAGGCAGAUUUCAUGCUAAGGAUCAUUAAGAAAGAAAUUGAAAAGAAAGCUGCCAAUAUCAUCAUGCCAUUACAGUAUGGUACUGUCAUGGAGUUCUACUCAAUAUUGAUUCAGAGCGGACUCCAUUGUAUAGUUAGCAGAAUAAAACACAUUGCAGGAUCCCCAAAAAUAGACCAGAGGCAAUUGUAUUUCAUCCAGCAGAGCUUUCCUGCUACUGAAGGCAAAUGAGCAUAAUGGUCACAAAUCCAAUACAUUCAGGAUUGGCACUGUCCAUAAGAAAUCCAAUUGCAGCAGACUUAACUUAGACUUACAAUAACGUAUUAUAAGUCUAAACCUUAACACUGUACAUAAUAUGUACAGAACACCACAGCAGAAAGAGAAAGUGAAACCCAGGAUCCUUCCGGCCUUACUUUUAUAUUCAGCAUGACCUUGACAGAAAGAGAUAAGAGAACCAGUUUAAACCAGUUGUACUGAGCUUCUCUGAAGGAAUAACCCAAACAUCACAAACCUUCUGCUUGUUUCUUUCACACAGAGAAGCUUCCGAAACCCUCUUGAAUUAAUUAGAAUAGGGAAGAUCUCUACGUAUCAGAUCAAUACUUUCUGUACUAAAAAAUGCAAACUGACAGAUACAACCACAUUUGGAGAACUUGUGUACAGUUAUGGUUGCCUCACCACAAAAAGGAUCUUGUAGAGUUGGAAAAGGUUCAGAAAAGGGCCGCAAAAAAAUUAUCAAGGGGAUGGAGCAACUCCCUUACAGAGAAAUGUUGCAGAAUUUGAGAAAAGGCGAGUAAGAGGCAACAUGAUAGAAGUUUAGGAAAUUAUGCAUGGCAUGAAGAAAGUGGAUAGAGAAAGGUUUUUGUCCCUCUCUCAUAACACUAGAACUCAGGGACAUCCAAUGAAGCUGAAUGGUGGAAGGUUUAGGACAGAUAAAAGUAAGGACUUCUUCAUGUAGGCGCAAGUCAAUUCUGUGUCCAGGGCAGCUGUUUUCAGCUCCAUCUGGUAUGCAGGCUGAGACCCUAUCUGCCCACUGACUGCCUUGCCAGAGUGGUGCAUGCUCUAGUUAUCUCCCGCUUGGACUACUGCAAUGCGCUCUAUGUGGGGCUACCUUUGAAGGUGACCCAGAAACUACAACUAAUCCAGAAUGCGGCAGCUAGACUGAUGACUGGGAGCGUCCGCCAAGACCAAAUAACACCGGUCUUCAAAGACCUACACUGGCUCCCAGUAUGUUUCCGAGCACAAUUCAAAGUGUUGGUGCUGACCUUUAAAGCCCUAAAUGGCAGAAGGAAUGCGUAAUUAAGAGGUAAAGAUGGAUGAUUGUCAGAGAAGCUGAAGGAAGUCCAAAAAGAGAGAAUUUGUUUGUUAAAAAUUGGAUAAAAUUGUAUAUUUGUGUUGUAAAAUAAUAAAAAAAUAUUACAAAAAAAAAUAAUUAAAGCCCUAAAUGGCGUCGGUCCAGUAUAUCUGAAGGAGCGUCUCCACCCCCAUCAUUCUGCCCAGACACUGAGGUCCAGUGCCUAGGGCCUUCUGGUGGUUCCCUCACUGCGAGAAGCCAAGUUACAGGGAACCCGGCAGAGGGCCUUCUUGGUAGUGGCGCCCACCCUGUGGAACGCCCUCCCAUCAGAUGUCAAAGAGAAAAACAACUACCAGACUUUUAGAAGACAUCUGAAGGCAGCCCUAUUUAGGGAAGCUUUUAAUGUUUAAUAGGUUAUUGUAUUUUAAUGUUCUGUUGGAAGCCACCCAGAGUGGCUGGGGAAACCCAGCCAGAUGGGUGGGGUAUAAAUAAAUUAUUAUUAUUACUACUACUAUUAUUAUUAGUAGUAGUAGUAGUAGUAGUAGUAGCACAUAUUUAAACUAUGGGACUCGCUCCCUCAGGAGGCAGUGAUGGCCAGCAACUUGGAUGGCUUUAAAAGAGGGUUGGACAGAUUCAUGGAGGAGAAGGCGCUCAAUGGCUACUAGCCAUAAUGGCUAUUCUCUACCCCCAAAGUUUGAGGCAGCAAUGCUUCUGAAUACCAGUUGCUGGAAGCCACAAGAGGGGAAAAUGCUGUUGUGCCACGCUCUGCUCCCUGAAUUCCCACAGGCAUCUGGUUAGCCACAGUGAGAACAACAUGCUGAAGCAGAUGGGCCUUUGGCCUGACUCAGGGGGCGAUGCUUAUAUUCUGAUGCUAUUUUCGCAACCAGAGGCAGCCAGGACUCCUUGACCUCCCUAAGAUGCAUUAUUUACUUGUAGCUGCCCAAAUGUUGGAGGAGACUCUUGAGAGUCCCAUGGACUGCAAGAAGAUCCAACCUCUCCGUUCUUAAGGAAAUCAGCCCUGAGUGCUCACUGGAAGGAUAGAUCGUGAAGCUGAGGCUCCAAUACUUUGGCCACCUCAUGAGAAGAGAAGACGCCCUGGAAAAGACCCUGAUGUUGGGAAAGAUUGAGGGACAAGGAGAAGGGGCGACAGAGGACGAGAUGGUUGGAUAGUGUUCUUGAAGCUACCAGCAUGAGUUUGACCAAACUGCAGGAGGCAGCGGAAGAUAGGAGUGCCUGGCGUGCUCUGGUCCAUGGGGUCACGAAGAGUCAGACAUGACUAAACGACUAAACAACAACAGCUGUCCAAAUAAUGCUGAACUCCAGGUCCCAUCACCUCCCAGCCUUUGCCCUUGUGAGCUGCAGCUGUUGGGAAUUGUAGUUCUGCAACAUCUGGAUGGCCACAGGUUUCCCUACCCCUGUUUUACACAAUUUGUUUAUUAGCAUUAGACAACAAUCCAGUGAGGUGGGACAUGAGAGCUGCGCAUGACCAGUCCCUUCUUAAUUUUUACUUUCAGACAGGGCAGGUGUGUAGAUGUGAAGGCAAUACUUCAGACCUGACUUCCUCCAUUCUGGUUAAUCUUACAGAGAGUUUUGGGUAUGAAUGGGUUCUCUUUAAGGGACACCUCUUCCACCCACCCACUCAUAUUCUGAUGCUCAGUUCAGGGUUCACAGUGGCAUGUCCUUCUUCUGAACUUGUAGAUGGGCUCAACUCGUAGACCUGGUUAUGAACCGAAAUGUGUCUUUCUGAAUGAGUUUCUGUAGUGGAAAGAGGCAUAAUGGAUGCUCUCUCUGAUAGCUGUGUUAUAAAAACUGUGAGUGUGAAUUCAGCACAUUGGUUUCUGCCUUGUCCCCACCCCCACCCCCUGCUUGAGUUGCAUGAAGUAUCUGUGUACGUGUGUGUUUUUUGUUUUUUGCAUAAUGUCGCUAGCACUUUUUGCUAAUAGUCUGUUUUUCUUCACCUGUUAGACAAUCAGUUUCUCAUGGGAAUUCCCAACACAUUUUUUUCGCUAGCACAGUUUUUGUUGCAAUCAUAGCUUCCUGGUGAUGUCCCAGUCUUUCAGCUAAGCUGAAAACAUUUGCUUCCUAGGGGCGCUUAAAAAUGAGAGGCAGAAAGUUCCAUUUGUGUUGAAGAUGAUUUGGAUUCUCUGAGAUCUCUAUAACAGCAUGCAUGCUUGUUCCCCUUAAUACUGGCUGAAGUAAAACAAAAACUAGAAGGAUGAUCUCUCUCUUGAACUUUUUAGCAGUAAUUUUGUUCUAUUUAUAACUACCUGAGUUAUCUUUCUUGCUAGCAGAGCAGCCCAUAAGCUUAAGGGCUCAGCAGGGUCUCUAAGUGCCUUCUCCCAUGUCAAAUGGUGCCGAGUCUCAAAACCAAACUUCACUGAAUGAAACUUUAGCUUAGGGUCCAGUUCAAAGGGUGGUGUACUCUUUCUCAGCAGCCUUCCUUAGUACCAGUAGUGUAGUGCCAGAGUGGGCACACAAGCAUGUGCACUGCCCAAGUGGGUACCAUCCUAGCCCUUGCCACCACUGCUAGAGCAACCCCACCCAUACCAGAGCAAAGCGGGGCCAUGCUGAGCUGCCUGCCUGCCUGCCUGCCCACACAGGGGGGGGCACAGCUAGUUGGUGUGGCCCUUGGUGGGUGGAGAGGAACACCAGCUCUACUGGGGACACGUGUGAGCACCUACUUUGUGCCCUCUCAAAAACUGCGUGCCCGGGGCUCACACAACCCACACUACGUCCCUGCCUAGUACUCCCACCUGCCACCACCCCUUAAGCUCAUGGAGUAUAAGACUAUCAAUGCCACUGGUGGGAGGCUUUCUUAUUUCAACAAGAUUCCUCAGUGAAGAUUUGCAUCUUAGUAGGUAUCUGUGUUUGGUUUUGAAAGAUUUUUGCAUAUGCAAUUGCGCUCUCUCUCUUUCUGUCAUUGUGAAAUUGCUUCAAGAUGUCAUUAAUAAAAAUUAUAAAACUGCCACAUCUGCAAGAAGACUAAGAGAGACCCAUUCCCCCUGAUGUUCCAAUUUUCUACGUGAUGGAGAUUGCUUUGUAAAGAUAAUAAUUCACUCAUGAGAUCCCCUCCUUACACUCUGAAGAAGUAUAGUAUGGGCACAAAUGGACCCAGCUGAGAGUGAACUAGGGCAGAACUGAUCGCUCUUGCCUGGGAACAAAUUGCGGCACAGCCAAGGCGCUCAGGCGAUCUAGUUGACAAAGGUCAGUCAUCUAGGUGAUGAGCUGUCUGCUCUAAAGCUGGCUUAAAGAUACAGCACACUGCACCCAGGUCACUGAAUUGUCCACUGUGGUGAGCUGGGUGUGUUUAAACAGCACAUAGCUGCCCCUUUAGCUAAGGUGACUGGUGCAAAGGAACCCAAACCAAACCAAGGACAGGUUCAGGUAUUAUAAACCUCAAAGUUUGAUGUCAAGGCUUCCCAAACCGGUGGCUUUCCUUGGCUCCUUGAUGAGCUUAGAAAGUUUCCGUGGGCCUCCACCUAAAUCAUUCCAAAUGUAAACCAAAUAAAGUCAAGGAAUAUCAAUAUAUCAUCAACAUUUCUUAGUGCUCAAGCGCCACGGCACCAUGAAGGAGGGAAUAAGGAAGUAAAGCAAGUGUAAAUAAUGAAACCAUAAUUUUUACCUUCUCUAAUGAGAUGGGUGGAUCUGAUGGGCUUUGACAAGUGUGUGAAUACUGGGCUGGAAGUUUGUGAGUUUGUGUCUUAAGUCUAAGAAUACCGUUGUAUUGUGGAAUUGUCGUAUUAGAUACAGAAGUUCCCUAACGACAAGACAGGUGCACUCUGCACAUACCCAUGCCAGUUAUCUAUGAGAAUCUUAGUUCCUUAUUAAUUUUUUUUUGCACUAUAUCUCAUGAACUUCUUUACCAGCCCAGGCCCCUUUUGACCCCUGCACAGUCCCAUCAACCAUAUAGGUUGCCGGAUAAGGUCAAUGCCCAUCUAGUUCAGCAUCCUGCUUUAAUAGUGGCCAACCCUAGUCUAAAGCUUAUAAAGUUAUUGUUACUGCUAGUAUAUGAAGCCCUUAACAACUUAGGGCCAGUCUACUUGUGAAAUUGUUUUUCUGUAUAUAUGUCCAUUGCUUCGAUCUGCAGAUAUUACACUGUUACAGGUACCAAAUAAUGUUCAUUCUGCAUUUGUAAGAAGUUGAUAUUUUACUGUGGCAGCACCCACAUUUUGGAACUCCUUGCCUUUUGACAUCAGGCAGGUUUCUUCACUGUACUGUUUUUAGCACCUACUCAAAACAUGUCCAUUUAGACAAGCCUACUGUGCACAUGUGGGACGCGGGUGGCGCUGUUGUCUAAAUCACAGAGCCUAGGACUUGCUGAUCAGAAGGUCGGCGGUUCGAAUCCCUGCAACGGGGUGAGCUCCCAUUGCUCAGUCCCUGCUCCUGCCCACCUAGCAGUUCGAAAGCACCUCAAAGUGCAAGAAGAUAAAUAGGUACUGCUCCGGCGGGAAGGUAAACGGCAUUUCCGUGCGCUGCUCUGGUUCGCCAGAAGCAGCUUAGUCAUGCUGGUCACAUGACCCGGAAGCUGUACCCCGGCUCCCUCGGCCAGUAAAGUGAGAUGAGCGCCGCAACACCAGAGUCGGCCACGACUGGACCUAAUGGUCAGGGGUCCCUUUACCUUUUACUGUGCACAUGUGUUUAAAUCUGAUUUUAGCCAAUCACUGGUUUUAGUUACUAUUUGAGUGUGUUAAAUAGCUGCUUUAAACUGUUUUAUUUAUGAUUUUAUUGAUUUAUUCUUUUUUGUAAACCGCUUUUACAGUCAAGCAGUACAUACAUUUUAUGAAAAGUUGGCAACCAUUGAGCUAGUAACUUGAAACUUGCCAUGCAUGAUCUGACUGAUGGCAUCCGCAGAUAUGCCAAAUUUCAGGUGCCUCUGAUAAAAAUUGCCACAAGUAUAGGAAGUUUAAGAAUGUUGAAAAUGUACGUGCUGACCAUUUUCACUCAUUUUCUUAAACGGGCAUUUCGUAUACCUCACUCCAAUUUUGGUGAGAGCUUACUGAUUCACAUUAUUUAUUAUUGUCAGGGAAGGCAAGCUUUAAUUCAUUUUGUGAAGUUCCAAGCAGCGCUUAAAAACCACUCAAGCUUUUAUUGCCCAUUAAAUCCUAUGGCACCAACUACCUGCGACAUGAGACACUGGAUGCCGGUGUUUUGAAACAUAUUUUUUGGGGGGUGGGGGACUUAAUUGUUUGCAGAGUGCACCAUCUAGUGGUUGACAUGUGCAAUACCUAUUGCUUGGCUUAUGGAAUAGAACAGUGUGGUGCAGUGGUUACAGAUGAAAGGUUGCUAAUGUUUGUUUGUUUGGCCAGUAGGGGCAUCUGGGAAAUUCAGAACCUGCUGUGGGCUUGGCAUGCAAAUCCUGCAAUGGCACCCACCCACACCAGCCACUCACAGCCCCACACUUUCUAAUGACUUGUUAGCGUUCUGUUUCAUAUGUAUAUGUCAUUCUGUAAACUGGAAAUGUUGCACAGCUAAUACUUGAAAGCACCCUGAACACCCACUGGUGGCAUGAGAGAUUAUGUAAACAGAGAGGGGAGGUCUUGAUUCCUUAGCCAGCCCAGAGAAAGAGAAGAGGCAGCAGAGAUUCUGAGAAACAAAGAGAGAGUUUUAGUGCAGGUAAUUCUGAGAUGGGAUCUAUUUCUGUGCAUUUUGAGGUGAUGUUCCUGUGGGAGAGAGGGUGAGAUAAAUGGUGGAGUGGAUUUGUGCUGGUAGAGGAGAGAAGAGGCGAUUGAGAGUUCCUUCAACAGGAAUUUAUUGGGGGGCAUUGUGUGUGUGUGUGUGUGUGUGUGUGUGUGUGUGUGGAGUUGUCCUCCGCAGGAAUCCUUUUGUGAUUAGCCACCCCCGAACACAGCAGUCAUUUUCUGGUAUUGCCUAUGGCAGAAUGUGCCCACAGGCCUGAAAAAGGUGGGGGGUUUUUUUAGUCAAAUCUGUGGGUUUGGAGAGAGGCAUGAAACAGCUGGGGAUGGUUGAAUAAACUGGGUUUUGUGAAUAGCUGGUCAAUAGCCAGACCUUGAGACUGAAUUAUUAUUGCUCUUUGGAAAUGAUCUGGAAGCUUCACCUAGUGCAGAACACAGCUGCCCAACUGUUGACAGGUUCAAGGUCAUGGCAUGUGGGUGUGUUUUGUACGCAGUUUUAAAAAAUGUUAAUGUUUUGUGUGUGUUUCUUUUUCUUUUUCUCCAUGGUAAAAUGUCUUUAAAUUUGUGGUGUUAAGAAUAGGUCACUUGGAGACGACUUCUUCUUCUUCUUCUUCUUCUUCUUCUUCUUCUUCUUCUUCUUCUCCUGGAGCCAUCUUGCAGUGGUGAAUUAGUUUUGUUUCCUGGCAUAGGUACACCCCAUUGUCCAUUUGUUACCCUGGCUGCUAGAUUUUGGAGGUGACUCCUAAAUCCAAUGUGUGGCAGCUGUGAAAAGGGAAAAUGUCAUGCCAGGAUUCAUUAGGAAAGGAACUGGGGGGGGGGACCCUGCCAAUAUCAUAAUGCCAUUAUACAAAUCUAUGGUGUGAUAGCAUUUGGAAUACUAUGCUCCAGAGCUAAUUACUCUCAUCACAGAUUUAGUCCUAGCAAUGCCAUUUAUUAUUUGUAGUAGUGCGAAAGCAUUUGGAUUUUUAUUUGCCUUUCCCCUAAACACAUACCUUUUGAAAGAGAACUCUUAAAAAAUCAACAUACAACGAGGUGAUUUUUAAUUGAUAUUAAAUUGUGUAACUCAAGAGUAAAUUGCCAGGUUGAAACUGACAUGCCAUCCAUAACAGGUGUCUUGGGAGGAUUCCUAGGUGCGUUAAGGGUUUCUAUUUAAAACUGUGCCAUAUGGGUAAUGAUGUCUACGUUUGAGCAAAUUAAUUCAGGCAGCCGGAACACCACUUCAGCUUAAACGCCUGGCAAUUCUUGCACAGCCUCAGACAGGUUUAUGCAAACUCCUUUGUCUCGAAUGCCCCCCUUUGCUCCUUUUAAUAUUGCAAAUGGCUAAAAAUGCAGUUCACAGAUUGGAAAUAUAUCUAACGGUGAAUGGGAUCAUCACUGCUGAGUCACCCCUACAGGAGGCAUUAUAAUAAUGGGCUAUUGUUGGAAAGGAUAAAGGAAGGAGGAGAGAGGAUAAUAAAUAUAUGUUGGGGGGAAAUCGCAUAAUUCCUAGGUGGGCUUUGGGCGAGUUGGGAAGCUGCAGUGAUGCAUGCAGCCCAUUGGGCCAGGAUGGGUGGGUGAAAGGCAAAGCCAGGGCUAACAAUAUUGGUAUUUAUACAAGCUAAUGGUGAAAGUAAUUGGAUUUCUGUUGCAACAAAGCAGGUCCCAAAGCCAUUUCUCAGGAGGUGGAAGCUCAGAGUGUGGAAGCUCAGAGGCAAAUAUAGCUUGCUCAGGAAGUGUGGAAGCUUAGGGGCAAAUAUAGCUUGCUCAGGAAGUGUGGAAGCUCAGAGGCAAAUAUCUUGCUCAGGAAGUGUGGAAGCUCAGAGGCAAACAGCUUGCUCAGGAAGUGUGGAAGCUCAGAGGCAAACAGCUUGCUCAGGAAGUGUGGAAGCUCAGAGGCAAACAGCUUGCUCAGGAAGUGUGGAAGCUCAGAGGCAAAUAGCUUACUAAGGGAGUGUGGAAGCUCAGAGGCAAAUAGCUUGCUUGGGAAGUGUGGAAGCUCAGAGGCAAAUAUAGCUUGCUCAGAAAAAUGAGUGCAGGCUGCAAUUGUAUACAGUGGAGGGUGAUUCAUUAGCACAAUUGGGACACUGCCCCCAUCAACCUCAGCCCAUCUCCAGCCAUCCCUCCACUUACCUGUCUUCUUACUUCUGACCAGUACAGACAUGGUCAUGCCUAUACGCUUCCUCCUCCUUUGUGGAUCUCCUUCAGUUUGCCCAUGCACAUCGGUAUCAAUCACUGUUGCCACCAUCUAAGCUCAUGGCAAUGAAAGAAAGGCCGUGGCCCCUGUUCCAGUCAAGCACAAACACUUUGAAGCCCUUGUAGAACUUAGCAGCAAUGAGGAUCGGACAAAAUUAGCUGGCUCUGCCUGUCAUUGGCUCUGCCACCACCUACAGUUGGUAUGCCUAUCUUCUGCCCCACCAGCCCCAGUGGGCACCACUGGUGGUCAGCAAACUGGGGUUACCAGAUGAUAGUCUUCCUCACUCUGGCAGUGUGUCCUGAAAACAUGUGCUCUGUUUUGUCUUAUUCUGGGUGUUAGGGCCUUCCAGAACAGCAGAAAACAAGCUUGCACCAUCUUCCAUGUGAAAGCCCUUCAGAUAUUUGAAGAUGGCUAUCGUGAUACUUCUUAGUCUUCUCUUCUCCAGGCUAAACAUACCCAACUCCCUCAACCAUUUGUCAAAGCCCCCCCUUUAUGAAUGUUGUUUAUCCUGGAGAAGAGAAGGUGAUUGAGAUUUGAAGUCACCUUCAAAUAUCUCUAGGACUGGCACAUGGAAGAUGGAGCAAGCUGAGAGGAGGGCCUGAACUAGUGGAGUCAAAUGGCGAGAAAGGAUAUUUCAACAAAACAUUAGGAAGAACUUCCUGGUGGUGAGAGCUGUUCAACAGUGGAAUGGACUACCUUGGAAGGUGGUGAACUUUCUUUCACUGGAGAUUUUUAAAGAGACGUUGGGUGGGCAUCUGUCAGGUAUUCUUCAGUUGUGAUUCCUGCAUUGCAGGAGUUUGAUGACCUUUGAAGUCCCUUCCAACUCUACAGUUCUACAACUCUAUGAUUCUACAUCAGGAAGGAAGGAGAUGUCAGGGAUGAGGGCGGUCACUGCUUCUCUUGUGAGAGUGUUUAAGGGUGAGGGGUUUUUUUUUGCAAAAGUACCUUCGUGGUUAUAGGGACUGUGGUGCAGCAAGGCAGGUACAUGAAUUCGGGCCUCUUCUUGUGCUUUGCUCUAGGAUCAAACUAAGAAUUCAAUCUGUAAGAAUUCAAUCUCUUAUCUUCUCAUAGCUGCUCAUAGCUUUCCCUUUUGGAAAGUCGAUGAGAAGUUUGUCCCUAAAGGAAUGGUAUUACAGAGUCUGGCUGCUGACGCCAGCUGGCAAGUUACGCAGCAGUGCAGACUGGCUAGGAGAGACAUGGAGCAUGACGCAUUUGAAGCAACCUGGACACCCUUUCUUGCAUUUAUUAAUUCCAACCCAGGGGAACACUAAACUGUCUCUACUUCACCAAUCAUUUUGGGAAGGAUUCUUGGGUUGAACUAUAAAUCUAUAUGUGUGAAUAUGCUUUGUUUAUGUACAUUGCAUAAGGGACGUAGGAAGGUGCCUUAUAUUGAGUUUAAAUCCUGGCCCAUCUGUCACAGUAUUGGCCACACUGACUGGCAGCAGCUCUCUGGGGUGUCAGUCUAGGUUCUCUCUCAGCCCUAAUGGGAGAUGUCGGGGAUCGAACCUGGAAGCUUCUGCAAGUAAAACAGGCGCUACAGGCCUUCCCCCACAAACUGCAUGAUUUGUAGACAGCUAGAUGUGGAGCACACUAGAGCUGGGUGAUAUAUCGUCCAAAACCAGUUUGAAGUCCAAAUCGUUCUAUAGGUUUCAUUAUUUUCGACCUGGGAAUAUAUCACAAAUCAUGAUGUGUGUGUGUGUGUGCAUGCGUGUUUGUGUGCUAUGCAAAAAAUCAUGACACAGGGAAAACUGUGAAACCAGCCCAUACCUCUACAUAUUUCACACAUCAUGAUAUAUCAGUAUAUCAUGAUAUACUGAUUUCACACAUCAUGAUAUAUCAGUAUAUUGUGAUGCUUAGCUGGUGAUAUAUUGCAAUGUUGAAAGCCAGAUAUCACCUAGCCCUUAUGUUCACCUCUACAGUACAUAGUUCCAUCCUUAUUUCAGAUGUUGUGAUAUUUUGGUAUAUCACAGUGUUUAGCUGGUGAUAAAUCAUGAUGUUGAAAAACAGAUAUUGCUCAGCCCUAGUCAUGUCCUUCACUUUCAAUGGGUCUACUCUGCAAAAGACUAGCAUUAGGUGCAAGUCAUUGAAUGUGGUCUAAGAACUCUGCAGUUCUUAUAGGUUUGUGAGGUUUCCCCCCUUGUUUCCUUAAAUGGUGAUUACAGAAAUGAAUAAUGCACCGAGGGGAACAAAAUGCAGCCAUUUUUAAAUGUUUUAUUUACAAGCUGUGUCCCAUCCCCCCCGCUCCCCCAGCCGGGAUCAUCUGAGCGCUUAACCAUGCAUCCCCAUUCUCAUUUUAGCACAUCAUUGAAUAUGCAUCUGAAAGCUAUGAUCUGUACCUGUGACUAAGGUCCUAUAUAAUUAGGAGGAAGUGUUUUUUAUGUCCCACAGUGAUCUCAAUAGCAGACCUCUCAUAGCAAACUCUUUUCUUUUUAUAGUCUUGUGUUAUUAAGCUCAGUGUGACUUGACAACACUUUCCUCUGUAUUGCUAAAAAGGACUCUGUGCACAGAACCACAGGGUAGGUUUUUGAUGCUGAGUCAUCCAGAAGGUUUUGGGGUUGUUGUUGUUGGGGGUUUUUUUUAAAAAAAUGCAAGUCAUUUAUUAGUGUUCAUGCAAUUUUAAUGUAGGCCUUUUAUUAUUAUUUUUCUGCAUCUCACUUAUCACAAUACUGCUGUUGGGGGGUGGAGACUCUCAAAAUGGACUUUGUGGCAGCAGCUCUGGAAGGGGAACUGGCUUGUUUACAUUUUCUGUCUGGGGGGUUUGUUCCCCUCAUACCCCCAGGGUGCAUAUAGGUUGCAUCCAAGGCUAGUCCUAAUUGGCGCAGACCUGUUGAAAAUUCAGUGGGUCUACACAGAGCAUGACUUAGUUUAGGGUUGGCAUACGUCUGGAAUUUCCUGGACAAAGCCCUGUUCUCAGCAUCUGGGUGGAAAUCACUGAAAUGUCUAUGAAAACCCAGACAUAUGGCAGCCCAUGUCGGAAGUGUAGAACUUGACGAAUUUCAUUAAACUGAAUUUUUAGAUUUUGCAUGUCUGGAUUUUUGCUUUUUGAAAUACGGCAAUCCGGACUUGGUUGGAUGCAACCCAAUGUAUCUUGCUUUCAUUUGAAAAGCUGUGUGGUCAGAGAGUGGUUCAAAGACAAAGAACCCAAUGGAGGCUGGUUCAUUAGGGUGAACGGGGCACUGCCCCAACCUACCCACCUUCUUAGGUAAAGGUAAAGGGACCUCUGACCAUUAGGUCCAGCCGCAGAAGACUCUAGGGUGGUGGCGCUCAUCUCGCUUUAUUGGCCGAGGGAGCCAGCGUACAGCUUCCAGGUCAUGUGGCCAGCAUGACUAAGCCGCUUCUGGCGAACCAGAGCAGCACAUGGAAACGCCGUUUACCUUCCCGGCGGAGCGGUACCUAUUUAUCUACUUGCACUUUGAGGUGCUUUCGAACUGCUAGGUUGGCAGGAGCAGGGACCGAGCAAUGGGAGCUCACCCCGUCGUGGAGAUUCGAACCACCGACCUUCUGAUCAGCAAGCCCUAGGCUCUGUGUUUUAACCCACAGUGCCACCCGUGUCCCUACCCACCUUCUUACUUACAACCAAUUCAGGAAGUGGCACUGACUAUGAGCUUCCUUCUCCUUAUUCUCAGUGUUGCCCUUGGCUGUGCCUGUCCUGGGCUCCACCUCCCUUGUUUUCCCUGCUUUCUACCUUACUAGUCCCACUGGGCACCAACCAUGACUGAAAGUGGCACCUGGACAGUAAACUGAGUAGGCACACAGCUCAACUGCUCACAGUCUUUCUCGCUAUGGUGAGAGAUAUAUUGGGGAAGUAUCUGACAAUACAGUGGUACCUCGGGUUAAGUACUUAAUUCAUUCCGGAGGUCGUUCUUAACCUGAAACUGUUCUUAACCUGAAGCACCACUUUAGCUAAUGGGGCCUCCCGCUGCCGCCACACUGCCAGUGUGCAAUUUCUGUUCUCAUCCAGAAGCAAAGUUCUUAACCCGAGGUACUAUUUCUGGGUUAGCGGAGUCUGUAACCUGAAGUGUAUGUAACCUGAGGUACCACUGUAUAGAUCUGCUAGUGCAAGAGAGUGACAAUGAGGGGAAGCUGAUGAAACUGUAGACCUGUGGGGCAGAAUGAACUAUAAUAAACUGCAUGAAAGAAGGGAAGAAGGGGACCAGUGGCUCAGCAGAGCUUGAAAUGCAUAUUCCAUGGUUUGUUUGUUUUUUGGGGGGGAAGAGGUGGCCCCUCUGGUCCAGUGUCCUCACAUCCUUCCAAGACAUUCUUGAAGUUACUUCAAUGCCUUAAUUGGCUUUCAUAUCCCACCCCCCUUUUCUGAUUCAGUUAGCAUUAACUUAAACAAAUUACAUGUUUUAACUAACUACUAAGUUUGGUACUCCUUUUUUAAAAUCAAUUUUGCAUGGUCUUCAGUCACUGUUAAUAGGGUUAGAGAGUUGCUGCAGUUAAGCUCAUGUCAAGUUUAUUUCUGGCAUAAAAAGUAUGAAUGAAUUUUGGGGCAGGAUUGUAUGCCUUCCUCACGGGCUGAUACAGUUUACAAUUAGGGUUGCCACAUGUCCUCUUUUUCGAGAACACAUCCUCUUUUUCAGGGGUAAAAUUUCUGUCCGAGUGGAUUUUUUAAAUUUGCCAAAAUGUCUCUGACUAUACUUUCUGGAUGAGAUAUUGACAUAACUGGUGGAUGAAGACUUGCUUUCCUCUUCUCUUCUCCUGCCCAGCUCAGCAAUAUAUCACAGCUUCUAUAGCCUACAAAGUAAAGGUAAAGGGACCCCUGACAGUUAAGUUCAUUCGCGAACAUCUCUGGGGUUGUGGCGCUCAUCUCGCUUUACAGGCCAAGGAAGCCAGCAUUUGUCCGCUCUGCAGACAGUUUUUCCAGGUCAUGUGGCCAGCAUGACUAAGCCGCUUCUGGCGCAAUGCAACACCGACACCUGAGCAGCACACGGAAACACCAUUUACCUUCCCGCCAGAGCAGUACCUGUUUAUCUACUUGCACUUUUUGGUGUGCUUUCGAACUGCUAGGUUGGCAGGAGCAGAGACCGAGCAACGGGAGCUUACCCCAUCACAAGGAUUCGAACUGCCAACCUUUUGAUCGGCAAGCCCAAGGCUCAGUGGUUAUAGUAGGGGUAUUUAAAAUGAGAGUCGUCAUAGCAUCCAAUUUUUUGCUUUUCAAAACAUGGCAGCCCUAUCUUAUACAUGGGGGCGCCUUAUACAUGGAAAAGUACAGUAUAAGGAAUAAAGUGGUAUCUCGAGCAAUCUGGUCUUGGGCUGUUUAUAUCCUUAUAUAUGAGCAGUAACACUCUGAACCUGACUCAGUAGCAAAUUGGCAGCCAGUGAGCAUCCUGUAAGUAAAGUACUAUAUGAUGGCAGUAGUAGUCACAAGCAAACUAACCACUAUGUCCUGCACCAACUAAGCACAUUACAGUAAUCCAGCCUUGAGGUUGUCAGUGCAUGGACAACUGCAACAUUAGCAGCAAAUAUCUUCCCAAUGUAGAAUGGGUUACUUGGUAUUCAACUUGUGGCUGAAGACUUGCUUUCCCUCCUCUCUUCUCCUGUCUCGCUCAGCAAUAUAUUACAGCCUCUAUAGCCCACAUAUAGUAGAGGUGUUUAAAAUGAGAGUUGUCAGAGCAUCCUCCUUUUUGCUUUUCAAAAUAUGCCAACCCGAAUCUAUGUCUGUUAUGAGCAUUGAAGUCUGCCUUGCUUGAUCUGAUGGAGGCUAUUUUUUCCCUACCUUCACUGUCAGAGGUGGUAUGCCUCUAUUACCAGUUCCUGGGGUGUUCAUUGCCCUUUUGGUCCUGUCUGUGUGUUUUUCUUGAACAUCUGGUCACCACCAUUAGAGCAGAAUACUAGACCUGAGGUGUUUUUGGCCUGAUCUAGCAAGGCUUUGCUUGUGUUCUUGAAAGGUAACAACAGAGAAUUGCAUUGCGUGCUAGACAUCUAGGUUUCUUAGUUGAACAAAAGUUGAGCAGUAUGUUUCGGCAUUUAAUACAUUAAUAGAAAUAGAUCAUGAAAAGUGUUGGUUUUACUUUACACUGUGUGUUAGGCUGCGUUUGGAGGACAGUGAUUAAUUUUAGGGUCACAAAGUAAAAUGAUCUUGCAUCGUUACAGAGGGGGGGAAAUGUAAGGAAAUUGCUUAUUGCUAUAUUUAAUACCUGAGUACAUUUUAACUAAGACACAUAUAGAUAUAAAUAGAUAUAGAUAUUAAUUUCAUUCCAAAGUUCACCCUUGUCAGAUUUGUCAGACACAGCAUUGAACUGGCCACUAGUUUAAUUCAGAUGAAUGAGCAAGGCAUUUUGCUAUGGCCAUAAACAUCAAUUAAUUACCUCUCCUGUCUUAAUUAGGACGGGCUUUUAUUUCUAAGUGUAGCUUGCAAGCAGGAUUGAGACAUGGAGAUUGCUAAAUCAAUACAAAUAUCAAUUAGACUCAACUUUGUGGUCCAAUUAACUUCAUAAUGCCUCUAAACGAAGUGUGAAAACUGAACUGCUGCAUUAGCACCCUUCUGCCAUAGACAUAGGCCAAGAACUCUGGCCUCCUGUUCUUCAUAUCUCCAUCACAACAAACACUGUGAUGAAGAAUCUGCUGCGGCCUGUUCAGAUGGAUUUCUUUUAAGACAGCAAUUGUGGAUCUGUAGCCCUCCAAAUAUUGUUGGUUUACAUCUUGCAUCUCACCACGGAUCAGGUUGGAUGGAGCUGAUGGGAACUGAAGUGCAACAGCUGUAAAUCCUCCAACCAAAUUUUAUGCAGAUGUUUGGAACCACUCCCCUCCCCUUAAGAUUGAGGUGUAAAUUAAAAAGUUAAUUAUAAGUUGAUGCGUUGACCUAAUGCUGAAGGUUCAUAUCACAAUAUAUCACCCUUUAUAAAAUGCAUUGAGAGAGCAAUACUUGGAAUGUAUUUUGGGGAAAGAUGGGGAAAAGUCUGACCACAAGUCUGAAGGAGGCACAUUUUUUAGCUACAGUCAGUGCUUUUUUUCUUUAAAAAAUGUUUAGGGGUACUCUCAUUUUCCUACUCAUAUUGAAAUACUGCUCCUCAAUGAGGCCAAACUUAGAUUCACAAAAUGUUUAGGGGUAUGCGUACCCCUGUGUCCCCCAGAGGAAAAAACCACACACACUGGCUACAGGUACUGCUGGAAGGAGGAAAUCCUUGAAAAAUGGGUUCUGCAUUCUGAAUUUAAAGUUAUAUGCUUUAAUUCAUUCAGGUUUCACUUAUUUUUGUUCAGAUCUGCGCAAAUUCGUUUCAUUUCGUUUGAAUAUUGCAUUUUAAUGUUUGUUAACUCCGCAUUCUACACACCUGCAGUUCAGGGAGGCAGGAAAAAAUAAGCUUGAAAGACUGUGAUGAGGAAAGAGGAGCAGUGCCGUGUAUUCCAAUGUCGUUGAGGCUUAGAACAUGGAUGUUUCCUCAGGCUGACAAAAUUUGAUUUGAUUUAAGGGGAGACAUAGGACAGCCCCUGUAAGAACAUGAAAAGAGCCCUGUCUAGCUCAACAUCCUGUUCUUACAGUAGCCAACCUGAUGUCUAUGAGAAGCCCACAAACAGGACCUCAGCACAGUAGUGCUUCCCCACCCCCGUGAUUCCCAGUGACAGGUAUUCAGAUGCAUAUUACCUCCAGCAGGGUUCCUGUUGGCAUGAGUUUGACAGCAGAGCUUUUUAAACCAGUGCUGGACUAUCACCUUUCAAGGAUGCUGUUGUGACACCCUGCCUUUAGCAGAGUUCAUCCUCCGGUCUUUUCAAACUCUACAAUUCUGAUCCCCAGGAACUGGCAUUCAGAGGCAUAAUGCCUCCAACAGGUGAGGUUGAACGGAGCCUGUACCUUUAGUGAUCCCUGUAGCUGCUUGUUUUAGAAGCUAUUAUUUGACUGCAGGCAGGGGGGGUGUGUCUUGUGGACUUUCUUAAUGUCCUCUCUAGUCCCUGCCCCCAAUUUGAGCCAUGCUCCAUAUACUGGGGCCGCCUUCUAAGUCCACUGUUGAUCCUUCCCCCUCUAAGCUGAAGAUGAGAGCGCUAUCCUACUUUUUGUGUGUGUGGCAGAGGGUGUGAUUCACUCAUUGGAAUAGAACCCAUUUGUACUGUUCCUGAAUUCUCUGAAGAUAUUUUUAGAUGCCACCAGUCAAAAAUAUUAUUCCCUUAACAGCCUGUUUACAAGGCUUGUGUACUGCUGCUUUUUUGCUUGUUUAACUGCUUAAUUGCUGGGUUUGGGCUGCGAUUCGUGGAAGUAGGGCAGCAACUCAACCGAGCUGCUGAAGUGCAAUGCAGUUGCAUCUGAAAGUGAGCAGAUCUCAGUAAGGUCAUUCCCACUGUGUUUUCAAGGUUGUUGCAGGGUGUGUGGGGAGACGAGCUGAAAGCUGCGGCAAACUAUGAACACAGAACACCUUAGCUGGAUUACCAGAUGGAGCUGGUUGACAGCCGUUCCUCACAGAGGGAAGCAUUCACCACCCCACAGAGUCCAUUGCUCAGCACAUGCUCUACCACUGAACUAUGGCUCUUCCUCGGUUUUUGGGAAUCUCAAGUGGGGCAGUGCUGUUGCCCUCAUAUCCUUGAAAUCACCUCAUCCCUUACAUACCCAAUUGAUCACUGCAGAUACCACUUGAUCAGGUGGUCCAUCCUGUACAACAGAGGAACAUGGGACUUGCAGUGUGAUGGCGCCUGCCCUUGGGAAUUCCCUUCUGUUAAAUAUUAGACAGGUGCCAUCUCUGUUGUCUUUUUGGCACCUACUGAAGAUCUUCCUCUUACGACAAGCCUUUUAAAGUAGAGAACUUCCCCAGCCUGUAUCUGUGUUGGAAUUGUCUUCAGGUGUUCUCCUGAUGUCUGUUGAUCUCAAGAUCCAACCAGCUUCAGCCCAUGCCAUGCCAAUGCAGCCAUUGGAUUCCAAUUGAGGUUCAGAUUUGCUCAGAAGCAAUUCAGUGGAACCAGGAGUGAAGCUUACCCAGCAAAAGCUGCACACAGCUCAUUGUAACUGAACAGUCAGUUUGUUAAUGAACAAAGCCUAAUGGCAUUAUUAAACAGUAUGAAAUGGAAUUACGAAGAGUUAUAGAAUUCACAGGAAGGGAAACAAAGUUACACAUUAUGAAAUUUAAAGCAGCUUAAAGCAAUUGGGUAUAAUGUGCGAAUGGAACUAAUAAAUAGCAUUGGCAAAGCAAUCAAUCAGAGUAAAUGGCAUCAUCUCCUCCUAACAACUUCCAGACCAUCUAAUAGUAAAACAGUUCUACGUUCCCUUUCAUAUUAGAUCAAUAAAAUUCACAAUUGCCAGUUUGGGGAAGCCUAGUAUUCUUCUGCUUGAGCAAAGCACGUGAAGUUUUUUACCAUUACUUUCAUCACCUGUGUGGGCAGAUCCACCUAAUGCUUAGACUAUGAAUUACCACCGGGAGGGGGGGAGUGAGCAACUGGGACCCCUGCUGUACCAGUGGCUCUCCAUGCAGAGCCCUUUAACACACUGCUUUGCCAAAGCAUGAUAUGCUUUUGCCUUUGUUUAGGUUUAAUGCCCAGAGCGGCUACAUAAAAAGCAAGAUGUGGGAGUUUGAGGCGGGGAGAGGUCCCAGGAAAUGGAUGAGCGGAAGAGAACAGAGCCUAGGAGCAGCACAAGUAAAACUGGGGUGGCUACACUUAGAUCCAGAGGGGAAAUAGAAUCAUAGAACCGUAGAUUUGGAAGGGAUCCCGAGGAUCAUCUAGUCCAACCCCUUGCAAUGCAGGAAUAUGCACUGUCCCAUAUGGGGAUUUGAACCUGCAACCUCGGCAUUAUCAUCAGCACGCUCUAAAAUAAAUUGAUUCUUUGGGGUGACCCUCAAGUAAGGGAACAUUGUAGAAUUGCAUGGUCAGGUGAAGGGAACUACUAGAUGAUGAUUAUUAUGAUUAUUAUCAUUAUUAUAAUAUUUCUAUACUACCCUUCAUCCGAGGAUCACAGGGCAGUUUACAAUCUAAAAACACAUAUACAUAGUAUAGCAACAAACAAAAACAAUACCCUUCUCCCAGUUUCAAAGGCCAUAGAUUGUUUAUUUAGCCAAAGGAGAAGAGGAAUGCUUUCACUUGAUGCCUAAAGAUAUUCAGUGAAGGUGCCAAGCACGCCACCCUGGGGUGAGCAUUUCACAAGUGGGGAGCCACCACAGAAAAGACUCACUCUCAUUGUUGCCACCCUCAGAUGAUGAUCACAGGGUCCAGGUUGGAUCAUGGGGGGAGAGGUGGUCCUUGAGGUUUUAUGGUCCUGAGCCAUUUAAGGUUUUAUGGGUCAAAACCAAGUGGAUGUAGGAAAGCCCUACACCUUGGAAAUUAAAAUAGAAAUGGGGUCCUGUGAUGAGAAGGGGAUUUCCAGGCCGUGGCAGUAAGGGUCCCACAAAGAAAUCUCUGGGGUCACUUGGUGUUCUGAGGGUCGUAGGAAGCUGAGGAAGGAGACAGGUGACAAUUCAUUCUGCCUCAAAUUCCAAUCUGAAUGCUAGUUUAACUAGAAGAAUUUCCAAAAUUAAUUCCAAAAUUGAUGUAGAGAUUUCUAUGCCUUUCAGUCCCUUUUAUUCUUUUAUUCUUUUUUGCACCAUUUCCAUCUUACUGAUGUUCUAAUUAUGAAACACUGCCAGGGAAACAAAGCAAUCAGGACGUGAUUGUAUGUGUGAUUGUAUCGAUAUUCCUUCCGGGUGUCAUUUUGCCUGAGAGCAUUUUGCGAGAGCGCAUGUGAGCAUCAGUUAAAGACUGCACAAACCCAACCUUGAUGAGAUUGUAUGCUUUCACCAGACACUCAGCCAUGCUUGCCUCUUCACCUGUUACAGAGUAAAGGGCCCUUGUGUACCCAGUUUCAGUGCACUGGUAAGUCAAACACAAAAUGACGUCCAUAGUGGAAUUGUGUUUAAUCAUUGUUUGCAGGGCUGUCAAUCUUUUAAUAGGUACUUGCUGGUUUGGUAUGUGUAAGGCUGCAGGAAAUGGCAGCUGGUUCCCUUCAGCUAUGUUUUAAUACAAAGGGUACUCCGGUUGCUAAGAGACCAGUACUUCAGGUUUGGACAUAUUCAUACAUACUGGAUCGCUUAUCUUGGUGAAUUGGAUGUUGACAGGACCGACGUCAGAAAUAAUAGUUGGGGGCAGGACAGAGAUAACGAGUGGGAGCUGCAACAAAAUGUUACUGUGUACAGGAUUUCAGGCACAAUCUUCCAUUUCCACCUGGUUUUCUAUUCUCAAACAAACAGCUAGCAUUCCAAAACCAGUGAACAUGCUCAGACUCACUUCGCUGUUUUAAACAUACUUCUGCAAACCAUUGUGAUUUCUCAAGCCGGCUGAUACCUUCCUCUUGUCUUCAGGGAUGAUAAGUAGCGGCCUGAGCAUUGGAAAUAAUGGAACUCAGGUUACCUGAUCUCCCGUUUCUAGAAGGAGGAAGAAUAAUCUUUUUCAAAUAUAUGUGCACUCUGCUGUUUCAGUGUGAGCGUUUCUGUUCCUUAGUGGAUUGGAGGUGGAGGUGGUGGUUUAAUUUGUGCUGUGCUUAGAGUCCUCAACCAUGCUAUUUUCCUAAUUAAAACAGGAUAAGGCAGGCAAGCGAUUAUACAUUCCUUGUUGUACAACAGUGGAAAUGUCUCUUAUCAGGGGUGCAGGGGAAAUCACAGAAGGGCUGCAGCUCAGUGGCCGAGCAGCUGCUUCUCAAGCAGAAGGUCCCGGGUUCAAUCCCUCACAUCUCCAGGUAGGGCUGGUAGAGAGACACCUGCCUGAAAACCUGCCAGUCCAUGUACAUAAUACUGAGAUAGAUGGACUUAAUGGUCUGAUUUGGUAGAGGAAGAAGAAGAGGAGGAGGAGAAGGAAGAGGAGUUUGGACUUGAUAGCCCGCCUUUCACUUCCCUUAAGGAGUCUCAAAGUAGCUAACAAUCUCCUUUCCCUUACUCCUCCACAACAAACACUCUGUGAGGUGAGUGAGGCUGAGAGACUUCAGAGAGAAGUGUGACUAGCCCAAGUUCACCCAGCAGCUACAUGUGGAGGAGCAGGGAAGCGAACCUGGUUCACCAGAUUACGAGUCCACCUCUCUUAACCACUACACCACACUGGCGUAGAUAAGGCAGCUUCCUGUGUUCUUACAGUAUUUGAGGGGCCUGGGGGUCCUAAAGUUUCUGUGCACUGCCAUUCAAAUGGUGUGCUUGCAUUGCAUCAUGGAAUCGAUUAUGCAGGGUGGGGCUUACCUGCCCGCCCCCCCCAAAUAUUCAGGUUGGCACCCCUGUCUGUUGUCCUUUUAGCUGGGUGUUCACAGGACAACAUAUCAGCACCCAGAAAAUGAGCAUGUUGUUGUUGUUUAAUCAUUUAGUCGUGUCCGACUCUUCGUGACCCCAUGGACCAGAGCAUGCCAGGCACUUCUGUCUUCCACUGCCUCCCGCAGUUUGGUCAGACUCAUGUUUGUAGCUUCGAGAACACUGUCCAACCAUCUCGUCCUCUGUCGUCCCCUUCUCCUUGUGCCCUCCAUCUUUCGCAAGAAAAUAAGCAUAGGCAUGAGCAAACCUGUCAUUUUUUUGUUUCUCUCAGUUUCUCAUUUUUCUCCAAUCUAAAAUUCAGUUCUCCACAUUCCACAUCAGUUUGUGCAUAUUAGAAAAAAAUGCAUUUUUUUUUUAAAAAAAAGCAUGUGAGGAGAAAUUCACACUAACAUGCUGGUGAAUUUUCGGGUGGAAAUGCUGAGAACUGAAUUUAAGAUUUGGAAAACGAGAAACUCAGAGAAACAACAAUUGACAGAUUUCCCUGUUCCUUUGUUUGAGCCAAGAACUGCACCGGAACAUUUGGAAAGGCAAAAACUGAGUAGAUCACUAAAAUCAAUCUGCGUGCAAGUUUGAGUGGUGCGGAUGGAGCCAGUUUGUAUCUAGCAGUGUGGCAGAAAGCAAUUCUUUCUCAGCAAUUUCAUUUGGAAUCAGGACUCAUUAAAUUCUUUGGAAAAGAUCUGUCAGGCGAGUGCCAACCUUAAGGUUUCAGAGCCUGGUUUUGCUGCUGUUUCUCAGCAUUGAGAGAGGAGUCCAAGAAAGAUGUUAGACAGAUGGGCAGUGCUGCCUAACCCAGAAAAACAUUGUAAAUAAUACAUAGUGUUUUCUUCCAGUUUUAUGUCUCUCCCCACCCUUGCCACCAGCCAUAGUUACAGUUAUAGCUGCUGGAGAGAAACUGGUCAUGUGAAGUGAUACUUUUACUGCCUCCUCACAAAAUUCAUUCUGUGGAAAUGACAGAAAGCGUGCAAUGCUUUCAUGGGGACUGCUGUGCUGUCUGUAGUGUUUAUGCUGAAUGGUAGUGCCUCUCCAAGAUUUGAGAUAGGGUUCUUUCCCAGCCCUACCUGAAAAUUCUGGGGAUUGAACCUUGGACCUGCUGCAUGCAAACAGAUGUUCAACCACCGAACUACCUCCCUUCCUAAUUGUCUCUGCUUGCCAAGAGCAAUUCUCUAUCCCUGGUAAAUCAUUGCACUUGUGAAUGCCCUGAUUUUAUUUUACAGUGGUACCUUGGUUCUCAAAUUUAAUCCGUUCCGGAAGUCCGUUCCAAAACCAAAGCGUUCCAAAACCAAGGUGUGCUUUCCCAUAGAAGGUAAUGCAAAAUGGAUUAUUCCGUUCCAGACUUUUAAAAAUGACCCCUAAAACAGCAAUUUAACAUGAAUUUUACUAUCCAAUGAGAGCAUUGAUGCAUAAAAUGAAAGCAAUAAACGAUGUACUGAAGUCACACAAUCAAUAAUUCAGUAGCUGAACUGGGUUCCACAUAGUCACAAAAACAAAACAAAAAGAGCCGCAGAAACAAAAACGCAAAAUAAAUAGCAAAAACAGUGUAACACUACAAACGGAGCACAUUCGGCUUCUGAAAAAGAUUCUCACACUGGAACAUUUACUUCCAGUUUUGCAGUGUAUGGGUUCCAAGUUGUCUGAGUACCAAGGCGUUUGAGAACCAAGGUACCACUGUAUUUUAUUUUCACCUCUAUUACACCUUUAUAUGUUAGUGUGGAUUUCGCUUUGUCAUUCUUUAGGCUCCAGAUUCUUCCCCAGAGAGCACCCACAAGUUAAAUCCCUUGCCUAUGGCACAAGGAGGCGAAAUCUCUCGGGUCAUACCCUGAGACUUGGCAGCAUUAACACAUCAGAAAAAAAGAGAUGCUUUUGUUUGGGCCAGCAGAGUCCCUAGUUUACCAGAAACAUUGGACUGAGUCUCUAGGUUCUGUUUUGAAGCCUAAACUCCGUCACGAAGAGCAUGUACUGCCAGACUCCUUCAAAAGCUGCAGCCGUGACUCAACCCAAGCCCACUCUCUGCUCUAAACAUGAUAUUGAGCCCUGGUAGGAAAUCAUCAAAGCCCUCGCAGGCUGUGGAGCUAAACAGGAGCUAAACAGGAGCUUCCCUAUGGGCAUUUUGAAAAUCCGAGAUCCUUCUCAAACAAGCCAGAACAGUGCUAAAUCAUUGACACACACAGCCAAUAAUCACAACCAGAUUGCAAGGUAAUUGUUCCCCAUAAGCAGUUUUAAUGAGUGAAGACAGAGCUCCAGAACUCCACUGAUUUGAAUUUUCCAUUAUUGUUUGGCUUCCCUUGAAAAUGCUCAAGGAACCUCGAGUUGCUUUUUCAAGGCAUGGUAGCUUUCAAAUCGACAUUGCUUGGGGAAGCAAUGGAGGACGGAAUAGGCUUCCCUUGCAACAUGACGAUGGCCCAAGGCUACGAUGUGUGUCAUAAGUCUCAAGGCAUCACCUGGUGCAGGCAUGAAAUGCCAGGUAGAAAUGGAUGAGGAGGGGAAAGAGGAGGAUGAAAUGGGGGGGGGACAGUUAACAGAGCCCAGAGGAAGUGAGUACUUCCUAAACCCUUCUCCUUAGUCUUUGAAAACCUGGGGAGCAGGGAAAUAAGUCUUUACUUGGCACCAAGAGAUAUCAAAGAAUGUGCCAGGUGGACCUCACUGGGUUGAGCAUUCCACAGAGGGGGAGCUGCAACUGAAAAGACCCUCUCUCGUCUCUAAGCCCCCCUCAGUGGAUGGGCUGGGGGCUAGAGAAAGGUCUCUGAAGACCCAGGUAUGUUCACAUCGAGAAGAAUUCCAGAAUAAUAAUAAUAACAAUUUUUUAUUUAUACCCCGCCCUCCCCAGCCAAGGCCGGGCUCAGAGCGGCUUACAAGCAAUAAUAAAAACAAGAUGAAUGAUUACAACUUAAAAACAAAAAUAAAAUACAACAUUAAAAUAAUGGAACAUUAAAAUAUUAAAAUGUAGCCUCAUCGCAGGAGGAGAAGGAAAAGAAAAAAGAAAGAGAGGGAGGGAGGGAAUCAAAUUGGCUCCAAGCCAAAGGCCAGGUGGAACAACUCUGUCUUACAGGCCCUGCGGAAAGAAAUCAGAUCCUGCAGGGCCCUGGUCUCAUGAGGCAGAGCGUUCCACCAGGCCGGAGCCAGAGUUGAAAAGGCCCUGGCUCUGGUUGAAGCCAAUCUAACUUCCUUAGGGCCUGGGACCACUAGGGUGUUGUUAUUUAUGGACCUUGAGGCUCUCCGUGGGGCAUACCAGGAGAGGCGGUCCCGUAGGUACGAGGGUCCUAGGCCGUGAAGGGCUUUAAAGGUCAAAAGCAGCACCUUAAAUCUGACCCUGUACUCCACCAGGAGCCAGUGCAGCUUGAAAAGCACUGGGUGAAUAUGCUCCCAUGGCAGAGACCCCGUGAGGAGCCUCGCUGCAGCAUUCUGUACCCGCUGGAGUUUCUGGGACAGCUUCAAGGGCAGCCCCGCGUAGAGCGAAUUACAGUAGUCAAGCCUGGAGAUGACCGUCGCAUGGAUCACUGUGGCCAGGUUGAGGCUGGAAAGGUAAGGGACCAACUGCUUGAUGCGGCGAAGGUGGAAAAAUGUCGCCUUGGCUGUUGCUGUAACUUGCGCCUCCAUGGAAAGGGAGGCAUCAAGGAUUACACCCAAACUCUUAACGGAAGGCAAUGGCACUAAUUGGGCCCCCGCAAGAGAAGGGAGUUGGUCCCUCAUCCCCAUGCCAUCCCGACCCAGCCAUAGGACCUCUGUCUUCGAAGGAUUUAGUUUCAAUCGGCUCCCACGAAACCAUCCAGCCACAGCUUCCAAGCAUCUGGUCAGUGUGUUCGGGGCCAAGUCGGUGUGGCCAUCCAUCAGCAGAUAGAGCUGAGUGUCAUCAGCAUAUUGGUGACAGCCCAGCCCAAAGCUCCGGAUAAUCUGGGCAAGGGGCGCAUAAAGAUGUUAAAAAGCAUCGGGGAGAGAAUUGCGCCCUGCGGCACUCCACACACCAAGGAGUGGCGCGACGACAUUUCCCUCCCUAGUGCCACCCUCUGUCCCCGACCAGAGAUAAAAGAGCACAACCAGUUACGGGCUAUGCCCUGUAUCCCCACGUCUGCGAGGCGGUGGUCCAGAAGAUCAUGAUCGACCAUGUCAAAGGCUGCUGACAAAUCUAAAAGGAUCAGCAGUCCUGACCCGCCUCGAUCCAGUUGUCUACGGAGAUCAUCUGUUAGGGCAACCAGAGCCGUCUCCGUCCCAAAACCAGGACAGAAACGGGACUGAAAUGGAUCUAAUGCCGAUGUUUCCUCCAGAAACCUACCAAGCUGUUCAGCAACCGCUCUCUCAAUUACCUUACCCAGGCAUGGAAGAUUUGAAACUGGGCGGUAAUUGGAUAGGUCUAAGGGAUCUAAUGAAGUUUUCUUUAGAGUGGACACACUACUGCUUCCUUCAGUUCCCCUGGGAAUGUCCCGUGUCAAGGGACAAAUUGAUAAUUUCAACCAGGGAGUCCGCGCAACAUCUGGACACUCCCUAAUCAGCCAAGACGGGCACGGAUCAAGGAGGCAGGUGGUGGGCCUACCAACUUGGAGGAAUCUAUCCACAUCAGUAGGGAGUAUCCGAUCAAAAUGGUCCAACACUGGACCUGAAGUCAGUCGAGGGGCCUCCAGUUCAGUCACUGUAUCUAAAUUGGCAGGGAGGUCACAGCGGAGCAACAGGACUUUCUCCACCAAAAAGCUCGCGAAUGCCUCACAGCUGUGGGUUGAAUUUGUGCUUAAAUUUGGUUGUCCUCCUAAGGACGUUAUUGACCUAAUUAUUCUAAAAAGUUGUGCCGGGCGAGAGCUAGCGGAUGCAAUGGAAGCUGCAAAGUAAGAUUUCUUAGCAGCUUUCAUAGCCAUCUCAUAGGCUUUCAUAAGCGUCCUAUAAGAUGUUCUUGAGGCUCCGUCACGAGUCCGUCGCCAUACUCGCUCUAGCCGUCUGAGAUCCCGCUUCAUUUUCCGGAGCUGCUCAGUAAACCAAGGGGCCCAGUUUUGAGGGGGUCGCAGAGGGCGCUUAGGCGCGAUCUCAGAAGAGAUUAUGUUAUCACUAUCAAGGGAAACCCUUCUCAGUUUGCAGUUUGGAGGGUAGAUGUAAGAAGACCGGGGGUUUUAGUGGUGCUCUCAUACCAGCUAUGCAAUAGUUUUCUAGGGAUGUUUGCAUGGCAACUGACUAGGACUUGUUUGUCUCUACCUUUAAAGAGCAUGAUGCUUUUAAUUCCCUUGUUUGGUGGUCAUAGUCCCUGUCUUUGCUUGCUGUUUUUUGCUCCCUUGACUAGUACAACUGAAUUUAUUAAUUUCAGUCCAGACCAAUUCCAGCUUACAUACAAUAUCAGGGAAGUCAUAAAACACAAUAGGGAUACAUUUUAAUUUGCAAUUGGAUAUAACAGGGACAAUACAGAUACAGCAGCAGUUAAAAAUAUAUCAGUUAAAUCUUAAUCACUAAAAUAUAACCUAAAAUUGUCGUUUAAGGCCUUUGACUAGUAUUAUGCUUUGUUCUGUUGGUCAUUUUGUAUUUGAGUUUUAUACUGGGUUGGGUUUUUAACUUUCUUUGUGGAUCUGGGGUGGGUGAGUAUUAUGGUGAUAGGUUUCCUUUUUGUAUGAUGCCUUCAGAACUUGUUUAAUGAGGAACUGAACAAAUAUAAGUAACAAAAAAAAAAGAUUGGGGGGAAAUGUGGGAGGGUGUUUUGAUUCAUUCAUACACAACUAAGCCAUUGAACACAUUUGUGUGUUCAAGCUAAUAAUAUUUGGACAAUUAGGGAGCAGGCCUUGAACCCAACCUACUGUACUAACUUCACCUUCAAGUUCUUGGAACUGAAAGCUUGCUUUAAACGUGUUUGGUCUCUCUCACCCAGUGAAACCUUUUCCAUCUUGAUCUUGAGGACUCGCUCAAGAGAUGGAAUAGUGCCACUGUUCCGAGCUAAGAACUUAACCAAGGGAGCGUAUGGGUUUGACUCCCACGGGAAAUAUGGCUCUGUUGAAUUGCAUCUCGUUGUUCCAUUGCAUCUGCGUGUUCUGCCACAGAGUUGCCAAUCUCCUUUCCUAGAGAGAGAGAGAAGAGACUGCGAAGCAAUCUGUUUUAUUAGUCUUAUAUAUCAAAGAUGGUGGAUUUAUUUUGACAACUUAUGUGUUUAGUGUACCUCCUCCUUCUAUGGCCUUGAGCACAUGCUUAACUUCCAGAUUGACUCUGCUUACCAAACAUGCUGCCGUUCUCUUGGACUUCCUGAUUUGUAGCAAGCAUUUGAGAUGAGUUUCUGUUGUGGUUAUGAACAACUUUUAAGCAUUUCCCAAUCUGGUACUAUCUGGAUGCUUUGGGCUAUAGCUACCAUCACUGUCAGUCAGCAUGGCCAGUCAUCAGGGACAAUCAACCCACUCUCUCAUCAUUGAGAAAAACUUCCUUCAUUUGGCUCCCUGAAGGCUGCUGGUGUUCACUAUUUGUAACCAGCUGCUGGCUUGAAAGUAUUGUUAUAAUUAUUAUUACCCACCCCUCACCGCAACGAUAAUUCAAAAUUAAAAACAGUUAAAACAGAGUACAGUCACAGGAAUUGAGUGGUCACUGAAACCACACAUCUCAGGUGUCAAAGAGGUGUGUCUUGAGAAUUUGCCAAAAGUUGUAUACAGUGGUACCUCGGGUUACAUACGCUUCAGGUUACAGAAAUAGUGCUUCAGGUUAAGAACUUUGCUUCAGGAUGAGAACAGAAAUCGUGCUCCUGCGGUGUGGCAGCAGCAGGAGGCCCCAUUAGCUAAGUGGUGCUUCAGGUUAAGAACAGUUUCAGGUUAAGAACAGACCUCCAGAACGAAUUAAGUACUUAACCCAAGGUACCACUGUAGUAAAGAAAUCAAAAACACCUUUGUGGGAAGGUUAUUUCAGAACUUGGGGACUGCCACAGGAAAUGCUGUCUUCUUGGCCAACACCACCGGAACGUCUGAGGGAAGUGGACCAACAAAGAGGACCCCUUCUUCUAAUCUCCACCCCUGGGAAUCCCCUUGCCUUAUUUUUGAUUCAGAAAGUAAUCCUAAAGGAAUUCAGUGCACAAUAUUUCUCUCCCUUCACUGCAGAAAUCCGCGAAGCUUUCCGAGUACUGGAUCGUGAUGGCAAUGGCUUCAUUUCCAAACAAGAGCUGGGGAUGGCGAUGCGCUCCUUGGGAUACAUGCCUAGCGAGGUGGAACUGGCAAUUAUCAUGCAGCGCCUUGACAUGGAUGGUGAGUCCUCUUUGCUUUCAUCAUGGUUUUAUGUCAUGGGGGGAGGGGAGGGCUGUAGAGCCUUUGCAUUCUUCACAUCAUUUCCAUGCAGAAAGUCCCAGGUACCAUCUUCUGGUGCAGAUGAGAAAGACCACUGUUUGAAACCCUGGAGAGCUAGAUGGACCAAAGGUCUGGCUUGAUCUAGGUUCUCCAUCAUUUGUGGAGAGGGUAUCUGGUUGAAGGAAUUCUGGGGUGGAUAGCAAGGGAAGCAACUGGCUUUGGGGAAACAACCAAGCUUAGGAAAUCCAUGAGUGAAGUGAGAUGAGAAUUAGCAUAACAUGAUUUUCUCCAUGAUGCUUAUGUCUGUUCAAACUUCUAGAAACAAUGCCUGAAGCUGCUCAAACUUUUAUCAUGCUUACAAUGAAACUCUUCAUAUCUAGGAUUAAACUAUUGAUUCCAGUUUACUUAAUCUGGUGUCCUUUCUACAUAGUAUGUUUGUCCUCUAGUUCCUCUCUGCAUAUACCGUGUUCAGUAUAUGAAGCUUCACAAAUGUUCACAGAGGACGUAACCUCCAUCUGCCCAAAAUUUAGCAGUCCAUUCCAUACAAUGGAAUACUCCCCUAAUAUCAAGUGUAUGUAGAAGCAAAGGAGAAAAAAUGCUGAAAGCAGUGGUGGCUGGUGCCCAUUAGAAGUGGUUGGGCAGAAGACAGAGAGGCCAACGAUAGGUGGAACCAGAGCCAGUGACAGGUGGAGAGAACCAACGAUGGUCAGAGUCAAAACAUUCUAGUUUUUUCCCCAUCCUCCUCCCUGUUGAGUUUUCCCAGGGGCAGCGCUGAGACUAAGGAGGAUGGAGUAGACAGCCAGGACCACCCCCAGAUGGAUUAUAAGUAAGACGGCAGGCAGGUGGGCUUGGAAGAAAGAUGACUGAAGUUGGUGGGACAGCUCCCCAUUUGCCUUUAUGAACCAGUCUCCACUGGCUGAGAAAUCUCUGACCAGAUAUUUCACUUCUUUCAUUUUCUUGCUUAGUCUAUGUAGAUGUGGAGGUCUCAGUCUAUCAUGGGAGCUAGGCUGGUGAAGGAGGAAUGGAAUGAGUUAUAAUAAAUUACACUCUGAAGAAAUCCACUGGAAUAAUUGGACCUAAGUUAGUCUUGUCCAUUAAUUUCAAUAGGUCACCUCUUGAGUAGGAAUAACAUUGAUAAAGGGGGGGGGAGCAUAGGGUUGCAGACAUUUUUUCAACCUAAAUUUUGCUAAAUAGUGGUAAUUAUAGGAUCUUUUGAUUAUGAGUGCCACAAUAUAUUGGUGCAUUUAUUUCCCACUGAAUUGGAGCGGGCAGGGGGCAGGAGCAGGAAUUCAGACCAAAGCAGCUAUUUUCUAUUGCAAAACAUUUGCGUCCAUCCAUUCGGCAAACAGGAAAAGCUAAUGGGGGUGCAGAUGGUUCGAUGCAUGCUGUAGGUGACAAACAUACCAAUCCAUGCUGAUUACUCUGUGCUCAUUUCCAAGUACAACUCAUUCGUUUUUGACAAACAGUUUCCACUGGCCUCAGGUGUUGCUUGGUAGGUUCAUACAUCUGCUUAGCUAUGGUGCUUUAGGUUUUGUAAUGGAAUUGGAAGUUUCAUAACAGAAUUGCCUUUCAUCUCCCUUUGGUUCUGCAGUAUGAUGUAUGAGCUCUCCUUCAGGUUGGGUUAGAUGACUGGGACUAAUUUUAUAUUAACUGUACUGACUAUUCCACCAUGUCCAGGCUCAAAUCAAGGUGCUGGUUUCACUUGUUCAUUGAUAUAUGUCAUCCUUCAGCCAUCUGUUUCCCAGGAAGGUUUGCAAGGAGAUAAUUUUAUUUUCUUUCUUUAACAUGUUUAUUACCUGCCCUUCUCCAUGCAGUCCUGGGAUGGGGCACAUACAGAAUCAACAUAACAGAUUAAAAUUCAAAACUGAACAACCAUCAGACGAAAUAGAUCUGCCGAGGGGAGGGUCAUUUUUAAAAAUCUUCCUUUCAUUUUCCACCAUCAAAGGCCUGAGCAAAAAGGUAUAGUAGUUGACCCAGCAACUGGAGGCUUGCAAUGUCUUGAGACGGGUAACCUUGAAGAAGGCAGCAUUCAGCAAACUGGAAGCCAUCACAUGCAAUGUCACCUCAAUCAAAAUUGCCCCUUGCACACCACAGGGCAGUGAUACUGCUAAGAGGGUCUCCCUUGCAGAUCUUUACAUCUGAACAGCUCUGUGUGGGUGGAGCUGCUCCUUCAGAUAUCUGGAGCACAAGUCAUUCAGUCCAUGCAUCCAUCCAUCCAUCUCUUUGGUAUGGACAGUGACCAGUAUUCAAAAAAUAAACAUUGUCCAAAUAUAUAAAACCACACCAAACAAAAUAGAGCACCAUGAGAAACUGAUUGCUGCUUCCAGUAGCAUCUUAGAGACCAACUAAGUUAGUUAUUGGUAUGAGCUUUCGUGUGUGGCGCUGUGGGUUAAACCACAAAGCCUAGAACUUGCCGAUCAGAAGGUCGGCGGUUCGAAUCCCCACGACGGGGUGAGCUACCAUUGCUCGGUCCCUGCUCCUGCCAACCUAGCAGUUCGAAAGCACAUCAAAAUGCAAGUAGAUAAAUAGGUACCGCUCCGGUGGGAAGGUAAACGGCGUUUCCGUGCACUGCUCUGGUUCGCCAGAAGCGGCUUAGUCAUGCUGGCCACAUGACCCAGAAGCUGUAUGCCGGCUCCCUUGGCCAAUAAAGCGAGAUGAGAGCCGCAACCCCAGAGUUGGUCAUGACUGGACCUAAUGGUCAGGGAUCCCUUUACCUUUACCUUUAAGGUGCUAUUGGAAGGAAUUUUUUAAUUUUUUUAUUUUGUUUCGACUACGGCCGACCAACAUGGCUACCUACCUGUAACUGAUUGCUUCUAACUGCCUUAUGCUAUAGCAACACCUGGCAUUGAUGGUAAAAAUAAAAAGUUUUCUGAAAUUAAUUCAUAGAAUCAUAGAAUUGCAGCACUGGGGGCCCAAGGAUCAUCCAGUUCAAACUUCUGCAAUGCUGUUGUACAUGUUCAUCCAAACAUAAAAUAAAAAAAUACAAAAUAAUACAUGUACAACAAAAGGAUAACAGAGUUUUUUCACUAUGAUUGCAUGUGGUUCCAUUGUUGUUUAAAUGAAAAUUAACCAAUAAAGAUGAAUGAAAACAACAAGAAACUUCUGCAAUGCAAGAAUCACAACUAAAGAAUUCCUGACAGAUCACCAUCCAACCUCUGUUUAGAAAAUAUUAGUGACUGAGAGUCCACUGCCUUUCAAGAGAGUCCGUUCCACUGUUGAACAACUCUCACCAUCAGAAAGCUAUUCCUCAUGUUUCAUAUUGUUCAAAUGCCUCCUGUGAAAUAUUUGGAAUUCUUAGUAACAUUUCAGCUUUAAGUGGGAAUAUUGUAAGACCCAGAGAACAAUAGCCAGGUAUUUAUAAAUAAAACAAUUCUCCAAAGAAAUAUUACUACUCUUCAAUGCCAAUGCUAAUACUUUUCCCAGGAAUAGUGAAUGAAACAAACCAAAUUAAGAGAGAGAGAGAGAGAGAGAGAGAGAGAGAGAUUUUAAUUCAAUUAUAUUGUUUUUCUUCAUUUCUUUCUGUAUGUUAAAUAAGUAUAUGUUCUUGCUUAAAUAAGUAAAAAAUAUAUUCAACGUAUAUAACAUCAUUAAACAAAAAAUGUGUAAACAUUAUACUAUAUGCUUGCCUAGGAUUAUUGAAUAUUUCAUUGAGAUAUUAUCCUCAUACUCCUCUCAAGGAAAAACAGAAUAAACACCACUUCCAUGAAACGUAAUUUAUAAUGACUUUGAGUUUGUAUUCUAAUGUGAUUAAUCAUUAAUUAUGAGAAGCAGAUGUUGCAGACAUGCAGCUGAAUAAAACUGGCCACUGAGUCCACCAGGAAUUUAAAGUGAAAAUCCAUAGUGCCUCAUGUUUGCAUAAUAUUGCAUAAUAUUACAGAGACAUAUGGAUCUGUUCUAUAGUCUAAAAAAGAAGGAUGUUACUCAGAAGGGUGUUUACAUUCUACAAAUGUAAAAUCAAUGGAACUUCUGAAGUGUUAGCAGGCAACUGCACAUUCCUCUCUUGCAGUUUCCAGCAACUAAUAUUCAGUAGCAUGUCACCUCUGAGAGUGGAGGGAGAACAUAGCCAUCAUUAACUAGUAGCUGUUGAUGAUCUUAUCUCCCACGAUGCAGAAAAAACUGGGCCAAUCCUUGCUCAAUCCUGGCUCAGAGAGCCAGUGUGGUGUAGUGGUUAAGAGCGGUAGUCUUGUAAUCUGGGGAACCGGGUUCGCGUCUCCGCUCCUCCACAUGCAGCUGCUGGGUGACCUUGGGCUAGUCACACUUCUCUGAAGUCUCUCAGCCUCACUCACCUCACAGAGUGUUUGUUGUGGGGGAGGAAGGGAAAGGAGAAUGUUAGCUGCUUUGAGACUCCUUCGGGUAGUGAUAAAGCGGGAUAUCAAAUCCAAACUCUUCUUCUUCUUCUUCUCUAGGACAGGAUUUCCCAAACUUGGGUCUCCAGCUGUUUUGGAACUACAACUCCCAUCAUCCCUAGCUAGCAGGACCAGUGGUCAGGGAUGAUGGGAAUUGUGGUCCAAAAGCAGCUGGAGACUCAAGUUUGGUUAAACAGUGCCCUAGCCCACGCAUGGAGGGUGGGAAGGGGUCCUUUGAAAAAUAAAGGCCCUGCCCCAAGCCAAAACCAAUGCACAAAUAAGGAACCGGGAAGUAAUUGUUCAGGCUGCAAAUUGAUUUGGAGUGGGUCGGCAUCUACCUUAAUUCAUUUAACUUUAUUUGUGGCAUAUCUCUCACAUUCUCUUUUUAUCAUUGCAUUUUCAAGUGAUCUGCCACUGUGUAAAUUGUCUUUUACUGCGUUGUCGCUUUACAUGACACACAGUUGCUGGUAAUCCAAAGUGUCGUGUGACUGAUAGAAUCUGACUUGAUGUCCCUGCGCAGAAAGGAGGAAGGUGUCCUUCCUAUCUUUCUGAAAGAGAUGCUUUGAAAGAUAGGAGGCUCUGCUCUUCUGCAGAUCUACUGCCCCUCUGUCCAGACCAGGUCACAAAUAAAACUGAGUUGAGAGCUUAGUUUUUGUGCAUUAUACUUGAAACGCAGGGCAUAGCUUUUGGAAUGAGGGUGGCCAACAUUUCUGCAUCCCCUGGAAGGGCCUUGAAAUGUCCUCCCUCCACUGUGUCUGUGACUGUUGUUUUUCAUGUAGAAAUGUUCAGUCAUGUGAGCCCUCCCCUAAAAUCUGAAGCAGGGGUGAGAAACCUGGCCUACAGAGCCAUUUGGGGAAUCCAUGCCCACCCAGCCUUUUCAGUUCCAAAACUGGGCUGCACUCCUGAGCAAGUCCAUGGCCGGAUUUAGGUUUGAUGAGGCCCUAAGCUACUGGAGGUAAUGGGGCCCUUUAUAUGUCCAGCUGUCCUUUGUCAACAACAAAUUGUUGCUGUUUUUUUGUGUUGAAUAUAUGCUAUAUGGUAAUUUAUGGACCUAAUAGGUCCAUACAAAACACAAAACACUUUUGCUAUAUGUAGGUUUUAUUUGAUUUGUUUUUUUAUCUUAUAUUUUGGAAAUAUACAUCCAGUUUUUUCCCCUUUAAAUGUUUUGGGAGACCUCAAGAGAGUGGGGCCCUAAACUAUAGCUUGUUUAGCUUAUACGUAAAUCCGGCAGUGGGCAAGGUACAUGACCUUCACCACAAUCUUACCCUGAAAGAGCGCUUGGGGGGGGGGACAAGAGCACAGCGUGAGUGCAUGUGAGAGCGCAGCACCCAAAAUGGCUGCUGCCAUCUUGUGCGAAAAAAAUGUGGAUGCCCCACUUUUUCUGGGAUACUUGGUGGAUGUGCAACUGGUGUCAUGCAUGACCAAAUCUAAUAGUGAAGGGAGACGGGUGGUACCACCCCAGCUGUCAACCCUGUGACAACUUGACAGGUGGCUUGUUCCACACACCUGUCCAAGUUGGACCAUGGGGUAGGGGGGAUGAGGAGGCCAGAUAAAGAUUUGGUUGCUGCAGCCAAAAAAAUUCCUCAGCCCUGGUCUUACAUAAAGUGACUAACUAUGUAGUAAUGGGUAACGGUUAUUAUGGGAUGCAGUUAUUAUGGGAUGCAGCCAAGACUCCACCUUUCAUUUACUUUCAUUUUCCUAGGCAGUUGUGUGUGGCGCUAUUUAUCGUUUUUAAAAAAUCUCUUUUUGCUGGGUCUUCAAAAGUGAGUCACCCUACCUUAUAUUAGUAAUGCCAUAAGGUGAAAAAGAGGAUCUCUUUAACAAAUUGAAAUUCUUUUCCCCUCACCACUAGUAGAAUGAAAAGGAUUCACCAACACAGAUAGAACUAGGCCUAAUAAGGCUUGCACCGGAACAGUCAUAAACUUGCAUAAACUACUUGCAUAGCCUUGCAUAAACUACUGCCCUCAGUUACAGGUCCAAGUUGUUAUAACCCUCAGCUGAUGCCCUCUUUGGAUUUUAGAACUAUCCCAAUUAUGUACAUAUUAUCCACUCCAUAUCACUUUGUGACACAUUGUAUCCUUCUGUCGGAUCCUAGUUUGGACAAGACUGUGAUUUUGCUUUCCUUCAGCAACAAUAACCCCCAUAACGGCGUGUUAUGUAAUAGCUGGAAACACUGAAAACAGCUGCAGAGCUCAUUUGCAACCUUUGCCGCCUGUUACACGAUUUUGUGGCAUAUUAAAUUGCUUACGGUUUAUGGGUUGUGUGUGGUCCAAACUCCUUAAUGCCCUGCUGCUCCUUGUGGCAUUUUGAUCUGUCGCUGACCACACAGAACCAACAUGGGGGGAGCAGGGGGAAAGCACUGGCAAAAGUUGGCAUUGCUGGUUGAUUUUAUUAAUUUACCUUCCACAAGUGUAUGAUGGAAACUAAAAAUUAGGGUGAAAAACAAAAAUUAGUUAAAAAUGAACUCCUUUGCAAGUACAGUGGUACCUCGGGUUACAUACGCUUUAGGUUAUAUACGCUUCAGGUUCCAGACUCCGCUAACCCAGAAAUAGUGCUUCAGGUUAAGAACUUUGCUUCAGGUUGAGAACAGAAAUCAUGCUCUGACGACGUGGCGGCAGCGGGAGGCCCCAUUAGCUGAAGUGGUGCUUCAGCUUAAGAACAGUUUCAGGUUAAGAAUGGACCUCUGGAACGAAUUAAGUACUUAACCCGAGGUACCACUGUAUAUAAUGCUACUUUUUUCUCUGUCUGUUGAAACAUAUUGAGAUGAUUAUUUAAACAGUUGAUCUCAACUGAUAUUAGUUUUGCAGCUAUAGCAGACCAGGGGCUGCCCCUCUCUGCUUGCCAAGUCCUUGCUGUUCCCACCCACCCACAUCAAUUCCCUGGAUUAAUGCAUUGAUCCUUCCUGUUCCCACUCCAUGCAACUACUAACCUCACUAUUGAAUUUCCCAAUCCCAUUUCCGAUGUAAUUUUGCUCUUCCAUUCUGCAACUGUCCUUUGAACCCAUUUUCACCUUCACUCCCAUGCCCAUGAUUUCCCCUUCUUUCUUUGGACUACCCCUCUGCAGACAAACCAUUAUAACCUCCUGCAUUUUCCUGGUCCCACACAUUGCAGUUUGAUACAAGCUUAAAUAAAGCAGUUGUGGAAGGAUGGGGUGAGGUGGGGGACACUGGAAGGUGUCAGUUUAAAACAAAGUUUUGUAUACUGAGAAGGGAAUUGGGAGACGUUCUAUUACAUCAGCGUUUUGGUGUUAGCUUCUGUGUAGGUUUGCCAUGUUUUGAAGAGCCAAAAAAGAGGACACAUUUGCUAACUUCUGCUUUUCACUAUGGAUCGCUAUGACUACCCAUAAAAGAGAGGACAUGUCCUGGAAAAAGAGGACAUGUGGCAACCCUAUGUGGUUUCCCCCUCAGUGUUCCUCCAUCUCAAACCUCUGUCAUUAUUUGGAGCACCAUUUUUUUUAUCUCUGUGUUCUUCCAUGGGUUGUUAAGAGCUACAAUUUUUAAACCACUCUGGGAAUUGUAGCUCUGUGAGGGGACUAGGGGGGUGGGAAUCUACUGUUCCCAGGAUUGUUUGGAGGAAGUUAUGAUCACUGUGGUGGUAUAAGAGUGCUUUAAAUAUAUGGUGUGGAUGUGGCCCUUUUACUGGAUUAGAAUAAUAGAAUCAUGGAAUUGUAGAGUUGGAAGGGGCCACAAAUGCCAUCCAGGCCAACCCCCCCUGUAAUGCAGAAAUCUUUCACCCCAUGUGGGCCUCAAACCAGCGACCCUGAGAUCAAGAGUCUCAUGCUCUACCAAGUGAGCUAUCCCAGUACAGUGGUACUUUGGGUUAAGAACUUAAUUCAUUCUGUAGGUCCGUUCUUAACCUGAAACUGUUCUUAACCUGAGGUACCACUUUAGCUAAUGGGGCCUCCACUGCCGCCGCACAAUUUCUGUUCUCAUCCUGAAGCAAACUUCUUAACCUGAGGUACUAUUUCUGAGUUAGCGGAGUCUGUAACCUGAAGUGUCUGUAACCCGAGGUACCACUGUAGUCCGAUGAGUUUUCACCACUUCUUAGUUUAAAUACAUUUUUAAUGGGCUGUUGAUUUAUUGCUGCAUUGCUUUAUUGAUUUUUUUCCCUGAUUAGCUUUACCUGCUGUCUGCUUUUAAUUUGUAUAUAUUGUGUUUGGGUUUUAUAUGAUGAUUUAUCAUUAAUUUACUGUAUCUACGAACUGACAUUCUUGGAGCAGCUUGCAAUAUAUUUCAAUUUCGGAUGCAACUAAAUAGAUGAGAGUGUGAUGAAUGGAGCAAAAGCAUCUGCAAGUCCCCCCCCCCUUAGGUGUUCCAUAUGCUAACUCCACUUCUGAAUCUGGGGACCAAGGCAGGCCUCUAAGGAAACAGCAGCUGUAGAGAUCCAAUGUUGGCCUCUCACAUAGUGGGCCUGCUUCAGCAAACUCUCCAAGUGUCCCUAUUUUCUACGGACAGUCCUGGAUUUACAGAUGCCAUCCUGGUUUCUGAUUUGAUCCCAGAAUGUCCCACUUUUCCUUAGAACAUUCCUAUUUUUAUCAGAUAUAUAUUGAAGGGUAUGUGACCCCCUAGCCAAGGAGAUAAAUACCACAUUUUUCCAUGUAUAAGACGUUCCAUGUAUAAGAUGUUUUUUCUUUAAAAAAUUUAGGCAAAAAUUGGGGGGUUGUCAGUGAAUGCAGAGGGGGGCGGUUGGGUAGUCGGGCGAUUGGCAGUGGCAAGCAGACGGGCAGGUGAGCAAUUGGCGGUGGUAACCCCCCCCCAAAAGAAACUCAAGGGUGAUCUCUUCCCCAAAAAACUCAACAACUCAAUAAAUAUUGAUUUCUUUAAUUUUAGGUCCCAAAAAAUAGGGGCCGUCUUAUACAUGGGGGCAUCUUAUCCACUGAAAAAUACAGCUGUCAGCUGUCAGCAGAGAAGGAAUGGUGGAGAACACCUCCCCAGCCUGACCCUUCCUGAGAAGAGGAAGACAGUUCAGAAUUACAAUAGGGGUUUGAGGGAGGUCACAGCUCAAAGGCAGAUGAGGGGGAAAGCUGGGAAACAAUGGGAGAGGGGGAGGUAGAGGAAGCACCAGGAGGGCGACAGCUGAAGGACACAGUGUCUUUAGAAAGCAUUCCAGACCCCCCCCCCCCCAGCGAGCCUUGAAAGUAGGAGAGCAAAGAGCUCAGAGACGGAGGGCCCUCAACAGCACCCAUGUGAUGACAAUGAUGAAUGAGGAAGUGGGGGAAAGGAGGGGGUGGAGAGUCACUCGGGACAAUGCCAUUAUCCAAGAGGCUGGGUUCCAAGCCUCCCUCUGUAAAUAUUGAAUUAAAAAAAGCAGAUGGUAAGAAACUUUCCCUUGUCUUUGUACAUUCCUGGCAACCAGCUGUGAGAGAUGCUUUCAGCCACCUGACAGCAGCCCUGUACAGUGGUACCUCGAGUUAAAAGACACUUCAGGUUACAGACGCUUCAGGUUACAGACUCCGCUAACCCAGAAAUAGUACCUCAGGUUAAGAACUUUGCUUCAGGAUAAGAACAGAAAUCGCGCGGCAGCGGUACAGCAACAGCGGGAGGCCCCAUUAGCUAAAGUGGUCCCUCAGGUUAACAACAGUUUCAGGUUAAGAAUGGAUCUCCAGAAGGAAUUAAGUUCUUAACCCGAGGUACAACUGUAUAGGGAAGUUUUUAAAAAUGUUUAAUGUUUUUAUAUGUGUUGGAAGCUGCCCAGAGUAUCUGGGUAUGUCUUCAGCUGUGGCCAUAGGUGAACUGGAGAACUUGCUUCCACAAGUGACAAUGAUGGCCACCACCUUGGAUGGCUUUAAAAGAAGAUUAGACCAAUACAUGGAUGAGAUGACUAUCAAUGCUCUACUACCACAGCUGGAGGCAGCAGGGCUUCUGAAUACCAGUUGCUGGAAGCCACAGGAAGGGAGAGUCUUCUUGUGUUGGAAUCCAACUUACUGGUUUCCCACUGACGUGUGGUUGGCCACUGUGAAAACAGGAUGCUGGAUUAGAUCGGCCAUUGGCCUGAUCCAGCAGGAUCUACUGAUGUUCUCAUGUAGCUGAUAUCUGUGACAAUCUUGGCUCCUAGUGACAGAUGCAAAGAAGCUACUAGGGAAGCAAACCACCAACAGACCUCAUGUUUCUCCUGCCAUCAUUAAUUAAUUCUUCCCCCUGUUCUUAGUUCAUAUCUGCACCAUUACUUUCCCCCAGAUAUCCUGGGAAACAGCAGUUUGUCCCAAUAGAGCUACUAUUCCCAACACUCUGAAAACGAGUACAGUUCCCAGAAGUCUUUGUGGGGGAGCUAUCUGCUUUAGAACAAGCUGGGAAACCUCAGUUGGUAGAGCAUGAAACUCUUAAUCUAAAGGUCGUGGGUUUGAGCCCCAUGUUGGGCAAACGAUUCCUUCAUUUCGGGGGGGGGGGUUGACCUUUGUGGUCACUUCCAACUCUACAAUUCUAUGCUUCUAAGUAUGGUGUGGGUAGGGUCUUAGCUCCCCUGGCUGCAAUUUGCAGAAAGAUGUGUUAUAAAUUUGUGCCACAAAUUAAUAAAAAAAAUCUCUUAGCGUGGUAUUGUUAAUAAAAACUUGUUGUUGUUGUCUGCCUUUCUUUCCAGGGGAUGGUCAAGUUGAUUUUGAUGAAUUCAUGACAAUCCUUGGACCAAAACUGGUGUCAUCAGAAGGACGGGAUGGUUUUCUGGGGAAUACAAUUGACAGCAUAUUCUGGCAGGUUGGUGGCAAAGUUGUGCUCAAAACGAGAAGAUGUGAGCAUUUCUGAGAAGUUAUCUUUCUUUUCCUGAUCCCCAUUUCCCAAUGUGGUUUUGUUACAUGUUGAAGAACAUUUUAGUGGAAGGAUGUUAAAAGUGAGAGCUGUUUUUCAGCAGUGAGGGGCUGUAGGCUGCUGCUAAAUGCAGCAGGGAACUCUAAAACAAAUACUGGGGAAUUUUAUGAAAAGGGCAAUGAAGAUUUUGAGUGGAGUUAAAUUCAGGCUCGUCUGUGCUAACUUCCUUGUGGUGCUGUUUGUCUUCAUAGGUGUCUAGGGGGAAACCCCUGAGAUGAUGUCAAGUGAUAUAUAGUAGGGGUGGAAUCCAACAUAGCCCUAAGGUUGCAUUCAUAUAGCAGUUUAUUCUGUUUCUUUAUAUGCCAGGCAAAAACAUGUCUUUUUUCAUUAGGUCUUUGGCUUUUAAUUAUCUAUAGCCUCCUCAGAUGGCUGAGACGUUCUAACCCUGCUUUUUAAAAAUAGGAUUGUCUUUUAGAUUUGCAUUUUUUUAAUGCUGGUUUUCAUGUGUGAAUGUUUAUAUAUUGUCAUUUUAAGUUAUUUUGGUAAAAACACUGCCAAUAAGUUUAAUAAAUAAGUAAUAAGCAAUGUCAGAGAGUAAGUAAACCUACAUACCCUUUUAAAGCUUGCCACAUGCCCUACAGCAAUAUCUAAACUGUUUAUUUUCCAGCAUACAGUGGAGCCUCGGUUGUCAAACGUAAUCCGUUCCGAAAGACCAUUUGACUUCUAAAACGUUUGGCAACCGAGGUGCAAUGGGUGGUCGGCAAAGUCCAUUGAGAAAAUAGAGAACCACGGUUCAGAAGCCGUUCAACUUCCAAGGCACAUUUGAAAAUGGAAACAUUCACUUCCAGGUUUUUGGCAUUCGGGUUCUGAAUCAUUCAGCUUCCGAGACGCUCAAAAAUGUUGAGCUUCUGCAGCCAUGAGCUCUCUGUGACAGUGCUGCUUACAUGCCUACUCUUAUUUGGUCCACAGUCAAAAACCUCUUACCUUCAUGAAGUUCUUCCCAAUGUUCAACUGGAAUCUCCUGACAGUAAGAGCUGUUCGACAGUGGAAUUUGCUGCCAAGGAGUGUGGUGGAGUCUCCUUCUUUGGAGGUCUUUAAGCAGAGGCUUGACAACCAUAUGUCAGGAGUGCUCUGAUGGUGUUUCCUGCUUGGCAGAGGGUUGGACUCGAUGGCCCUUGUGGUCUCUUCCAACUCUAUGAUUCUAUGAUUCUAUGACUCCUUUCUUUUUAGCAAUAAAACUGCUAGCAGAUUUGCAAAGCUAAGCAGGGUCCAUCCGGUAUGAUUUCAAAUUGAGUGGGGGGGCUGUGUGUUGAGAUUCCUGCAUUGUCCCUUCCAACUCUACAGUUCUACGAUUCUAAGGGACGCGGGUGGCAAUGUGGUCUAAACCACUGAGCCUCUUGGGCUUGCCGAUCGGAAGGUCGGCGGUUCAAAUCCUCACAAUGGAGUGAGCUCCCGUUGCUCUGUCCCAGCUCCUGCCUACCUAGCAGUUCAAAAGCAAGCCAGUGCAAGUAGAUAAAUAAGUACUGCUGUGGCAGGAAGGUAAAUGUUUUUUCCGUGUGCUCUGGUUUCUGUCACGGUGCCUCAUUUUGCCAGAAGCGGUUCUGUCAUGCUGGCCACAUGACCUGGAAAGCUGUCUAUGGAAAAACAUUGGCUCCCUCGGCCUGAAAGUGAGAUGAGCGCCACAACCCCAUAGUCGCCUUUGACUGGACUUAACAGUCCAGGGGUCCUUUAACUUUACCUUCUAUGAUUCUAUGAAUCCAUUGGUUUGGAUCCUCCCCUCUAGAGCAGCAGAAAACAGGUCUGCUCCAUUUUCCAUGUGACAGCCCUUCAGAUAUUUGAAGAAGGGUAUCAAAUCACACACAAACCCCAGUCUUUUCCACGCUAAACAUCCCCAGCUCCCUCCAUAAUUUAUUAUGUGGUUUGGUUUCCAGCUUUGAUCUAUGAUUAGAUCUUACCAAUUUCACCAAGAUCUGUAUCAGCGCCAUGCAGAAGAGUGAGGAUGGCAGGCAUCUCUCUCUUGUUCCUCUUCAUUAGUAAAAUUGAAGCCUGUUAGUGCGCACAAGUGCAUUAGCUGGGGACUGCAUUUGCAAAAUAAUGCGCAUAAAGUGCUGCCCUGGUCUGGUAAUUGUCACCUUGGGGUAAAGCCCAGUUGAGUAGCUGUUACAAUUAGAUUUGUCACCUUACCAAAUAAAAUGUAAUUGCAAGAGCCCAGCGGCUAGGCUUUCCUGUACAAGACUGAAUUGCAUGGGGAGGAAAAUCCUGUUAGUGAGGAGAGUUCUGAGGACCUGUGGGCAUCUAGCCAUGAUGGCUAUGCUGUGACUCCACAGUCAGAGGCAGCAAAAUUUCUGGGUACCACUUUCUGGAAAACACAGGAGGGGAGAUUGCUCUUGUGCCCAGGCCAUUGGCCUAAUCCAGCAGGCUCUUCUUAUCUUCUUAUAACAUACUGGUCAGGAUGCUAAACAGGAACCCUGUUAUCUCUUUGCAAGAAGGUACACCAGGCUCCAUCAGAUACCGCUAGGCCCAAGGCUACCCAGUAGUUAAACUAUGUAAUGAUAUAAGAGCUUCCACACACUAUUUAUGAAAACAGGUAUAGGUGGUGUGAGAACAUAUAGCCGCUUUGAGGAUGCUGGAUUAGAUUGGCCUUUCACCUGAUCCAGCAGGGCUCUUUAUAUGUUCUCUAUUUAAAGAAUGAUGGGCUUUUUUAUGUUUUACCAUAUUGGCCCGAAUAUAAGCCACACUUUUUUUUUUCCAAAUUCCGACCAUGAAAAGUUAAAAGUGUGGGUUAGAUUUAUGACCUUACGCUGCUGGCAAAGCAGCGUGGCUCCCCCCCCCCCCAUAAGCAGCCUGGGAGCACAGGGCAUUGUCGCAACACCCGCCCGCCACUCCCAAGCCUCUGCUGAGCCACCGGAAAGAAGGGGAAGGCCGCUGGCAAAGCAUUGGGGUCCCCCCCCCAAGGGUACCAGGUAUUGCCUUUUCUCUCCCCUUAAUGCAGCUUAUUUGCGGGUACGGCUUAUAUUCGGGCCAAUAUGGUAUUUGCAAAUCUUUGUCAUACAAGAGCACUUAAAACCAAACACACACACACAAACACAUUUUUUUCUUUUUUUAUUUCAGGAUUUUUACAUACAUUAUUUCCUUCCAGUUUUUAAAUUUCCCAUACAAUUUUUCCUUCCCCUCCCUUCCCACCCACCCCCAUAUCCGUUGGAAGGGUUCAAACAACUAUCCUCAGCCACAGGAUAGCGUCUUUAGUUUCCACCGAAUGUGUUUUGUUCCAGUAGUUUCUAUCCAUUUAAGAUAGAAGUUCCAUCUGUUCCUUAUCGUGAUGGACUUCUUUUUUUAUUUGAGUAGGGAGAUCAAAUACAAGUUAAGUGGUUUCUAGCUAUAUAGGUACAAAAGAAUAUGGAAAAAUUGGUUUUUAAUAUGUAAAAUCUAACGUUACAAUAUAUCAGGACUAAGGAUUAGGAUUAAAAAGGAGGGAAAGGAAUUGUUGGAUUAACAAAUUUAAUUGGAAUACAAAAGAGGGAGGUAUGAGGAGGUCCGGGAAACAAGUAAACGUAAAAGAAGUGAGGAAAAGAUGGAAUUGUUUUUAACUGUUUUUUCUUUUUUUUUCUAUUUUGUAUUUUUCCUUUUCAUUGUUAUUUUUUUUUUACUAAUGUGAUCUUUUUUUCCCCCUUUGAAACUUCAAUAAAUAUUAUUUUUUAAAAAAACACAAAUUUGAUCUCUGCAGAGGGGACAGUGCUCCAAAAAAUGAAGCAUUUCCUCCUCUGCAGAGACCUAAGGUUCAUCCUGUAACUGACAGUCAUGCUUCCAGUACCAAUCAGCUGAUUGGUGGUUGUGGCAACCCCCUUUGCAUGUUGGCAGGUGUCAGUCCCCUGGAAUCAUGGCAGCAGGUGAUGGACAAGUGGGUGGGACUGUGGAGGUGGCCGGAUCCAGUUCCUCACUUCUGAUGUGUAUUGGCACACCCACCCACACGAUUUCCCCAGCCAAAAUACAAAAGGAAAUUAUCCAUUAUAUUCAACUUCUAUAAUAACCUUCUCCGUCUGAAAUGUUUGUGGAUCAAAAUGAAUUGAUCUUGUUUCUAGAGGCAAAAUAAAUAGCACACUAUGGGAAGCAAUAAUGUGAAGUGCCAGCAGAAGCAAGAUCAUUAAUUAUAUGCCCUCGGUUGCAUUUGGCCUAUAAAAGGAGCAUCUUUGCUCAGCUAUUUUUAUUUUCGAGCUGAUUUAAAUGUUAUUUCAAAGCUGUGUAAAUCUCCGUCUUCAGAAUGGAAAGUGAACCAAAGUGGGCAUUUUUCUGCUGCUGCUGCUAAAAUUUCUGAGAAGUUGCCCAUCGCCUCUUUUUAAUCAAAUUCAAACCCGCAAAAGAUUGAGUUGUUAUGUGGUGUGAGUAGCCCAUUUUGAAAAAGGGGAGGAUGGCUGACCACACAGGCAAGUGGACCAUUUGUUCCCACUAGGGCUGAGUGCCUGAUUUGACCAAAUCUUCAAAUGAAUUGGGCCAAUUCCGGGAAAAUCCAGGCUUUCCCUGAGUCAACUGUAGAUAGCCCUGAAUUGCCUUGGGCUAUCUAGAGUGACCUGAACCGGUCAAGCGAUGGUGGUCAGGCAGAGUCAGGCAUCCUCUCCUCCCCCAAUAGCCUCAGAGGCAAGAAGAACAAACAAUUUGUAUGGUAUGGCUUUUUAUCCAAUCAUCUGGUUGCAAGACAAAGGAUCCAUGUCUCCAUGCAUAGGAGAUGUUGGCUACUCUGAGUCCCUCCUCUUCCAUCUCCCACAACAUCCUGGAAGCCUACAGGAAGUCACAGGAGUCACAUCCCUCUGCAUUCUCUGGGUUUUCUUCCCCUUUUCUUUUUUAUUGGUUUCCACAUAUUACAUUACAAUACAGAUGUACCAAAGCCAACACCAUUUCUUCCCCAUCCCCCCAUACAUUUACAUUUCCUCAAUCCAUCAUAUUAUUCUUUCCUCCUUCCUCCCACUUCCCUCUGCCCCCACUCGAUUUCCUCCACAUUAUACAAUUUACAAUAAUCUUUGCAUUCUACAAUCUUCUCAAAUCAUCUGUAUAUUCUUAUUAUCGUUCCUUACUAAUUUUUAUUCUGUCCAGUACUUCACAUUUUAAUCUAGGCAUAUUAGCGUAUCUUUUUUUGAGCAAUAUUUUGCCAUAUAUUCAUCAAAACAUUUCCACUCCCUCUGCAUUCUCUGUUUGUGAAUGCGGAGGGACCUUCUAGCCCUUGAACUGGGAGGGUUUUCCAUACUCUCCAGGGAGGUCCCUGUUGUCUCCUCUCUAAUUCCCCCCUCCUCACCCUCCACUAUCUCAUAAUUCGGGAUUUCCUCAUUCAGCUGGACAUCAUCCCUGUCUCUCUCUGCUCCUGAAACUGCUGGAGACGGGGAGGGUGAAACUUCCCACACCUCCUUCUCUUCUGAGAGGAGCCGAUCAGACUGAGGGCUCAUUUCCCAUUCCUCCUGUUCAGUCCAGUCCCUGACAGGCAGGAAACAGUGGCAGGCUUUGGGUGGGAAGAAGGAAGCCAGGUAGGCAGAAAGAAGAAAGUCAAGUGGGCAGAAAGAAGGAAACUUUGUGAAAAGGCUUAGGAGGAAGGAGAAGAGAAGGGCUGGAUCUAGAUAUAUAUAUAAAAAAUAUUUCAGGAAAAUGCGUUGGAAACCUCAUAAUGGGAAAUCACGUUUCUGAAAGACUGAACUCUACAUCGCCAUCUGGUGUCACAUUGUUGUAACACAUUUAUAGCACCCCCCCCCCAAUGUAUCUGAGUCCAAUGACCUCCCUGCCUGAGUGCAUCUUCCAGGGAGUGGUGGUGGUGGAUGUCUUUGGAUGUGGGGUGUUCCUUUGCAAGUGUAUUUUCUGAAGUGUAGGUGGGUUACCAUGAGGCAAGACAUAGUGAUAACAGCAAGAACCUUUAUUGAACUAACAGAACUGGACAACAGGGGCAAAGCAACUGCUUAUAUACAUUUCUGAAGGCCUGGGCCACUCCCACUCCCAAUGUGAUUGGCUGUCUAAACUUCCAAGCUGCAAAUCAUGACUCAGAGUUUAAGGACUAAUGGCAGAGGCCCAAAACCUGAAAUGUCCUGUGAUUGGAUAUCAUGUAUCGAAUCAGAACACAGGGGCUCAGAAUCCUUAGUCCAGAUUCAGGCUCAAGCAAACACAGACCACUGAAUACAUAACAUUUUCCAUCUCACCUUUCCUAUCCAUUGACUGCCUCUCCUUCCUUCCUGAUGCCCCACCCCCUGAAGCAGCACCCCCCCCCCCGAAUUGAAUCCUCUGCUCCAUGGUUACUGAGCAGAUUAUUCAAUUGGGGAGGAGGGAAGGCAGAGUGUUUCUUUGAAAGCAGGGUGCUCCUUUGGGGACUCCUCCACUCACCUGCAGUACAAUCCUUUGCAAGUCUGUGAAGAUUGAAACCAACUGCACCCCACUCUAGAUGGAAGGGGAGUAGAUGCAAUGUCUCAUUCCCUCUUCUAACCAUACACUGGAUCACAGCAAGAAACGAUAUUUCUAUAUUUGGUGUGGGCGGGCAUGUGACUUUCAUCUCUGAAUGGGUUUAUCAGCACAAAGAAAUAUUUCUUGCAUUUUUGCAAACCAUACAAUGCUAUUAGUGUGUGUGUGUGAUACAUUAAAAAAUAGGUAAAAAUCAAUUAGGUAUUGCAAUGUGCGGUGUGCGGGUGUCGCUGUGGCCUAAACCACUGAAUCUCUUGAGCUUACUGAUCGGAAGGUUGGCAGUUUGAAUCCCCACAACGGGGUGAGCUCCCAUUGCUCUGUCCCGGCUUCUGCCAACCUAUCAAUUCAAAAGCACAUCAGUGCAAGUAGAUAAAUAGGUACCACUGUGGCAGGAAGGUAAAUGGCAUUUCCAUGCACUCUGGUUUCCAUCACGGUGUUCCAUUGCACCAGAAGCGGUUUAGUCAUCCUGGCCACCUGACCAGCAAAGCUGUCUAUGGGCAAAUACCAGCUCCUUCAGCCUGAAAGCGAGAUGAGCGCUGCACCCCACAAUCACCUUUGACUGGACUUAAUCGUCAGGAUUCGUUUACCUUUUACCUUAUGACCCCAUACAUGUUUAUUCAGCUCAGAAGCAGUUUUCUAUUUAGGGAGAUAUUUCCUGUUGUUCACCGUCUUAAAAAGAUGUUAAGAAAUGGCUUCUGCCAGAAGUUUACUCUACUAGCAAACCUUAGAUCUGAAGUGGUGAUGGUGAGUGUUAUUUUAUUUGUCCCAUCUAUACCAUUUAGAAGGCAAUAGCGUAUCAUGUUGCAUUUUUGCGUGACAUAUACAUGAAGUACAGUGCAGAAAAAAGCCUUGGGGCAAUGAAGACUAUUGUAGUAAAUAUGCUUGCUUUCCCACAAUGGAAUAGUGUUGUAGUUAGAAUGCUUGGACUAGGACCUGGGAGACCAGGGUUCAAAUCACUGCUCAGCCAUGAAACUCAACGGGUGACCUUGGGCCAGUCCCUGUCUCUAAACCUAAUCUACCUCACAAGGUUGUUUUGAGGAUAAAAUAGGAGGAAGAGAACCAUGUAUGCUGCCUUCAGCUCCUUAGAGGAAAGUGGGAAUAUAAAUGAGAGAAAUGAAUAACAAAGAUUAAUGUAGAGCUGAAUUACUAAUAUGCAGUAGACACUGCUAGGAGAGUAAUUGCUGUUUGAGAUCUAUAAACAUAUUUGAGAAAUAACAUUUGCAUGGAAAUUUCCAGUUCUUUGAGAAGCCAUGAGUGCUAAAUGGUGCCUUUUAUAAUUUCUUAGUUGAUUUCCAAUUAAAACUUGCAAGUUUUAUCCGUUGGGAAUUUCUCACACGUCUGGACUAGAAAGUGAAGACUUUGCAAGAUUAUGUGUUCCCUUUGAUUUGGAGGAAAUCCAAUUUCAGCAUCCAUUGAGAUUUGAAAUUCGGAGGCAGGGGGAGGGACAUGCAUGCAGGAUUCUUAGAUCUUGUAGCUUCUAAGUCAUCCCAACUGUUUUCUCCUUUUCAUCUUAUUUUCUUCUUAUUAUUUUAGUUUAACUCUAUGAGGUUAAUUGAAUUGACAUAAGAUUAGCAUACAACCCAGUCUCCACUGGGGCAUUAUCAGGCUACAGAAUUUGCUUAAUAACAUGCGUCAAGGGGCUUGGGUUUCUAUAAACUUGGUCCAAUAAACCUUAUCUUCCUGCUAGAAUCCAGAAAGUUUAAUACCAAGUAACCCGUUCUACAUUGGGAAGAUGUUUGCUGCUAAUGCUGCAGUUGUCCAUGCACUGACAACCUCAAGGCUGGAUUACUGCAAUGGGCUUAGUUGGUGCAAGACAUAGUGGUUAGUUUGCUUGUGACUACUACUGCCAUCAUAUAGCACUUUACUUGGAGGAUGCUCACUGGCUGCCAAUUUGCUACUGAGUCAGGUUCAAGGUGUUACUGCUCAUAUAUAAGGAUAUACACAGCCCAAGACCAGAUUGCUCGAGAUACCGCUUUAUUCCUUAUACUGUAUUUUCCCAUGUAUAAGGCACCCCCAUGUAUAAGAUAGGGCUGGCAUGUUGUGAAAAGCAAAAAAUUGGACGCUAUGAUGACUCUCAUUUUAAAUACUCCUACUAUAUGUAGGCUAUACAGUAGAAGCUGUGAUACAUUGCUGAGGGGGCAGGAGAAGAGAAGAGGAAAGCAAGUCUUCAGUCACCAGUUAUGUCAAUAUCUCAUCCAGAAAGUAUAGCCACAGACAUUUUAGCAAAUUUGAAAAAUCCACCUGGAAAGAAAUUUUACCCCUGAAAAAGAGGAUGAGCACAUCACCCCAUAAUCACCUUUGACUGGACUAGAAGAUGCCCUAGAAGACUGGGUUAUUGUUUUUACUUUUAUUAUGCAUUUUGUGGUUUUAUAUCUUGAUUUUAUUCUGUGAACCGACCUGAGACCCCCAGGUAUAGGGUGGUAUAUAAAUUCAAUACAUACAUACAUACAUACAUACAUGCAUACAUACAUACAUAAUAUUUUUGAACCCAAAAUUAAGAAAUCAAUAUUUUAAACAUCAAACAGAACAAUUUUGAACUUUUUUUUUGGGGGGGGGGAGGUCACCCAAAGUUGUUGAGUUUUUUUGCAGAGGUCACCCAAAGUUAGGGUUGCCAAAGCCCGGACCCCUGUGUAUUCACCGUCUCUGUAAAGGACACCCCCCAAUUUUUGACUAAAAGAAUUAUCAAAAAUGUUCUCUUAUAUGCGGAAAAAUAUAAAUAUCCAGCUGGUCACUUUGAUUCUCCCAAAGCUAUCAGAAGCCUGCUCUGAAGCCACUCAGCCUCUUCACCACGUGUGGUGAAUGCUGCAUUUCUGCUUGAGGUGAAACUCAGUGCUUUUCCUCUCUUAUCUGCAUUUUCAGCAAAGCAUCAGCUUCUAUCCAGAUCUCAAGAGAUCUCAUGCACUAUUGUGAGGUUUUGGCAAGAUCUCACAACAUCCCUCUGGAAACCAGUGCCUCUGCCAGGGCCGUUUCUCCACUGGCAGUGUAGGUGGGAGCAAUGGAGUAGUAGUAGUAGUAGUAGUAGUAGUAGUAGUAGUAAUAAUAUUUAUACCCCGUCCUCCCCAGCCAAAACCGGGCUCAGAGUGGCUAACACCAAAUAUAUAACAUACAGUCAUACCUCAUGUUACGUCCGCUUCAUGUUACGUUCCUUCAAGAUACAUCCCGUGGUGACCCGGAAGUACCAGAAAGGGUUACUUCCAAGUUUUGCCACUCACACAUGCGCAGAAGCACAAAAUGACAUUACACGCAUGCGCAGAAGCGGCAAAUCGCAACCUGCAUGUGCGCAGACGUGCCGCUGCGGGUUGCGUUCUCUUCAUGUUGUGAACGGGCCUCCAGAACGGAUCCCCUUCGCAACCAGAGGUACCACUGUAUUAGCAUAAAAUCAGGCAAUCAAUUAAAAUACAUCCUAAAAUCAAAUCAGAAUCAAAGUGAAAUCCAGUCAGAUGGCAACCCGCAGAUUAGGGUUGGGGACCUUAAAUGCUCACCAGCUUAACGGUUUGUACUGAUCUUAUAUGAGCCUGUGAGAAAAGUUGGGGGGCCACAUUCAUACAGGUUCUUAUAAGGAGAGAGGGGGAGUCAGACUGGACCCCGGCGGAAGAGGAAAGGCAGGUUCCACACCUAAGGCUCCUGCCGCUCAAGGCAGAAGCUUCACCUCGCCUCCUCAGUGGGUUGAUUCUGCUGAUCUUACAUGGGACAGAAGAGUAAAAAUCAGCAUUCAACCGAAGCAAAAUUUCUGGGGAACUCCUAAGCAGGAGCCUUAAAAGUGUCGUUUCUUGGUUUUGUAGGUGAUUUCCCAGAGGGUCACAAGACAUCAGGGAUUAAGUUCGGGAGAAUAAUACACUUGCCAGGGCUUUUAUUGCGUUGAUACGUGGUCUUGCCCGCCUUUAUGGUCCUCUGCUGUGCCUUUUAUAACCCGAGUGAAGAGUCACUCAGCUGAUUCAGGUUGCUGAUGUCAAAAUUAAUCAAAAUUCUCCCGAUUUCAUAGCAGUGUGUUUGCAUGCAAUACGUAGCGCUGCUUCCCAUCACGGCGUCUCCUCUCUAAAUCCUUCUUUCGCUUGCAAUGGUUAUUUUUUUUAAAAGAAAACAAGCAAGCCAAGCACACCUGCAUUAGGGCUCCAUUUGCGUGUGCUAUGCUGUCAACUCCUCUCCCCCCCCAAAAAAAAAAUGGUGUUUGAAUUUUCUAAGGAUGCAUCAUUCUUGCUUCAGGUAGCCCUCCCUUCUCUGCAGCAGCACCCGGCAUAGUAAUGAGGCGGUUACCAUGGAAAUAUGAGCAUGACUCGUUCUGCCGUGUAGCUCCUCUGAUUUUUAUGAACUUCUUUCCAGCUUCUGGAAAGCUUCCCGCGGAAUGUGUGCGAUAGCCGCGGAGAUGAGAGCACUGCAAUGCAAAGUGAAAUCUCUCUCUCACACACGCACACACAUAAACACACAUAUGCACUCCAUUAUUAUUUCAAUGAGGCUAUUUUAAGGACAGCAAAAGGGGGGUGGGGGUGGGAAAUGAGUAGACCACAGGAAUUGUUUUAGUUAGGAACACAGGAAAAAUAGGAACCUGCCUUACGCCAGACCCAUUAACACACCUAGCUUUGUAUUAUCUCUACUGAUUGGCAGUGGCUCCCCAGGGCUUUAGGGGAGAGCUGGGGAUGGACCGGAGCUGGGGAGAGAUGGAGAUGGAGAUGGACUUUUGCUUGCAAGUCAGAAGCUCUACCACUGAGUUGCAGUCUCUUCCCCCACCCCGCAGCCAAGACCAAUAUAUUCCCUUCCCCAGUACAGUGGUACCUCGGGUUAAGAACUUAAUUUGUUCUGGAGGUCCGUUCUUAACCUGAAACUGUUCUCAACCUGAGGUACCACUUUAGCUAAUGGGGCCUCCCGCUGCCACCGCCACCCGAUUUCUGUUCUCAUCCUGAAGCAAAGUUCUUAACCCGAGGUACUAUUUCUGGGUUAGUGGAAACCCACUAACCUGAAGCAUCUGUAACCUGAAGCGUCUGUAACCCGAGGUACCACUGUAUACCUGAAUGAAUGUCUCCACCCCCAUCGUUCUGCCCGGACACAGAGGACCAGCUCCGAGGGCCUUCUGGCAGUUCCCUCACUGCGAGAAGUGAGGUUACAGGGAACAGGCGGAGGGCCUUCUCGGUAGUGGCGCCCACCCUGUGGAACGCCCUGCAAUCAGAUGUCAAGGAAAUGAACAACUAUCUGACUUUUAGAAGACAUCUGAAGGCAGUCCUGUUUAGGGAAGUUUUAAGUGUUUUAUGUUUUAUUGUACUUUUAAUUCUGUUGGGAGCCUCCCAGAGUGGCCGGAGAAACCCAUCCCGAUGGGUGGGGGUAUAAAUAAUAAAUUAUUAUUAUUAUUAUUAUUAUUAUUAUUAUUAUUAUUAUUAUUUCCUGUCUAUCAGCCAGUGUGGACAAUACUGAACUAGUUGGACCAAUGGACUGACUCAGUAUAAGUCAGCUUCCUCUUUUACAAGAUAUGGAUGGGGAAUAAUAAUAAUAAUAAUAAUAAUAAUAAUAAUAAUAAUAUUAAUAAUAAUAAUUUAUUAUUUAUACCCCGCCCAUCUGGCUGAGUUUCCCCAGCCACUCUGGGUGGCUUCCAAUCAAGUGUUAAAAACAAUACAGCAUUAAACAUUCCCAGUCCUAAGUGGAGAUGCCAGAGAUUGAAUCUGGGACCUUCUGUGAGCAAGAACCACCAGCACUUAAUACUUUUGUCUGAGUUUUUCUUUCUUUUUUCCAUAAAAAAGAAAUCUAGAUUUGGAAGGGACCUCAAAGGUCAUGUAGUUCAAUCCCUCUCAGUAAAGGAUCUACAAGGCAGGAUGUAGAUUAUAGCUUCCCUGAUGCUUAAAAAUGCUUAGGAUUGCAGCAUAAGGCUGCCCAGUCUUGACCAACUUACCUGGGAGUAAGCUCCAUUGAAUACAGUGGGACUUCUUUCUGAGUAGACACUGUAAGGCUCCAUUUACAGCAAAUGACUCAACACUCCCCGUGUUUCCUAAAAACAAAUAAAUGGCUGGCUGUAGAAGCACGUAGUUAAAGAAUUUAAAGAGGAUUGGCUACAUUUUCCUACAAAAUUAUAAGAAAGGCUUCAUAUGCCAGCUUCACUAUUUCCUUCAUUUAGUGCAGGUAUUUUUUUCUCCAGGAGAAACAGGACUUUAUUUUUGCACCUACACAUAGACUCACACACAGAGAGAACACUUUUAAUUGUUCUCCGAGACAUGGAGGGGAGGAAAAAGGAAAACCGGGACAUUUCAGGAUCAAAUCAGAAACCAGGAUGGCUUCUGUAAUUUCGGGACUGUCUCUCGAAAACCAGGACACAUCUUUCUUUACAACACUCCUGUGAGGUAGGUUCAACAGAGAGGUUGCAAUUGGCUCAAGGUGACUGAUGUCUGUAUAUGAAAUACAGUGGUCCCUCGGGUUACAUAAGCUUCAGGUUACAUAUGCUUCAGGUUACAGACUCCACUAACCCAGAAAUAGUACCUUGGAUUAAGAACUUUGCUUCAGGAUGAGAACAGAAAUUGUGCGCCAGCGGGGCGGCAGCAGCAGGAGGCCCCAUUGGCUAAAGUGGUGCUUCAGGUUAAGAACAGUUUCAGGUUAAGAACAGACCUCCGGAAUGAAUUAAUACUUAACCCGAGGUACCACUGUAUGUAGAAUCGGAUGCCCUAUUUUCAUCAGAGGAAUGUAGGAUUGCCUGCGAAAUUACCUGGUCAGCAAGAACAAAAUGGGACAUCACCGGGCCACAGGAAUUAUAGCAAUUGUUCCUCUACAUUCCAGGAGCAAUUGUGUGUUUGUACAUAUUUUGUUUCAUGUACCAUAAAUAGCAUGCAUUUGCAAUGCCCCCAAAGCCAGUGGCUUCUCUUGGGCAACACUGAACUCUCAGUUGUUGAAAUGCUUAUGUUUUUGUUAUAUUGAUUUCCAAGCUAAGUGAGUUGGCCAACUGAGGAUGGGGGGGGGGGGAGUAUUCCAGUCUACUGGGUCUGCGACCUUAAAUCGCUUCAAUUAAUGUCUGUCUGAGCAUUGGAGUAUGCGCUGGCUGGGACUCCCUAUGGCCCUGAACAUAGCCCAGCAACAAAAUGUUCUGUUGGUCUGCGGCUUUGGGGAUUUCGCUUGCCAAUGCAAAUUGCUCAGCAUCUCAUCCUAGGUCCCUGUGUUUGGGAAGGAAAGGUUCGUUUACAAUGAUAUUUUUGGUCUGCUGGCUGCUUUGCUUUUGAUUGCUGAAUAAUCUUUGCAGUCUGAAAGAGUCCUCCAGUCGUACUCCGAUGAGGAUGGGGGAGACAGAGAAGAUGAAAUGGCUUUUCCUCCUUAUGGAAUUUAGGGGUGCAGAUGGAGGGGAAGCUGCCUUGAUAUGUACACCCCCCCCUUUCUAUUAGAGCAGGAAAAAUGCUUGGGAGGGUAGUUUUGUUUUUUGAUUGAGAGUUUCUAUAGGGAAUUGGGGGUAAAGGUAAAGGGACCCCUGACCAUUAGGUCCAGUCAUGGCCGACUCUGGGGUUGGGGCACUCAUCUCGCUUUAUUGGCCUAGGCAACCAGCAUACAGCUUCUGGGUCAUGUGGCCAGCAUGACUAAGCUGCUUCUGGCGAACCAGAGCAGCGCACAGAAACGCCGUUUACCUUCCUGCCGGAGUGGUACCUAUUUAUCUACUUGCACCUUGACGUGCUUUCGAACUGCUAGGUUGGCAGGAGCAGGGACUGAGCAACGGGAGCUCACCCCGUCGUGGGGAUUCGAACCGCCGACCUUCUGAUCGGCAAGUCCUAGGCUCUGUGGUUUAACCCACAGUGCCACCUGCGUCCCAAUUGGGGGUAGGGGAGUAUUUAAUUUAUACAAAGUAACCUUACUUUGUAUAAAUAUACAAGGUUAUAAGGAUAUAAGGAUAUAUAUAAGGAUAAUAUACAAGGAUAUAAGGUUGAUAUCUGUCUUUCAAUUAAAGAUGACUGUGUGUGGCAAUGACCAGGGGCAUAGCUAGCCUCUCUGGCACCUGGAGCUGUGGGGGCAGUGGGGCGAUCCACCCAUGGGGGCGCCACAGCAAUCCACCCAGGGGGCGGUGUGGCAAGCUGCCCACGGAGCCUGCCUGGCGGACGCAAGCCCCAAGCUGCCAUUUUGGGCAGCAAAGGGCCCCAAUCCCCCACAUCACUCCCAGGAGAGACACGUGGCUCAGGCACGCUGCAGGCCAGGCCCCACAGUAAGUGCUGCCCCCCACAGUGUGCCAUUUUGUCACCCCCUCAGGGAUGACACCCGAGGUGGGCUGCACCCCCUGAACCCCCCCUUCCUACUCCCCUGACGAUGACAAGCUGCACUUCGGCUCUGUAAAAAGACAGAAGUGGCACACUUUCAGCCCACAGGCCAGUCUUGGUCUGCCAAGGAAUCCAAUUUAACCUGCAAGACCAUUUCUCCGAACCAACCCCACCUGUCACUCAGCUGACAUUACUGGGUGUUAUCAGCUGAUAAGCAGGCACAAAGUUUAAUCCUGCUGGGUGCUGGAUUGCCUGCUGAUAAGUGAAGAGUUCAUUCCUGCUGACCUUGAAGAUGACCUUGUCAGGGUGUUCUCUGAACAGUGUCUGCCAUUCAUCAAAUGCCCGGGUAAACAGGAAUGUUUGAAAGCUCCUUCUGUAACUCAGUGAAAGAGACAGACACAACUCACCAGCGGGGGGGGGGGCAUUCUACAAAUGGGGAACUGCCACUGAAAAGGCACUGCUAUGUUAUGGGUCAAUGCCACCUGGGCAGCCCCCACUGGUGGCAUCACCAACUAGGGCUCAACUCUUUAUCAUAGGGUAUGAAAUGGUUGAUGUUGGAGAAGGUGCUCAUUUAGGUCCUUGUGUUCCAAGCCAUUUGGGGGUUUGUAUGCUAGUACUAACACCUUGGGGGACGCGGGUGGCGCUGUGGGUAAAACCUCAGUGCCUAGGACUUGCCGAUCAUAUGGUCGGCGGUUCGAAUCCCUGCGGUGGGGUGAGCUCCCGUCUUUCGGUCCCAGCUCCUGCCCACCUAGCAGUUCGAAAGCACCCCUAAGUGCAAGUAGAUAAAUAGGUACCGCUUUAUAGCGGGAAGGUAAACGGCGUUUCCGUGUGCUGCGCUGGUCCUGGCUCGCCAGAGCAGCUUCGUCACGCUGGCACAUGACCCGGAAGUGUCUGCGGACAGCGCUGGCUCCCGGCCUCUUAAGUGAGAUGAGCGCACAACCCUCGAGUCAGACACGACUGGCCCGUACGAGCAGGGGUACCUUUACUUUACUACACCUUGAUGUAGUGUAACUCUACCUGGGGACCAAAUGACAAAGCGCUAAUUUUAAAAUAGUAUAUUAAUAGACUUUCAAACUAUAUUGAAGAAAGGGACAUUAUAUCAGCUGUAGAACAUGUGCAUUGAAUGCAGAAGGUCCAAGUUUCAAUACAGUGGUACUUCAGAUUAAGUACUUAAUUUGUUCUGGAGGUCCGUUCUUAACCUGAAACUGUUCUUAACCUGAAGCACCACUUUAGCUAAUGGGGCCUCCUGCUGCCGCUGCGCCGCCGGAGAACAAUUUCUGUUCUCAUCCUGAAGCAAAGUUCUUAUCCCGAGGUAAUAUUUCUGGGUUAGUGGAGUCUGUAACCUGAAGCGUAUGUAACCUGAAGCAUAUGUAACCCGAGGUACCACUGUAUUUGGCAUCUCACACCAAAAGGAUCUUGGGUAGCAAGAGCUGGCAAAUACCUCUCCCUAAGACUUAGGUUUCUCAAACAUGAAUCCUAAUAUUGAUGUAAAAGUUUUGAUGUCUAAGUUUUCACUGUGUGUGUGUGUGUGUGUGUGUGUGUGUGUGUGUGUGCAAGUGUGCAGUGCAGACUUUUCCUCCUUGUAUUUGUGCAUUCCAAACUCCUGCAUGGCUCCCUGAACUGUUUGGGCAGUCUUCAUCCCAUCUUGGAAAGGAGGUUGGAAAACAUCAGAGCAAAUGCAAAACUGAGCCACCCUGAGAGUCUCAGGUCCCAUUUCCACUAUCAAAUGAAAAGGUAUAACUCAGCUAUCAGUGCCAGAAAGCAGAAAACGGUCGUCCAACCACACUGAAGCCAUUUGUAUGAUUCAUGGACAUGUCCUCCCACCAUAGUGAGAAACAGAUGACGGUUAUUAUUCCUUUUUAAUGUCAUCUGUCACUCCCAGGAGAGAGAGAAAUGAGCCUGUCUUAUGCACCAUUGAAGAUGGCUCAUAUGAGAGCAGAUCUUUCUGCAAGUCAACCACCAGGGGCUUGACCCAUCUCUCCAUUUCAUGGCUAACAGUUUGCUCUCGUUACAGAACUUCACCUCUUGCAGAUAGGCAGGUGCUGGGACCUUCUGGUAUCCCUUUAGGGCAGAAGGGAUCCCUUUUGUGUUUUCCUAGGGAGGGGCAGUCCAGCUAUGUAUUCAGGUGACUGGCCAUUUUCCCCUUGGCCAAAGUAAAUGGAGAUCAGUAUUCAACCCCAAGGAAUGCAUUGCUUGUCUUGCAACAAUCAUUUAUUAUUUCUGUGUCUUGGUUAACUUGCACAGCUUAACCAUAGCAGUAAACACAGAAAACUGCCGUUUACUAAAUCAGGCUGUUCGUUACUCCAGCUCAGUAUUCUUGACAUUGACUGGCAGCACUUCUCUAAGGAUUCAGACAAUCUGAACAUGUGUAGAGGGCAACCAAGAUGAUCAAGGGUCUGGAAACCAAGCCCUAUGAGGAAUGGUUGAAGGAGCUGGCUUUGUUUAGCUUGGAAAAGAGGAGACUGAGAGGAGAUAAGAUAGCCAUCUUUGUUGGAAAUGUAAAGAGGUAGAUGGUACAUUUUAUCACAUGUGGUGGCAAUGCAAAGUGCAAUGCAAAAGAAUUUUUGGGAAAUGAUAUAUAAUGAAUCGGGGGGGAAAUGCUUAAAAUAACUUUUGUUAAAAAGCCAGAAGCCUUUUUAUUAGGAAUAACAGGAAGGGAAAUACCCCCAAAUUAUAAAAAUCUAUUUAUGUAUGCAGUGAUGGCCGCAUGAAUAUUGAUAGCUCAAUGCUGGAAAGAGGGGGAAAUUCCCACGAAAAAAGAUUGGCAAAUUAAGUUGAUGGAAUAUGUAGAAAUGGCAAAAUUAAGAGGAAGACUCAGAAAUCAGGAGAAUAACAAAUUUUAAAAUGAAUGGGAAAUUCAUUAUUGCAUAUAUGUCAAAGCAUUGUAUACAAGUUGAUACAUCAGCAGGAUUCUAAAAACAUUUGCAGUAUUAUGAUGAUAGACAAGAAUUAGAUAUAUACAGACAGAAAAUAUGACUUGGACAUGCUUGAAAUAACCAAAAAUAAUGGAACCAUGGAGAUGGUAGAGGGAAGUCAUGGGACUGGAAAAAUCCCACAUUGUGUUAUUGUAUUGAUGUUUAUUUUAUAUAAUGUUUGUUAUGGAAAAAACUAAUCUUUUUUUUAUAAAAAAAAUGAGAUAGCCAUCUUCAAAUAUCUGAAGGGCUGUCACAUGGCAGAGGGAACAAGCUUGUUUUCUCCUGCUCUGGAGGGUAAGACUCAAAGUAAUGACUUCAAGUUACAAGAAAGGAGAUUUGAACUAAACAUCAGGAAGAACUUUCUGACAGGAAGAGCUCUUGGACAGUACAAUGGACUCACUCAGGAGGUUGUGGAAUCUCCUUCCUUGAGUUUGGAUGGCCAUUUGUCAUGGAUGCUUUAGAUGAGAUUCCUGCAUUGCAGGAGGUUGGACUAGAUGGCACUUAGGGUCCCUUCCAACUCUCCAGUUCUGUGCUUCUAUGCAUCUAUGACUUUCCCAGUCCUACCUGAAGAUUAGGGAUGGGAGAUGCCAUGUGAUAAAAUUUGGGCCAUAUUCAGGCAUGCAGGUAUUUCCCAUGAAUUUCACUGGUAAAUCAUGGAGGAACACAAUCAUCCAUGUGUAUACAGGCUGGUGACAUGUCUAGUGACAUCCACUGUUGUGUCGCAUGCCACACCCACUGGUACGAAUUAAACUUAGUGUGGCAUGGUGGUAUAUUGAUUUUUUAAACAAAAAAACAAAACAAAACAAAGUUCCGUAAUGCAACAGGUGUAAAAGGAAUAUUGUUAAAUGAGAGGGAAGCGCUGCCAUUACAACCAGCAAAACUAACACAGCCAUCCCCAUUUUUGACUGCAACAUUAGUGUAACGUAUAAACUCAGCUCAGCAGCAUAGCUAUGGUUUAUUAGCUUUAGCUAUGGUAAGGGGGACGUGGGUGGCGCUGUGAGUUAAACCACAGAGCCUAGGGCUUGCCGAUCGGAAGGUCAGCGGUUCGAAUCCCCGUGACGGGGUGAGCUCCUGUUGCUCGGUCCCUGCUCCUGCCCACCUAGCAGUUCGAAAGCAUGUCAGUGCAAGUAGAUAAAUAGGUACCGCUCCGGCAGGAAGGUAAACGGCGUUUUCGUGCGCUGCUCUGGUUCGCCAGAAGCGGCUUAGUCAUGCUGGCUACAUGACCCGGAAGCUGUACGCCGGCUCCCUCGGCCAGUAAAGCGAGAUGAGCGCCGCAACCCCAGAGUCGGUCACGACUGGACCUAAUGGUCUGGGGUCCCUUUACCUUUACCUUUAUGGUAUAUAAGCUUUGUUGCUUGUUAACAAUGGUUUGUGGUUGGUUUAUAAACCACAGGUAAUGUUAACCACAGCUUAUUGUUGUGUGUGAACCCACAGUCAUGUUGCCAUUUCAAAAGAAGUAUCAGACUUUCAAGGGCAAGCUAUACACUUAACGUAAUGUAUAGAUUGCUGCUUGCAGAGUGGAUGCCAGGAUGUUCAUCUAGUCUACAGUCAAGGUACCAUCAUUGAAAAGAUCCUGGACCCUCUCAAGAUGACCUUAAAAGCAGCCAUUGCUGUUUGCUGCUUGCAGUUCUAACUGGAAUAUUGUCUUUCUCUUCUCACUCGUGACCUGCCAAUUUUCAUGUCAUCAGCUGCUUUACCACAGAAUACUAAUCACCAACUGAGGAAGGUGGGGAGGGAGAAAGCAUUUUUCUGUAAGCAAGCAAGUUGGCUUGAUCCCCCCCCCCACUGCUCCCCCCCAACCCCCCCCCAUAACCCUGAUUGUUAGGCAGUUCACUGACAUGAUGCUACUAAAAAUAACAGUAAACAGUUGCAGUGCAUGGUCCAUCUUUAAUCCUAUGUCUUCCGUGACGCUCACCUGGCUGGCCUGUUGAGUUGUAAGCAAGGUAAUUUGCAGCUUCAUUUUUCUCUAUUGUACUUCCUUCUAGAAUGAAUAUAAAAGCAGUGUUACUCAUGACAACCACCGUUCAUAAAACGGAGUUGUGGGUUAUUUUAAAAUCCUGUGUUUGGCUACCUCUUGUGGGUAUUUUGGGAACAGCUUGCUCAUUCUUAUUUUUUUCUCUGAAAUAUGCAGCCUUCACGUAGCAGCUGCACAGUUGCAGGAUUUGAUCUCUACAUUGCCUAAGAUUGUGGAGUUUUUUUCUCUCUCCCCAGACUGAGGAUCUCUAAUACUUUUGCUUAAUAGAAUUUAUAGAAAAAUGUACAACUCUUGAGGAAACCACUGCAAAUUCUCAGUGGAAGGUGGUAGACUUUCCUUCAUUGGAGGUUUUUAAACAGAGGUUGGGUGGCCGUCUGUCAGGAGUUCUUUAACUGUGAUUCUUCCAUUGCAAGGGGUUGGACUAAAUGAACAUCAGAUUUCCAAUUCUACAAUUCUAUGCUUGUACAGUGGUACCUCUGGUUGCGAAUGGGAUCCGUUCCGGAGGCCUGUUCGCAACAUGAAAAGAGCACAACCUGAAGCGCCGUAUCUGCGCAGGUGUGCUGCACGAUUUGUCACUUGUGCGCAUGUGCAAGCUCCGAAACCCAUAAGUAACCCUUUCUGGUACUUCCAGGUCACCGUUGGACGUAACCUGAAAGAACGUAACAUGAAGCAAAUGUAACAUGAGGUACGACUGUAUACAGUGGUACCUUGGAUUACAUAUGCUUCAGGUUACAUACGCUUCAGGUUACAGACUCCGCUAACCCAGAAAUAGUACCUUGGGUUAAGAACUUUGCUUCAGGAUGGGAACAGAAAUUGUUCUCCCACGGCACGGCGGCAGCAUGAGGCCCCAUUAGCUAAAGUGGUGCUUCAGGUUAAGAACAGUUUCAGGUUAAGAACAGACCUCGAGAACAAAUUAAGUACUUAACCCGAGGUACCACUGUAGUGUGCUUAUAACAAAAAUUGCUCAGCUCAGGAUUAUGCCCCCCGCAACAAAGUAGCUAGAAACUGCCAUUCUGAUGUGAAAAUUUGACUAUAUAUAUAUAUAUAUAUAACCCUACCAGACUGUAGUUCAUAGUUGAGUGCAGAGUUAAAUUAUGGAACUUCCUCCCAUAGGAGGCUGUAUUAUCACCAACUUAGAUGGCAUUAGUAGAUAAGACAAAUUUAUGGAUGAAAAGGCUAUCUGUGGGUGUUAGCUGUGAUGGCAAUGCUCUGACCCUGUGCUUGGAGGCAGUAAUGCUUCUCUAUACCAAUUACUUGAAAACAGCAGGAGACAAAAGAUCUCUUGUGCUCAGAUCCUGCUUGCAGGCUUCCCAUAGGUGCAUUUGGUUGGCCACUGCGAGAACAGGAUGUUGGACUAGUUGGGCCAUUGGCCUGAUCCUGCAGGUUCUUCUUAUGAAUGAAAAAAUUGCUCACUUUUUUAAAAUGUAUUUGAUGAUGCAUACAAAAGGAAGAAGGUUCCAGGUCUACUCCUAGACAUCUCCAGCUUGGGUUGGAUGAGUUGGAAACAUUUCUGCUUGAGAAUCUGCUAGAGAUUUUGCCAGUUAAAGCGGGCUUUUCUGCACUAGAUAGGCUGCAAGGAGGGUUGGGGUGGAUGACAGCACCCCAGCGCCACCAAACACAUUCUUCAUUUUAAGAUUUCACCACCUUCCACAAGCACUGUGAUUAGGGGGUUCUUGGUUAAGGUGAGAACAUUCUACCCUAACCCUGUGCAUUAUGAUCAGAUUUGAUACCUGCCCUGUGUUCUGCCUAUGUGUUAUUUUACCUGCCAGUGUGGUGUAGUGGUUAAGAGAGGUAGUCAUGUAAUCUGGGGAACCGGGUUCGCGUCUCCGCUCCUCCACAUGCAGCUGCUGGGUGACCUUGGGCGAGUCACACUUCUUUGAAGUCUCUCAGCCCCACUCACCUCACAGAGUGUUUGUUGUGGGAGGGGGAAGGGAAAGGAGAAUGUUAGCCGCUUUGAGACUCCUGAAGGGGAGUGAAAGGCGGGAUAUCAAAUCCAAACUCCUCCUCCUCCUCCUCUUCUUCUUCUUCUUCUUCUUCUUCUUCUUCUUCUUCUUCUAAUUGCAACAUAUUUGAGACUGUCUGUCUGGCCUUCUGAAACAAUGGUUUGAGCUGUAGAUUGCUACAAAAUAAUUCAGGAUAACCUGGUCCACUCUGUAGUGAUUUGUAGUUGCUUGACCUGAUCUGAACAGGGCAUGAAUCAUCCCAAAUUGCCCUGAUUGAAUUCAGGAUUUGACCAAAUCCUGUGCACAGCCCUAUGAGACCAUGAACCAUUGGCAUGCCUCUCUCUUGCCUGAACAGAGGGUGGAGAUGGAAAGGAGCACGUGUAUAAACCUUUUCCCUUUGUGCAGUAACCUACAUUCCAGUCAUGUUAGAAGUGGGUCUUGAGACCUUCAAAAUAAAAUCUAAGCAGAAUUGGUGAAGCAGCAAAGAAUUUAUUGAAUAAAAAACAUUCUUGCAAAAGCGGGUGUCCAAAGGAGGCACUGAGCCUCUAGGGCUUGCUGAUCAGAAGGUCGGCGGUUUGAAUCCCCACAAUGGGGUGAGCUCCUGUUGCUCGGUCCGAGCUCCUGCCAACCUAGCAGUUUGAAAGAACACCAAAAAAAGUGCAAGUAGAUAAAUAGGUACCUCUCCGGCAGGAAGGUAAACGGUGUUUCCGUGCGCUGCUCUGGUUUUGGUGUUCCAUUGCGCCAGAAGCGGCUUAGUCAUGCUGGCCACAUGACCUGGAAAAACUGUCUGCGGACAAAUGUCUGCUCCCUCGGCUUGUAAAGCAAGAUGAGCGACGCAACCCCAGAGUCGCCUGUGACCGGACUUAACUUUCAGGGGUCCUUUAAGUUUAUAUUUCCUAUACCUGGAGUGCAGGUUCCCUCCCUUGUCUCCCCAUUGGCUGGGUACUGCAAGGUUUGCAGUCUAUCACGACUGCCUAAUUAUCCUAUUAACAUUUCCCUUAUUUGAUUUUUUAUUUCUAUGCAUUUACAUAGUGGCUUAAGUGACAGAUCCACAUCCUGACCACUAACAGGUGUAAGUGAGUUCUAUAGCUGCUGAAGCUUACAAUAAACUGUCUUUCAGCCACAAACUGUCCCAUUUAUGAGCAUUCUAACCACAAGCCAUCAAUAUCUGAGUCGAUCUGGACUGCUGACACUUGUCUACUUAUUGCAACCACAUUCUGACUACAAGCUCUAAAUAUCUCCAGUUGCCUGGACUUCUGACAGUUGACUAACUGUUACAUUUGUAUGUGAAAAAGCAACAUCCUCAUUCCUCACAGUCAUCAGAAAGUUGAGAGUCACAUCCUUUAUGCCACCAAUGUUUGCCUGUUGCCUGCCUGUUAUUGGCACGUAACUCCAGGAAGCCUGGCCACAAGAUAAUGUGGCCCUCAAACUUUGGCAUGGUUUUUUUUUUGGGGGGGGGGUAGUUAUUCUGAUUCAAAUGUGAAAGGUAAUGUAUAGUGUGUGAACGACAAUUCAAACUAAGUUCUCAUUGACUUCCCACAGUUUGACAUGCAGCGGAUAACUCUGGAGGAGCUGAAGCAUAUACUGUACCAUGCGUUCCAGGACCACUUAACAAUGAAAGAUAUUGAAAACAUCAUAAUCAACGAGGAAGAGAGCUUAAAUGAGAACUCUGGCAACUGUCAAACAGAAUUUGAAGGUGAGGUUCUCUUGCAUAUCUCAGGCAGAACAGUUUGUUCAGAUCACUCACCAAGACAACUUAAGUCAACUGUGUGGCAGUCUAAGGCAUUCUUGCAUAGAGACAUGCCCAUCGACUGCCCCAGAAAAACCAGGACAUCCUGUUUCCCCCCACAAGAGCAUGGCAGCCAUUUUAGGUGACUUGCUCUUGCAUGAUUUUGGACCAAGAUCUCACACUGCAAUCUCGAGUUGAAUUUUGGGUACACAAUUUCACAUGGGUCAUGUGCUGGAGCGCCGACCCGGAAGGCGUCUUCCCAGAUUUGGGCCACAUUGUAUUGGAGGGUACAUAGAGAUGCACCCAGAUUUCAGAUUCUAAAUUUCCAGGCUUUGUUUUUGAAGUGAAGGUCCUGGACCCACAUGGUUAAAGGCUUUGCAAUUAUGGGUUGCAUCCAAUCCUAGUCAUACUCAGAGUGGGCCCAUUGAAAUCAAUGGACAUGACUGCUACUGUAGGUCCAUUAAUUUAAGUGGGCCUACUCUGGGUUGUAUCCAACUCAAUUCCAAUCAAAAUAAUUAAAAUGGAUGGCUGGGCUACAUUUUGUAUGCUGCGUAAUGUGUAUCAAUAAUGAUCAAAUUGAUAAGUACCAUACUUUUCCUUGUAUUGGACGAGGUUUUUUGAAUCUCACAUCUAAAAACUGGGGUCGUCCAAUACACAAAUAGUGGCAUGGGGAGAGAAGCAGCCUGUCCAGUUGGCAGGUGUGUGGCUUCCCCCAAUGCUGCAGCGAGCAAGGAGUGAUCUGGGGACCCUGGCUGGGGGCGCACAGCUUCUCCCGACCCCACUGUGCUCAGGGAGCGAUCUGGGAACUCUGGCUGGUGGCACACAGCUUCCCCUGAUGCCGCAGGAAGCGGGGAGUGAUAUGGGGUGCUGACUGGCAGGAGUGCAAUUUCCCCCGUUCCCUGGAUCAUUACCUGAACGCUGCGGCAUCAGGGGAAGUUGCCCUCUAACCAACCAGCCAAUGCCGCUAUGCAAAGGAAAUGAUCUAGGGGGUGUUUCCUGCCUACAGCUUCGUGGGUGGAGAGGCUCAACAACUUUGGGCCAUCUCUCCUCAUUUUCUUAAAAUUGAGUCCCCCCAAAUUGGGGGGGGGGUGUCUUAUACAUGGGGGCGUCUUAUAGACGGAAAAAUACAGUAACUUUAAAACAAAAAGGUCAUUAUGCUUUCUCUCUCUCUCUCUCUCCUAGUGCAUUCUCAAAAACAAAACCGACAGACUUGUGUACGGAAAAGCUUAAUAUGCGCUUUUGCUAUGGCCUUUAUUAUCAGUGUCAUGUUGAUUGCAGCCAACCAGAUCCUCCGAAGUGGCAUGGAGUAG